CAUUCCCAGCCUUGCCUCGGGUGUAGGGAUUGCAGGGAAAAGCAAAACUACACGGCAAAGACCCUGUGUAGUUUUGUUUUUUGGGAUAAUUGAGGCCAACCGUUCUCACGUUGGAUUUUCUGAACAGAUUUCUGGAUAAGGAGAUUGUUUUAGAAGAUAUCUCGGGCACCGCCCCUUCAAAUCUAGGCACUCUUGUGAAUACAAGGUGCCUACCAACAUGUCUACACAGGCGCCAACGUUUACACAGCCGCUUCAGAGCGUUGUGGCACUUGAGGGUAGUGCCGCAACGUUCGAAGCUCAAGUUAGUGGUAAUCCAGUUCCUGAGGUGAGCUGGUUUCGUGAUGGCCAGGUUCUUUCCGCUGCCGCUCUGCCCGGCGUUCAGAUCUCGUUCAGCGAUGGCCGCGCUGUUCUGAAGAUCUCUGCCGUGACAGCCGCACACAGUGGAAGAUUUUCAGUGAGAGCCACCAAUGGCGCUGGACAAGCCACUAGCACCGCUGAACUUCUCGUUACAGCGGAAACCGCGCCGCCAAACUUUACUCAGAGACUGCAAAGUAUGACCGUGAGACAAGGAAGCCAAGUCAGACUGGAUGUUCGUGUGACCGGAAUCCCUACACCUGUGGUGAAGUUCCUCAGGGAGGGAGCUGAGAUUCAAAGCUCAGCUGACUUUCAGAUUGUACAAGAUGGAGAUCAAUACAGUUUGUUGAUUGCUGAAGCCUUCCCAGAGGACUCUGGAACCUAUUCUGUCAGUGCCUCCAACAGCAGUGGCCGUGCCACCUCUACUGCUGAGCUGCUCGUUCAGGGUGAGGAAGUAGCAGUACCUGCUAAGAAGACAAAAACAGUUAUUUCUUCCUCUCAGAUGUCUUCCUCUCAGAUAUCUUCCUCGUCACGUCAGACAAGGGUGGAGAAAAGAAUGGAGGCUCAUUUUGAGUCAUCCUCCAGUUCAGCCAUGAUGAUUGAGGGAGGUGCUAUGGCUGAGCACCUGGCACACAAGACCCCCCCACGGGUGCCUCCAAAGCCCACCUCAAGGUCCCCACCUUCAGCGUUGACGAAAGUGUCCGCCACUCGCCACCAGUCCCCCUCCCCCGUGAGGCCUGUGAGAGGACCAGUACCUGGCCCAGUCAGUUCUGUGUCCCCUGCCGCCAGCAGGCUGUCAGUGUCCCCCAUCCGACCGGUCAAGUCCCCAAUCAUGAUUCGUAAGCAGGUGAUCCAGACCACAGAGGUGCUGCCACCAUGGAAACAGGCGGGCUACGCGUCGGAGGCCAGCUACACUGCCAUGACCUCCGGAGCCACUCACGUGCAGACCUCGGUCACACAGCGCGCCUCAUGGGAGAGCUCUGUUAGUAUGCAACAGCAGCAAGUGAGCGGGAUGUCCGUGAGCGGAAUGUCCAUGACCACCAGUGCCAUGGCCGUCAGUGGGAGUGCUAUGGCCGUCAGUGGGAGUGCUAUGGCCGUCAGUGGGAGUGCUAUGGCCGUCAGUGGGAGUGGGAUGGCCGUAAAAGAGGGCGAGGAGGGGAAAAAGGCCGGUGCUGUGGCCACUGUGCUUGCUGCCGUCGAUCAUGCACGCGUGCGCAAGCCUGUGCAUGCCGAGAGGGCUGCCACCGCUGAAGAGGAAACCGUAGAGUUCGAUGUAUCACAGCAGGCCAUGUAUGCCGCUGAGCAACAACAACUACAACAGCAACAACAACAACAACAACAACAACAAUACCGAGCAAGAGCAGAGGCCACACUAAUGGCCUCUGCUGCUGAAAAGACUGUUCAUGUCUCCCAGAUCCAAAGGAGCCUAGACACCAGCACUCAUGUGGACACUGGCCUGGCUCCUUCCCCCAUACCACACUUUACAGUUUCAAAAGUUACUGUGCCUAGAGCUGAACAUAGCCAUGAGGUCUCAAUAGCAGGCUCUGCUAUUGCCACACUCCAGAAAGAGCUAUCGACCAGCCAUGGUGCUCAAAAGAUCAUCAAGCCCGUCAAGGCCCCGACUCACAGGGUCAUGGAAAUGAGAGUGACCCCUGAGCCGACCCUUCCUCCGUUUAGAGACGAACGAUAUCAGGCGCAGUACGAAACACAUUUGCAAAGCGAGAUAGGCGCUUCCUACGCAGGUGGCAUGGAGCAGGCUUAUGGCGAAUGGGAGGCCCAGGCUAUGGAGAUUGCAGCUGUCCCAGCUGAACAAGAAGCAGUUGUGCCACCUACACUUAUUGCUGCCUUGAAAAACGUGACCGUCACAGAGGGAGAAUCUGUGACUUUAGUGUGCCAGAUUUCUGGAACCCCAGCCCCAACCAUCAUGUGGUUCAGGGAGGACUACAAAAUCGAGAGCACCAUCGAUUUCCAAAUUACAUAUGAGGGUGGAUAUGCACGUCUGGUGAUCCGCGAGGCCUUUGCUGAAGACAGUGGCCGCUUCACUUGCACUGCCACUAGCCCUGCUGGGACAACCAGCACAUCUUGCUACCUGCUUGUCAAGGUAUCUGAAGAGAUUGAAACCAGAGAGGAAGUCACCAUUGUCUCAGGAGAAGAGACACGCGAAGCUAGGGAGGAGACCAUGUCUGAAUUCAGCACAGUGUCUGAAACCAUAGAGAUGGGGGCAGGUGUGGCACCCUUCUUCGUAAAGAAGCCCUUUGUACAGAAGCUGGUCGAAGGAGGAAGUGUUUUGUUUGAGUGCCAAGUUGGAGGAACACCCAUGCCUCACAUUUACUGGAAGAAGGGUGGUGUGCCUCUCACAACUGGAUAUAGAUACAGAGUAGCCUACAAUAAGGAGACCGGCGUCUGCAAGCUGGAGAUCUCAAUGACAUUUGCUGAUGAUGCAGGAGAGUACACUAUUGUGGCAAGGAAUCAAAUGGGAGAGUCCGCUGCCUCUACUAACCUCCUCGAAGAGGAGGAAUAUGACGCCUACAUGAAGCAACAUGACGUGACCUACAAGACAGAGGUGACUGCCAUGGUGCAGGAACCCAGAGUUGGAGAUGUUCCCCCUGUGAUAGUGAGUGAAUAUGAGAGAGAACAGUAUCUCACACAGAAGACGACGACAUAUAUUUCUGGACAGGAAUUCCAAAUAUCUGCUUUUGAGCAGAGAAUAAUACAAGAGAUUGAGAUUCGCAUCCUGAAGAUAACAUACCAACAGAUAGUGACUGAUGAUGGGGAAGAGAUGGUCAUCAAUGUAGCUGAACAUGAAGCUCAGCAGCCCACCUUUAACACACCUGUCAAAAACUACAGAAUCAUGGAAGGCAUGGGGGUCACAUUCCACUGCAAAAUGGGUGGCACUCCACUGCCUAAGAUUGCCUGGUACAAAGAUGGCAACCGCAUCAGACAUGGAGGCCGUUACCAGAUGGAGUUUCUCCAGGAUGGAAGAGCCAGUCUGCGUCUGCCCGUGGUGCUGCCAGAGGAUGAGGGCGUCUACACUGCUUAUUCGUGCAACAUGAAGGGCACAGCUGUGAGCUCUGGAAAGCUUUACAUUGAGUCUGCCGCUGCUGCUCAACCACAGUACCCACAGACAGAGGCUAUGAAGAGAAUUAGGUCCACCUCUCCUCGUUCUACCAGCUACUCUCCUGGACGUUCCCCCAGCUUCUCUCCUGGGCGUUCUCCAAGUUUCUCUCCCGGUCGUUCUCCCGGUCGGUCCCCAGCCCGUAGGCUUGACGAUACUGAUACAAGUCAACUUGAGAGGCUGUACAAACCUGUGUUUGUUCAGAAGCCUUCCUCCUUCAGGUGCUCUGAGGGACAGACAGCAAGAUUUGACCUCAAAGUGGUUGGCAGACCCAUGCCAGACACAUUCUGGUUCCACAAUGGUCAACAGGUUGUUAAUGACUACACUCACAAGAUAGUGAUCAAGGAAGAUGGAACUCAGUCUAUGAUUGUGGUUCCUGCCAUGCCCGGUGACUCUGGAGAAUGGACAGUUGUGGCCCAGAACAGAGCUGGAAAAACGACUGUUUCUAUGACUCUCACAGUUGAUGCCAAAGAAAACUUGGUGCGACCCCAGUUUAUUGAGAAGCUGAAGAAUGUCAGUGUCAAGGAGGGCUCUUUGGUUGCACUGGCUGUCAAAGCCAUUGGAAACCCUCUCCCUGAUAUUGUCUGGCUGAAAAACAGCGACAUCAUCUCAUCCCACAAAUAUCCUAACAUCAAGAUUGAAGGCGUCAAAGGAGAGGCCCAGUUCAAAAUCCCCACGGCUGUUGGAUUUGACAGUGCCUGGUACACUGCUACAGCCAUUAACAAAGCCGGACGGGACACCACACGCUGCAGGGUCAACGUUGAGGUUGAGCUCAGUGAACCAGAGCCUGAGCGGAGACUUGUUAUUACCAAGGGGACCUACAAGGCCAAGGAUAUUGCUGCCCCCGAGCUGGAGCCACUGCAUCUUCGCUAUGGCCAGGACCAGUGGGAGGAGGGAGACCUCUACGAUAAAGAGAAACAACAGAAGCCUCAUUUCAAGAAGAAGCUGACAUCAGUCAGAAUGAAGCGCUUUGGACCUGUGCACUUUGAGUGCAGACUGACCCCUAUUGGCGACCCCAACAUGAUGGUGGAGUGGCUACAUGACGGUAAACCCCUGGCUGCUGCCAACAGGCUGCGCAUGGUGAAUGAAUUUGGCUAUUGCAGUCUGGACUACGAGGUGGCUUACGCAAGAGACAGUGGCGUCGUCACCUGCAGAGCCACUAACAAAUUUGGUGUCGAUCAGACGUCUGCCACGCUGAUUGUGAAAGAUGAGAAAAGCCUUGUUGAGGAAUCUCAGCUUCCCGAGGGAAGGAGAGGCAUUCCCAGGAUGGAUGAGAUAGAGCGCAUGGCCCAUGAGGGUGGCCCCGCAGGUGUGACCGGAGAUGACUAUUCAGAGAAAACGAAACCUGAAAUCGUCUUGCUUCCAGAGCCUGCGCAAGUCUUGGAGGGGCAAAAUGCCAAAUUCCGCUGCCGUGUGACUGGUUAUCCAACUCCCAAAGUCAACUGGUACCUGAAUGGACAGCUUAUCCGCAAGAGCAAGAGAUUCAGGCUUAAUUAUGAUGGUAUCUACUACCUUGAGAUUACUGACAGCAAGUCCUAUGACUCUGGAGAAAUUAGAGUCGUUGCAGAGAAUCCCGAAGGUGUAGUUGAGUACAUUGUAAAGCUGGAGAUCCAACAGAGGGAGGACUUCAGGACAAUUCUCAGACGCGCCCCUGAGAUUAAACCCACAAUUGAACCUUUCGGAGAGCAUGGCAGAGUGCCUUUUGAAGUUGUGAAGGUUGACAAGCCUAGUGAGGUCUCCCAGCAGAAAGAGGUUGUAAAACUGAGAAAAGUUGAGAGAGUUGUCCAUGACAUAUCUACAGAGGAGACAGCAGAACUGAGAAGCAAAUUCAAACGCAGGACAGAGGAGGGCUAUUAUGAGGCUAUUACUGCUGUUGAGCUCAAGAGUCGCAAGAAGGACGAGACUUAUGAGGAAAUGCUGAAGAAGAGGAAAGAUGACCUUCUUCAUCACAUCAAGGAAAUUCCUGAAUCUGAGAGGAAGAAGAUGGAAGAACAAGGCAAAGUCACCUGCCCCACCAUUAGACCAGAAAAAAUAGCUCUCUCUCCCAGCAUGGAGGCUCCAAAGAUCAUUGAGCGUAUCCAGAGCAAAACAGUUGCUGUGGGAGAUGAGGUUCGUUUCCGUUGUAGAGUUGUCGGAAAACCAGACCCAGAAUGCCAGUGGUUCAAAAAUGGUGUCAUGCUGGAGAAAUCUGACCGUAUUUACUGGUACUGGCCUGAAGACCAAGUCUGUGAAUUGGUGAUCAGAGAUGUCUCUGCAGAGGACUCCGCUAGUGUCAUGGUCAAAGCCAUCAACAUUGCUGGAGAGACCUCUAGCCAUUCAUUUUUGUUGGUGCAAGCCAAGCAAGUUAUUACCUUUACUCAAAAGCUGGAAAAUGCCUAUGCCAAAGAGAAGGACACCAUGGUUACCUUUGAAUGUGAAACAAAUGAGCCUUUUGUUAAAGUCAAAUGGCUGAAGAACAAUGCUGAGAUUUUCACUGGUGAUAAAUACAGGAUGCACUCUGACAGAAAAGUACAUUUCUUGUCUGUUCUGAUAAUCACCAUGAAAGAUGACGACGAAUAUUCUUGUGUCGUUGUUGAUGAUGACCAAGUAAAAACUUCUGCCAGACUCCAUGUGGAAGGUGCCCCUCUUGAAAUGCUGAAGAAACUAGAAAGUGUUGAAGUCCCUGAAACAUAUUCUGGAGAUUUUGAAUGUGAACUGUCUCGUGAAGAUGCUGAGGGAACAUGGUACUUUGAAAAUAAGGAGAUUACUCCCAGUUUGAAAUAUGUUGUGUCCUCUCGCCGUGGACGUCAUGGUUUGUCUGUGAAAGAUGUCAAGAAGGAAGAUCAGGGCAAAUACACUUUCAAAACUGGAAAUUUGAGCACAAGUGCUUCCCUGAAAAUGAAAUUGCGUCCUAUUACUCUGAUGCAAGGACUCUCUGACCUGACUGUCUGUGAGGGUGAUAUUGCUCAGCUUGAGGUGCGGUUUUCUCAGGAGAAUGUUGAGGGAACGUGGAUGAGAAAUGGACAACCCGUCUCGGCUUCAGACAGAGUUCACAUUGUCAUCGACAAACUGGUUCAUAAGCUGCUCAUUGAAAAUGUCAACAGGGAUGAUGCAGGAAUGUAUUCCUUUGUUGUUCCUGCUCAUGAUAUUUCCACGACUGGAAAGCUUACCGUGCAAACAAUUGGCAUCUUGUCACCACUCAAGGAUGUUACCACCACUGAAGGCACCAAGGCUGUGAUGGAGUGUAAGAUCUCUGCUGCUGAUGUCAGCUCAGUGAAAUGGUACCACAAUGACAAGCAGGUGAUGGCCUCAGACAGAGUCCAGAUGGUGGCCAAGGGAACCAAACAGCGUCUGGUGCUUAUGAGGUCCUUUGCCUCUGAUGAAGGUCAAUACAAGUUGGUUGCUGGCAGAGUUGACACAAGCUGCAAAUUGACUGUUGAGAAAAUUUCCAUUGUGAAACAUAUGGAGGACCGUGUUUGCACAGAGACCCAGAAUGUUACUUUUGAGGUGGAGCUGUCUCACCCUGGUAUUGAUGCAGUUUGGACCUUGAGGAACAAUGUGCUUAAAGCAGGUGCAAAAUACAAGAUGGAGUCCAAAGGCAAACGCUACACCCUUACAGUCAUCAAUACCAUGAAGGAUGAGGAGGGACAGUAUGCAUUUGCUGCUGGAGAGAAAACAUCCAGUGCAAAACUUACUGUAUCAGGUGGUGCUAUCAACAGACCCCUUCAGGACCAGACUGUAGCAGAAUCUCAGAGUGCCGAGUUUGAGUGUGAAGUCGCCAAUGCCAGCGCUAAGGGCAAAUGGCUGAAGGAUGGCCAACCUGUUGACUUCGGUGAAAAUAUUCACAGUGAAGACAAGGGUGCUGUGAGGCGCCUUAUUAUUGCCAUUACCAGGACUCAGGACGUUGGUGAAUACACGUACCAGGUGGCCAACUCUAAGACAACAGCCCACCUGAAAGUUGAAGCUGUGAAAGUGAAAAAGACACUUAAGAACCAAACUGUGACUGAGACUCAGGAGGCUGUGUUCAGCCUUGAGCUCACCCAUGAAAAUGUGAAGGGAUCUCAGUGGACCAAGAAUGGCGUUGAGCUUGUUCCAGGUGACAAGUAUGAAAUCACUAUGGACGGCAUGGUGCACACUCUAAAGAUCAAGAACUGCACCACACAAGAUGAAUCAGUCUAUGCAUUCAAACUGGGAAAACUCAGUGCCAAUGCCAGACUGAAUGUUGAAACAAUAAAAAUUGUGAAGAAGCCAAAGGACAUUACCUGUCUGUUGGAUGCCACUGGCUCCUUUGAACUGAGCCUAUCCCAUGACAACAUUCCAGUGAAAUGGAUGUUUAAUAAUAUUGAACUGAAGCCAAGUAACUCCUGCCAGAUAUUGUCAGAGAGGAAAGCACAUAAACUUAUCAUCCAGAAUAUUGACACCAGCAAGGCUGGGGAAUACACUGCUGUAGUUGGACAUCUGCAAUGCAGCGCCUACCUGCAUGUUGAAUCCCUGCGUGUCACAAAGCCUAUGAAGAACGUUGACGUCCCUGAGACCCAAGUGGCAACCUUUGAGUGUGAAGUGUCACACUUCAAUGUCCCAUCCACUUGGCUGAAGAAUGGUGUGGAGAUCGAGAUGAGUGAGAAGUUCAGGAUUGUGGUGCAGGGAAAGCUCCACCAGCUCAAGAUCAUGAACACCAGCAGACAGGACGCAUCAGAGUACACCUUUGUAUGUGGAAAUGACAGAGUUUCUGCAACACUGACAGUUAGCCCCAUUUUGAUCACCUCCAUGCUGAAAGAUCUCAAUGCUCAGGAGAAGGACACUAUUACCUUUGAGGUUACUGUCAAUUAUGAAGGCAUCACCUACAAAUGGUUGAAAAAUGGUGUGGAAAUUCGGUCCACAGACAGGUGUCAGACCCGAAGCAAGCAGCUCACUCACUCUCUCACAAUACGCAAUGUGCACUUUGGUGACAGUGCAGACUACAAGUUUGUUGCCGGAUCUGCUGAAACAUCUGCAAAACUCUAUGUUGAUGCUCGCGUGAUUGAGUUCACAAAGCACAUCAAAGACAUCAAGAUUACUGAGAAGAAGAAGGCUAUUUUUGAAUGUGAAUUAUCUGAACCUAAUGUACAAGUGACAUGGAUGAAAGAUGGACAGGAACUUGAAGUAUCUGAGAGGUAUAAGGUUACCACAGAGAAGUUCCUACACCGUUUGAUGAUUCAGACUGUCCGUCAGUCUGAUGUUGGAGAGUACUCUGUGGUUGCUGGUGCCAGCAUGUCAAGGGCUCAUCUCACAGUUGAAGGCCGUGAUGUCCGGAUCACAGAACCUGCUGAGAAAGAUAUCACUGUUGUUGAGAAACAGAGGUCUACAUUCGAGUUUGAAGUAAAUGAGGACGACAUUGAGGGCCGCUGGAUGAGGAAUGGAGUUGAGAUCCAGUUUUUCUCAGAGGAGCGGUUCACCUAUGUGGCUAUUAGGAAGAUCCACCGUCUGAUAAUCACUGAGACCUACAGAACUGAUGCUGGAGAGUACACCUUUAUUGCUGGCAAGAACAGGAGUGUGGUAACACUUCAUGUCAAAAUUCCUGAGCCUCCCAGGAUUGUCCGCCAGAUGGAGGCGCUUACGGUUGAGGCUGGCAAGCCUGCUCGCUUCACUGUGGAGGUGGCAGGUGUCCCUCAGCCUCAGGUGGCUUGGUACAAGAACUCCCAGGCUCUGUCAGCUGGGUUUAAAUGCAAGUUCCUUCGAGAUGGGAAUGAGUGCACACUGCUGUUGAUUGAGGUCUUCCCCGAGGAUGCUGCAGUCUAUAACUGUGUGGCCACAAAUGACUUUGGCCAGGCAUCUAGUUCUGCUAAUCUUACUGUGGAAGUCUCAGAGGUGGUGUCUCCAGAGUCAGGGGCUCCCCUCUCUCCCCCCGUUAUCAUCUCUCCAAUUCACAACGCCUCUGCCAAGGAGGGUGAAGCUGUCAGAUUCCAGUGCCGUGUCUCUGGAGAUGAUCUUAAGAUCAUGUGGUACUGCAAAGAUAAAGAGCUCAAGCAAUCAGAGUUCUUCAGGAUGUCCCAGUUUGAUGAUAAUUGCAAAUUGGAGAUUGCCAGAGUGUACCUUGAAGAUGAGGGGGAGUACACUUGUGUUGCCCGUAACUCUGCAGGAAUGGUCUCAUGCUCUGCUUUCCUGAAACUUGAUGGAGAAAUGCACACUCAGGACACUGCAUCCAAACAGUGGCAUGCCACAUCCAGUCUCUCCACAAGCAUAUCAAGUGUUAAGAAGGAACCAAUUGGUCAAAAGCCCACUUUUAUUCAGCCUAUUAUGAGCUGCUCCGUGUAUCACGGGGAAGUGGCCAGAUUCCAUGCUUGUGUGUCCGGCAUGCCGAAGCCAGAAAUCAGCUGGUUUCACAACCGGGAACCCAUAAAACCAACAAAAAAUGUUGUCUUCCAUUUCGAUGAGAUGACAAACACUGCCACACUUAUCAUAGUAGAUGCUUUCUCUGAGCAUGCCGGACUGUACACAUGCAAAGCAAUGAAUAGUGCAGGAGAGGCGGUUUGCACGGCUACCCUGACAGUAACUGCAGAAGUGCCUAUGCAAGAGGUGAUUGAAGCCAAAAUCGAGGAAGAAGUCAAAGAGUUUUCUAGCCGGACUGUGACGACUGAAGAAGAAGAAUCCUACAGAACUUCCCUCCAAUUGCCUGAAAAAUCUAAAACACUUGAACUUAAGCCAGAGCAAAAGAUGUACUCAAGCUCUAUUGAAAAGAAAAAAGAAAAGCCUAUAUUUAUUACCCAACUAGCUCCUGCUGCUGUCACAACAGGAGACACGGCUCGAUUGACUGUCCACAUUUCUGCUUUCCCUAAACCAAAAGUUCAGUGGUUUCAUAAUGGUAGAAUCAUUACAUCAUCUUCUGUAUACACAUUCAUAGAAAAUAGAGAUGAGUACACAUUGAUAAUCUCUGGGGUUAAGAAGGAAUAUGAAGGAGAAUACUCUUGUGUCGCAACUAACAAAUUUGGCAAGUCAACUUGCACAACCACCCUUCACGUAAAUGUAAGUGAUGUUACACAUGCAGAGAGGUGGGUUGAACAAAUGUUCAAAGUACCUGGCCAGCCUCCGCGUUUCACUACACAGAUCGAAUCAGUGCAGUGUGCAGAGGGGGGCGAAGCAAAGUUUCAGUUUAAAGUUAGCGGAUCGCCACACCCUGCAGUUCAGUGGUUUAAAGGUAGUUACCAAAUUCAAUCAAGUAACCGUAUCACCAUAGUGUAUAACCCUGAUGGCUCAGGAUUUAUGAGAAUGACUGGUCUUCAUCAGCAAGACAGUGGGCUCUACACAUGUAAAGCAUCCAAUUCUUCUGGAGAAGCCUCCAGCAGUGCUGAACUGAUUGUCUUCCGUGAGACUGCCUCUAUAUCCCGCCACAAAGAAAAGGUAGUCACCCAGAAGCAGAAAGGCUACAAAGUUUCGAUGACUGAACAGGCAACUGAGUCCCGUCUGUACAUGGUCAACAUCCCAGGUGAGACUAAAGAGCAAGCAGGACGUCAGAUGAUUUACACCAUUGGCACUGAGGAUAGACAGGUUGACACCAGUGAACAGGUAGACACCUUAAGAGAGGUAGAUAUUUCUGCUGCCACUGUUCAUAGAGAGCAAGUAACCCACCAGGCUGCAGUCUUGGAGUCUCAUGAGGUGCAAGAGAGAGUCUCCAUGGGUCCCCCUCGGCCACAGCCAGCAGUAGCGACUCCAGUGAAACAGCUUCACACAGCUGCCCUAACAUCUGCCGUUGAGGAAAAUCAAGGGUUCACAGAGCAGCACUCUGAACGCAUCAAAAGCCCUGAGAUUACAGAGCUACAAAUGGCAAGGGAACAGCCCUCAAAGUUGAUGUCUGCAAUAUCUGAAAACAUAACACCUUUCACUAUUGUAAAAGCUGGACCUUUAGCCAAGAGAGAAGAGGAAAAGACACAGUCAACUCGUGAACCCAAACAUCCUAUCAGUAGUCAUCAGGUUGAGACCACACUUUCAAUAAUGAAAGAGAAAUCACAGACAAUUCCAACACCUCAAGUUGAGAAAAGCUACAAAGUCAAAGAAGGUGUGAAAAUUCUAUAUUCUGCUAUAUCAACAGAGAAUCAGGAAAUCACUGAGGGCCAUUCUGCAGAAUUAUCCACCUCAGAUUCAGCUAUACAAUCUUCUAUGAAAAAAGAACAGUCAAAACCUGUUAUACUUUCAGUAAGUGAGACUAAACAGACAUUAUCAAAAGAGGAAAUAUUUACCAUAUCGAGACCAGGGGAAGAGGUGGCUCACACCACCAAAGAUAAGGCACUUAAGUCUGCUCUUACAGCAGAAGAAAAGCGUGAGCUCCAAGCAGAGCGCAUGGGUGAACUUCCUGGUUUGGACAGCGCUGUGUCAGUGCACUCAGAGAGGGAGCAAGAGCAAAUCUUGCACCUACAGCUGAUUAGCGAUCAAGGUAGUCUGCCCUCAGAGGGUCGGUUUACCUGUGAGAGACCAGCUGAGGAGAAGGCAGAUAUUAGGAAGAGUCCCACCUUGCUCCACUCAGUAUCUACAGAUGAGCAGAGAACCGUCACUUGUGAGGACUCUGCACAUUUUUCAUCUGAGAAGACUGCAUUAACUCUGCAGCCUCAGAAAGAACCACUUGGGACCUUGCACCUUCAGUCUACUCAGUUAGAGAGUGCCCUGACCAAAGAGGGAAUGAUAUCUUUUCAGAAACCAGACCAGCAGGUAGCAGCACAGAGGCAGGAGAAAGCUCGUAAAAAUGCAGUUACAACUGAGGAAAAGAGGGAAUUUACAGCAGAUUACUAUAAAACCCUUGACACAUCUGUAACAGGUGUUCAAUCUGAGCAUAAAAUAGAGCCAAAGCCUCAGAGUAUUCUUCAGGUUGUCUCCGAUCCUAUGCAACUGCCAAAGGAAACGCCUUUCUCAACUGAUGUGAAACAACAACGAGCAUUAGUCCAGAAGGAAGACCGCUGGAAUAUUGUACAUGUUACUUCUGUGUCUGACAGGCAAGAUUUAGAGGAGGGCCACACGGAUGAUUUGGGGUCAGUUGAGAAAUUCACAAGUAAGACUGAAGUGGAGCCAAAACUACCUUCGGAAUACAUCACAAUAGAGGAGAAAGCAGUGUCAACUGAGAGCAGUGUGGCUCUUGAGGCAGCAGAACAAGAUUUUGCAGUCCAAAUUCAGGAGGGUCAGUCUGUCAGACAGUCUAUUGUUAUGGAUGAGAAACACGUCUUGACUGGAGAGCAGUCUGAAGAAAUCUCUAAGUCUGAGACAACAACAGCAACUGUAGUUAAGCAGAGCAAAAGUGCCUUUAUGGUGUCAGAAUCUAGGGAGAGCCAAACCCUUCCGAAAGAGCUCACCUUUGUGAUCCAAGCACCAAAAUCAUUUACCUUGGAUGUCAGGCAUCAGUUGAAGAGUGCUUUACAGUCUGCCGUUGCACGAGAUCAACCUCUAAUACUGGCAGAUUUUGUGCAGAGUUUAGCAGUCGUAGAGGUACAAGAGGUUAAGGUACGUAGAGAGCCAAAGUAUGCAAUGUACACAUACCUAAUCACAACAACAGGUGCACCUAUUGAAAUCACAAUUGCCUUUGAGGGUGGUUAUCCCCAAACUGCAGAUCUGAAAAGUGAGCUUAAGGCUGCUUUCUACUCCAUAGUCUAUAGAGAGCAGCAGGUUCUGACAUCUGAACAGCCUGGCACGAUGGAAAUCGAUAGGCCUCAGAGAUUGCAGGUUACGAGCGCCUCUUCAAAAGAAAUGCUCUCAUCCAUUGUGCAAACAGUGCAGAUGAGUGAGAAUGUGUCGGAUUUGGCAGCAGCCAAAACACAAUCUGCCGCACUGAGAACUGAAACCAAAGCUUCCUUUCAGACAGCAGCAGCACAGGAGCAAACUAUUGUGCAGGAGUCAAAAAGAGCCAUGGUACAGAUGACCACUGAAUCAAAAAUGGAAAUAGAAAAGUCCAUAGAGAUUUCUACUCAGGAAAGCAGAUCUGUGACAGUGUCGGGCCAUGAGAGAGACGUUGGUGCUGCUUCUAUUACUACAGAUGUUCCUUUUGCACCAGUACCUGUUGAGCAGUCAGUAGAUAUCCACAUUAAAAAGGAAAAAAAUGAGGGUUUUCUGAUAGAGGAAACCAUUACAACAACCAAAACUACUGAAAAGGUUGGCAAAUACCCCCCAAUAUUUGAAACAGAAUUGGAAGAUAUUACAGCAGAGGAAAAAGGCACAGCCACUUUUACAGUGUCUGUAAAGUUUGUUAAAAAUGUAAAUUGGCUGUUCAAGGGAAAAAUUAUUAAAUCUGGCAAAGAGUUCAAGUGUUCCAAGCAACAUAACACAUACACACUAGUGAUCGACAAAGUAAUCAAGGAGAAGCAUGAAGGAGAGUAUGUCUGUGAAGCAGAGAAUGAAGGCGGCAAGACUACAACAUCCUCAAGACUCACAGUUGUCUUAAGAGUGCCACCUGUUUUCAGGCACAAAGCCCAUCCCCUGGAAGUCAACAUUGGCGUCAAUGCCAAAUUUGAGUGCGAGAUUGAGGAUGCACCAAAUGUCACUUUCAAGUGGUACAAGUCUGGCUCUGAGAUCAGACAAAGUGAGAAGUUCAGGAUCAUCAGCCGUGGCACCAUUUCCUAUUUGGAGAUUCUCAACCCAGCCAAGGUGGACACGGCUGAAUAUACCUGCAAAGCUUCUAACCAGCAUGGAAGUGACAGCUGCUCUGCUAGUCUCCAAGUGACUGAAGUCUUCCCACCAGAAUUUGUUACAAAGCCUGAUCCUAUGGCGCUGUUUGUGGGCAAACAGGCCAAAUUUCAAUGUGUAGUCAAUGGUUCUACUCCAAUGAGUGUUUUAUGGCAUAAAGACAGCAUUGCCAUUUCUGCUGAUGAGCAUUAUAAAAUAUCCUCUGAUAAGAACAAAUACACUCUUCUGAUUAGCAAACUUGAACAGAAUGAUCAGGGUAUGUAUCUGUGCAAAGCAUCCAAUAGUGUUGGGACAGAUACAUGUUGCACAGAGCUGAAGGUAAUUGACAAACCCAGCUUUGUAAAGACUUUUAAAGCCAUAUCAGUAGCAGUGGGUAACACACUGCGUCUUGAGUGUCAGGUGAAUGAAGACACAGGAGUCAGUAUUACCUGGAUGAAAGAUGGCAAAAAGAUUCACAACACCAUGGAGUGUAAACUCUCUUUUGAAGACAAAACAGCCAGUCUUGAAAUCCCAAAAGCCAAACUUAAAGAUACUGGCAAAUAUGCCUGCACUGCAGCAAAUGAUGCAGGAAGCAGUGAAUGUUCAUCUGUGGUAACUGUGCAAGAACCUCCAACAUUUCUUAAGAGGCUUGAACCAAAAAUUCUGUGGAAACGAGGUGCAUCUGCACGCUUGCAGUGCACCAUCAAAGGGUCACCUGAGCUCCAUGUUACAUGGUUUCUUGACGACAAACAGCUCAGCACUUCAGACAAGCAUAAAAUCACUUUUGCGGAUGGCAAAGCUACACUGGAGAUUAAUGAUCUUGUGGAGUCAGACAGUGGAAAUUACACUUGUGAAGUGUUGAAUGAGGCUGGCUGUGAGAGCUGUAGCUCUCAUGUGACAGUCAAAGAACCUCCUUGCUUCAAAAAAGAGUUAAAAAUGUUAGACGUGGUCAAGGGAACCACUGUCCAAUUUGAAUGUGAAGUUACUGGCACGGCACCAUUUGAAAUCACCUGGUUAAAGAACAAGAAACCAGUCAGCACUGACAAGAAGCACAGUGUCAUUUCAAAAGAUUCUUGUGCUUCUUUGGAGAUCCGUUCUUUUGAAAGUGCAGAUGUGGGUGAUUAUCAGUGCUGUAUAGCAAACGAUGUAGGUAAAAUCAUCACAAAAACAGUUGCUAAGUUAAAAGAGCCACCAUCAUUUGUAAAGAAAGUUGAAAACACAACAGCAGUUUUAGGCAGUGCUGUUAAACUGCAGGGCACUGUAAAGGGCUCUGCCCCUAUUUCUGUGAAAUGGCUAAAGGACUCUGAUUUGCUAACAGAGAUUGAUCCCAAUGUCAAAAUCACAUUUGAAAACAACAUUGCUGUAUUGGUCAUUAACAGUGUAGCCACAACUCACAGUGGCAAAUAUACCUGCCAGGCAGAAAAUGAGGCUGGCCAACAGAAAUCUGAAGCUACAUUAUCUGUUCAAGAACCAGCUAGAAUUAUUGACAGACCACCAUCUAUCAGUGUCACUGUUGGAGAAUCUGCCACUCUGGAGUCUACUAUCUCAGGGAGCCCAGAUCUUAAAGUGAAGUGGUUUAAAGAUGGAAAAGAAAUUACAUCAGGCCGGAAAUACAAAAUUACUCUAAAAGACAAUGUAGCCACAUUAAAAAUUCUCUCAGCUGAAAGAGGUGACAGCUGUGAAUACAAAAUGGAGGUGGCUAAUCGUGUUGGAAAAGAUGAAUGCUCCUUUGCUCUAACUGUGCUAGAUCGCAUCAUACCACCUUCCUUCACAAAAAUGCUCAAAAAGAUUGAUGGAAAUGUUGGAGGUGAUGUUAUUAUGGAAUGCAAAGUGUCUGGGUCUCAGCCCAUGACUGUAUCUUGGUUCAAAGAAGGAAAAGAGAUCACAUCAGGGAUGAAAUACCAGAUUGAAUUUAAAGAAAAUACAGCAUCAUUAAAAAUAUUACGUUUAGAGACAGUUGAUGCAGGGGCAUAUUUAUGCCGGGCAAAUAAUUCUGCCGGAAAAGCUGAAACAAGUGGGACCAUGCAAGUGAAAGAACCCCCAGUCUUCACAAUCAAACCAGAAUCUCAGGAUGUCAUCCCAGGAUCUACAGUUGUUUUUAAGUCUGUUUACUCUGGAACGGCUCCAUUCAAUGUGAAAUGGUUCAGAGAAGAAAAGGAGAUUCUAACAGGAGGCACAUGCUUCAUCAAGAAAGAGACCUCCUCAAGCACACUGGAGCUUCACUCUGUGAAGCCCUCUGACUCCGCAAAAUACACUUGCCAAGUGUCUAAUGAUGCCGGGAAAGUGGUUUGCACCACGGUCUUGUUCGUCAAAGAACCUCCAAAGUUUGUGACGAAGCUCGACUCCACAAAACUUUUAAUGAUUGGAAACCAUGUAACUUUAGAGUGCAAAGUAUCUGGCAGUCCUCCUAUCAAUAUUAAGUGGCUUAAGAAUGACACUGAAAUCAGCUCCAGUGAGAAAUAUCAAAUGACUUUUGUUGACUCAGUCGCUAGCCUCAAGAUGGUCAAUUGCAACAUUGAUGAUAGUAGCAGCUAUAUAUGCAUGGCAUCAAAUGAUGCUGGUAGCGAUCGUUGCAGCUGUAUGAUCACUGUCAAAGAACCACCAGCAUUUGUUCGGUGCUUUGAAUCCAAGGAGGUUAUCAAAGGUUCCGAUGUUGUGCUAGAGGGGUUGAUCUCAGGCUCUGCUCCAUUUGAGAUGUCAUACUCCAAAGACUCUAAACAGAUCAGGAGUGACAGGAGACACGUCAUGAGUCUGAAGAAUGACAUUGCAACUCUACAGAUUCUUAAAUUUGAUGGCAGCGAUGUGGGAAAAUAUCAGUGCACAGUUGCAAAUGAUGUAGGGAAAUCAUCUUGUGAUUUCCAGAUCUCUCUAAAAGAACCACCAUCAUUCACCCAGAAGAUUGAAAACAUGAAUGCUGUUCUUGGCAACAAGAUUACUAUGCAGUGUUCACUAAAAGGGUCUUUGCCCAUGACUGUGACCUGGAUGAAGGAUGAUCUUGAGGUCAAAGAUUCUGAGCAUGUACAGAUUUCAUUUGAAAACAGUACGGCAGUCUUUUAUAUAAGCAGUGUUCAGUUGAAACACAGUGGCAAGUAUACUUGUCAGGCACAGAAUGAAGCUGGAAGUCAGAAAUGUACUGCAACAUUAGUCGUAAAAGAACCAGCAAAUAUCACAGAGCCAGCUAAGUCUAUCAGCGUUACAGCAGGGGACCCUGCUACUCUUGAGUGCAGGUUUUCAGGGACGAAACCCCUGGCUGCCAAAUGGAGUAAAAAUGGAAAAGAGUUGGCAACAGGCAAAAAAUACAAAGUGCAAAGCACAGACAAGAGCUCAAUCUUAAAGAUUCUAUCCACUGAAAUGAGUGACAGUGGAGAAUACAUGUUUCAAAUUUCCAAUGAUGUUGGAAGUGACACUUGUGAUGCUGCCAUCACAGUUCUAGAGCCCCCAUCAAUUAUUGAGAAGCCUGAGUCUGUGGAGGUAAUCCCUGGUUCAAAGGUGAAGUUCAAUGCACUCAUUGCUGGCACUCCACCCCUUACCAUCAAAUGGUUUAAGUCCAACAAGGAGAUCACAACAGGAGUGGAUUGUGCCAUUCAAAAAGAUGAUUCCUUUACUUCUUUGGAGCUCUUCUUUGCCAAGACCUCAGACUCUGGGGAUUAUGCCUGUGAAAUCAGCAAUGAUGUUGGCUCAGACAAAUGCCAGACAUCUCUUUUUGUCAAAGAACCUCCGAAAUUUACACGAAAGCCUGAAGGGAUGACUGUUGUAAGACCUGGCCAGCCUGUUGUGUUUGAAUGCCAGGUUAUUGGAACUCCUGAAAUAGAUAUCUAUUGGUUCAAAGAUGGAAAUGAGUUAAGUCCCAGUAAUAAAUAUAAAAUGGACUUCUCCAAUUCUCUGGCAAAGCUUGAGAUCGUUGGUUCUGAAAUCAAAGACAGUGGAGUUUACUACUGUGAGGCACGCAACGAAGCUGGCAGUGAGAGCUGUAGCAUGGAGUUUAAAGUAAAAGAGCCACCAGCAUUUAUCAAGCCAUUAACACCUGUUGAGGUUGUGAAUGGUGCAAAUGCAUCCUUUGAGUGUCAGGUUACUGGGACUGCUCCUUUUGAGAUAACUUGGCUCAAGGACUCAAAGGAGAUCAAACCGAGCUCAAAGCACAUAUUGAAGAAAAAUGGGUUUCUAUAUCUUGAAAUCCAGAAAUGUGACGCUUUAGAUGUUGGUGAAUAUCAGUGCACAGUGGCAAAUGAAGUGGGAAGUUGCUCUUGUCGAGCAGAGCUUAGCAUGAAAGAACCACCGUCAUUUGUAGAGAAGAUUCAAAAUGUUGCCACUGUCCUUGGGAAAGUGGCAGAGUUGAAGUGUGUUGUAAAGGGAUCUGCUCCCUUGAGUGUACAGUGGCAAAAAGAUGACGAGUGGAUCUUGGAGGAUCCAAAGAUUGAAAAGAUGUUUGAUGGCAGCGUGGCUAUUCUAAAAAUUCCAGUCUGUGAGUCUUGUAACAGUGGAAGGUACACUUGUCAAGCUGUGAAUGAAGCAGGGCAGGAGAAAUGCUUUGCAACCCUUCUGGUGCAAGAGCCCCCACAAAUUGUUGAAAAGCCAGAGGUGAUCAAUGUCACUGUUGGUGACCCAGUCAGCUUCGACUGCAAAGUUACAGGCACUCCUGAGCUCAAAGUGAAAUGGACUAAAGAUGGGAAGGAGCUGGUCCCUAGUAGACAGCACGUCCUGAGCUUUGUGAACAAUAUCAGCAGUCUUAAAAUUCAGUCUGCCCAGAAGGAAGAUAAAGGACAGUAUAUCUUUGAGGUUGCAAAUCACAUAAAUGUCGCAACAUGCAAGGUUGAAUUGGUUGUAGUAGAUCAAGUCAUUCCUCCUUCUUUCAUAAAACCGUUAACUGAUAUGGAGGAGAUUUUGGGUUCCUCUGUGCACAUUGGCUGCAAAAUAUCUGGAUCCCUCCCAAUCACUGUGGACUGGAUAAAAGAUGGAAAUAAACUUUCUGGGAGAACAAAGCACAAAAUUGUCCAGGAGGACAAUAGUGCCUCCUUGGAGAUUGAACACUUAGAGAAGGCAGACACUGGGGCAUACACUUGCAAACUUACAAACAAAGCAGGAAGCUGUGAAUGCAGUGCAGUGCUAAGGGUGAAAGAGCCUCCAAGCUUUGUGUUGAUGCCAGAAUCUCAGGCAGUUAUUCCGAACACUACAGUUCGGUUUAAGAGCACCUUCAAAGGAACCCCUCCUUUUACUGUGAAAUGGUUUAAGGAGGACACGGAGCUGAUAACUGGACCAUCAUGCUUUACUGGACUGGAGGGCUUAUCGUGCUUCAUAGAUCUUUUAUCUGUUGGCGUUUCACAAAGUGGAACUUACACAUGCCAAGUUAGCAACGAUGCUGGUACCGUCAAGUGUACAGCUAAUUUACUUGUCAAAGAACCGCCAGACUUUGCACAGAAACUUCCGAGCACAAAGUUUGUGAAGCUGAGCGACGCAGUCGUUCUCGAAUGCAAAGUCACGGGCACUGCCCUCCUUCAGAUUAACUGGUUUAAAAACGAUUCAAAACUGACAGAUGGUCACAACUGCAAGACAUCAUUUGAUGGCUCAGUGGCAGUCCUCCACAUUUCCUCCUCAUCAUUUGACGAUGGUGGAGUGUAUACGUGUGAGGCUCAGAAUGACGCUGGAACUAAAAGCUGCAGCGCCACACUCACAGUGAAAGAACCACCAUCUUUCAUCAAAGUGCCUCAACCUGUUGAAGGACUGAAAGGCAAAGAUGUCAGUCUGAACUGUGAAUUGAAGGGCACGGCACCGUUUGAGAUAACCUGGUUCAAAGAUAAAAAGGCACUAAAGGAGGGCAGAAAAUAUAAGUUUGUGUACGAAGGAUGCUCUGCAACUAUGCAUAUCCUUGGUCUGGAAGCAUCAGAUACUACUGAAUAUGAAUGCAAAGCAUCCAACAGUGUAGGAAGUGACACAUGCAAUGUGUCUGUUAAACUGAGAGAGCCACCAGUCUUUGUGAAGAAGCUGUCCAAUAUGACAGCAGUGUCUGGUGAAGAAGUGACUUUGGUUGCCACAAUUAAAGGCUCUCAGCCAAUGACUGUAUCUUGGGUUCAGGACAAAGACCAUGUUCUUAGGGAUGGUGACAACCGCAAGAUUACCUUUGAGAACAACCAGGUCACUCUUAAAAUCUUUAAGGCUGACAAAACCUCUGUUGGGAAGUACACCUGUCAGCUCAAAAAUGAUGCUGGGGUGGCAGAGUGUAUAGCUAACCUGACUGUUCUAGAGCCGGCUUUAAUUAUUGAUAGGACAGAGUCUUUUAGUGUCACAGAAGGAGACAUAGCCGCCCUAGAGUGUACUGUAGCUGGAACUCCUGAGUUAACGCCAAGGUGGUACAGAAAUGGAGUGGAACUGGCGUCUGGAAAGAAGUACAAGAUCACCUUCGCAAAAAUGAUCUCCAGUCUUAAAAUUUUGACAAGCGAGAGGAACGACUCUGGAGAGUACACAUUCGAGGUCAAAAAUGAAGUUGGUGCUGAUGUCAGCAAAAUACACCUCAAUGUCCUAGAUAAAUUAAUUCCUCCGGCGUUCUCACGGAAAUUGAAAGAUGUACAGAGUAUUGUGGGUAAUUCUGGUGAACUGGACUGUAAAUUGUCUGGAUCUUCACCUUUCACAAUCUCUUGGUACCAUGAUGGAGCGGAGAUCACAAGUGGACCUAACUACGAAAUUACGUUCAGCGACAACAACUGCACUUUGAAAGUUCCCACACUCAAACUGUCUGAUUCUGGAACAUACAAGUGCAAAGCUGUCAACAAAGCGGGAAAAGCUGAAACCAGUUCAACUUUCGUUGUGAAAGAGCCUCCAUCUUUUGUGACUCAACCUCAACCACUGGAAGCGUUGCCCGGCUCAAGCGUUACAUUUGCUGCUACUGUGAGGGGAAGUGCCCCUCUAAAACUGAAAUGGUUUAGAGGGAGCAAGGAAGUUGUGCCUGGAAGGGACUGUGCAAUAGCUCUCAAAGGUGACAUGGCUACGUUGGAGCUCCGCAACGUUGAUAAAUCCCACGCAGGAGAGUACACAUGCCAAAUUAUUAAUGAUGCUGGAAAGGAGAACUGCACAGUGAACCUGUUUGUGAAAGAACCUGCCCGUUUCAUUAAAAAACUUAAAGACCUUUCUGUUGAAAUGGGCAAGUCCAUGAUUCUUGAAUGCACAUACAGUGGAAGCCCAGAAAUUCAUGUUAAAUGGCAUAAGGAUGGGCAAGAGAUAUAUUCCUCUUACAAGUACAACAUGACAACAACUGAGAGCUCCUGCAUCCUUGAGUGUCUAAACAGUGACAAAGAGGCUGCAGGAAAAUACUCUUGCGAAGUCUCCAAUGGGGCUGGAACUGAUACUUGUCAUGCCAAUGUGUCCAUAUUAGAACCCCCAUACUUUAUUGAGCAAUUGGAGCCAAUGGAUGUCACAGCUGGAGAUGCUGUUUGCUUGAAAUGCCAAGUAGGGGGCACACCUGAAAUUAAAGUAUCCUGGUUUAAAGCCGAUGGAAAAUUGAGAUCCUCUGCCAUGUGCAAAAUGGAAUUCUCAAAAGGUGUAGCCUGUCUGAAAAUUAGUAAAACGUCUAAAGCAGACAUUGGAGAAUAUACAUGCAAAGCUGAAAACAGUAUUGGAUCAGCAUCCUCCAGUUGCCAACUAACUGUGCAAGAGGUCAAAACACCACCAUCUUUCCCCAAGAAAAUUACUAGUAUACAACAAACUGAGGGACAGGCAGUCAGAUUUGAGUGUCGUGUGGCUGGAUCCUCUCCCAUGGAGAUCUCUUGGCUUAAAGAUGGUGAAACCUUGAGAAAUGACGCCGAAUUCUCAAUGAGUUUCGAUGAUAACUCUGCCGUCCUUCAAAUUGCCCGAGGAGAAAUGAGACACUCUGGGGAAUAUACUUGUGUCGCAACAAAUAGUGUUGGGACAGCCUCUUGCAGAGCCAAACUCACACUUCAAGAGCCAAGAUAUCCACCAGUUUUUGAUAAAAAGCUUUUGCCAGUGGAUGUUACGGUGGGAGAUAGUGUGGAGAUGGAAUGUCACAUGACUGGAUCUUUGCCAAUGAAAGUGACAUGGUCAAAGGAUCACAAAGAUAUUCGCACUGGCGGAAAUUAUAAAAUAUCCUAUGUGGAUAACACUGCACACCUCACCAUUCUAAAAGCAGAUAAAAAUGACUCUGGACGAUAUUCUUGCCAUGCUAGUAAUGACAUGGGAAAGGACUCUUGUUCAGCCGAAGUAUCUGUGAAAGAGCGUAAAAUUCCUCCCUGCUUCACCAAAAAGCCCUCUGAGUCUGUUGAGGAUGUUGAGGGCAAGGUGGUGAAGCUAGAGGCCCGUCUGUCUGGAUCUCAGCCCAUAACAGUGAACUGGUACAAAGAUGGCAGUGAAAUCUUCAGCUCUGACUACUACGACAUAUCCUUCAAGAGCAAUGUGGCUGUGCUAUGUAUCAAGAAGUCUCGGAGCUCAGACAGUGGCACAUACACCUGUGAAGCCACUAAUGAAGCUGGCAGCGACAGUUGCCAAGCUACAGUGAGAAUCUCAGAACACAAGGUGCCUCCGAGCUUCGACAUACCUCUUAAGCCAGUGACCGUUAAUGCGGAUAACAAGCUCAGCCUGAGCUGCCACGUCCGUGGUUCUCCUCCGCUGAAGGUUCAGUGGAUGAAGGACAGACGGGAGUUGUCGUCCUCAGCCAGCACUAAGAUCACUUUUGUAGACGGCACAGCCACUUUGGAGGUGCUCCGUGUGUCCAAGAAUGAUGCUGGAGACUAUUUGUGCAAGGCUACAAAUGAGGCUGGAAGUGAAUUUUGCAAGUCCAAAGUGACUGUGAAAGAAAAAGCCGCCGCCGCCGCUGCUCCAGCACCUGAGGCAGCCCCUGCAGCCAAACCAGCCAAGAAGCUCGAUAACUUGUACUUCAUCGAAGAACCCAAGACUGUUCAUAUCACAGAGAAGGGCACAGCAACCUUCAUUGCUAAAGUUGGUGGUGAUCCCAUCCCCAACGUCAAAUGGAUGAAGGGCAAGUGGAGACAGGUCACUCAUGGUGGUCGCAUCACCAUUGAGCAGAAGGGCCAAGAGGCCAAGCUGGAGAUCAGGGAGGUUACCAAAUCUGACUCUGGACAGUACAGAUGUGUUGCAUCUAACACACACGGAGAGAUUGAGUGUAACACUGACCUGAAUGUUGAGGAGAAGAGAGAGAUUGUCCCUGAGACAGUGAAACUGAAGAAGACACCUUCAAAGCAGAAAAGUCCGAAGGAAAGCCAAGAGAUUGAUAUUGUAGAGUUGCUGAGGAAUGUAGAUCCAAAGGAAUAUGAAAAGUAUGCUCGCAUGUACGGGAUCACUGAUUACCGUGGUCUCCUACAAGCCAUUGAGCAGUUGAAGAGGGAGAAGGAGGAGGAGAGUGGACGUCCCGAGGGAGGUUUGGCUUCAAGAGAGUCAGAGGAAGAUUUGGCUCAAAUCGUGGCUGAUUUGCAAAAGAGAAUGGAGCAGACAGAGCCUGUUACUCUUGUGAAAGACAUCACUGAUCAAACAACAGAUGUUAACAAGGAGGCUGUGUUUGAAUGUGAAAUUACAAUCAACUACCCAGAGAUCACCUUGUCCUGGUACAAGGGUACGCAGAAGCUUGACACUAAUGAUAAAUAUGAGAUCAAAAUAGUUGGUAACCGCCACAUACUGAAGAUCAAGAAGUGCCAGACUGGUGACGCGGGCAAUUACCGGGUGGUAUGCGGGCCACAUAUCUCCAGUGCCAAACUCACAGUACAGGACGCUAAAGUGGAAGCACAUUUGGAGGAAACUGCUGGUAAGGAAGGCCAAACCUGCACUCUGACUUGCCAGUUCUCUAUACCUAAUGUAAAAACUCAGUGGUUUAAAAACGGGAAGCUUUUAGAGCCAAGCAGCAGAUACACAUUCACUGUGAUUGAUAAGAUUCAGAGGCUCUCUAUCAAAGAUGUAAGACCUGAAGACCAAGGACAGUAUACCUGCAAAUAUGAAAACCUUGAAUCAACAACAAAUCUUUGGGUUGAAGCUGAACAAAUUCACUUCACCAAACGCAUCCAGAACAUUGUGGUGAGGGAGCGACAGUCAGCCACUUUUGAAUGCGAGGUGUCUUUCGACAAUGCUAUUGUAACAUGGUACAAAGACACUUGGGAACUCAAAGAGAGCCCAAAGUAUAACUUCCGAAGCGAAGGCCGACGUCACUUUAUGAUCAUCCGCAACGUAACCAACGAAGAUGAAGGCGUAUACUCAGUGAUUGUGAGGUUGGAGCCCAGAGGCGAAGCUAAAAGCACAGCUGAACUUUACCUAUCAGGCAAAGAAAUUGAAUUAGGAAGGUUGCCUUAUGAUGUCCCUGACACAUCAAUUCAAGUGCCCGAUGCACCUACUGCAUUUGCCAUUAAAGAAGAAUCAUCAACUGAAUACUAUCAGUAUGAGGAGAAGAUGGAGAUACGAGAACGAGAGAUCUGGUCAGAAGAAAUGAUAGUGCAGGAGGUCACUACAGUUGAAGUUCCAAGGGUGCCUGUGGAGGAACCAGUCCAGAGGGCGAAAUUAGGCAUGAGAGAGGAGGCUCCAGAGAGAGUUCCUGAGGCUCACAAGCCUGAAGAGAAACCGUCUGCCAAAGAACCAAAGAAACAGGAACCAGCUAAAGUACCUGAAGCCAAGAAGCCCGUGGAGGAAAAAGUAAUUCCAGUAAAAGUGCCAGAGAAAAAGGAUGUUCCAAAACCAAAAGAACACGAAGAGCCAAAGGUUUCUGUUCCUAAGCCAACUCCCACUGCUCCUGUAGAACAACAGGUCACUCCUAAAAAAGUACCUGAGCAAGAGAAGAAAACUCCUGAAAAGACUCCCGUGCCAGAGAAAAAGGAAGUUGCGCCGGCUAAAGUGCCUACACCUGAAAAGAAACCAUCCCCUGAAACUGCUGCAAAGAAAAAACCAUCUCCUGAACCUGCUGCAAAGAAAGUCUCUCCACCUCAAGAUGGUGACAAAGGACCUGUUUCUGCACCUGGACCAGUUAGAAAAGAGGGAACUCCUAAAGAUACAGGAGCAGCAGGUGGAAGAGGAAGAGGCUUGAAACCAAAACAAACUCCAUCCCCAGGAGAAGGAGGUAGAGGUAGAGGUAGAGGAGCUGGAGGUGGCAAACCUCCAGAGGAGCCACCAUUCGCUGGAUUCCAGCUGAAGGCUGUCCCACUGAAAUUCAUCAAGGAGCUCAAAGACAUUGUGUUGUCAGAGGCCGAGUCGAUUGGUACCUCUGCUGUGUUUGAGUGUGAGGUGUCGCCCUCCACUGCCAUCACCACAUGGAUGAAGGACGGCAGCAACUUGAGGGAGAGCCCUAAGCACAAGUUCACCUCUGACGGCAAAGACCGCAAAUUGGCAAUUAUUGACGUCCAACUCUCUGACCGCGGUGAAUACACUUGUGUGGCCACGCUUGGCAAAAAGGAGAAGACCUCAACUGCCAAGCUCAUUGUGGAAGAGCUGCCAGUGAAAUUCGUGAAGACACUUGAGGAGGAGACGUCUGUUAUGAAGGGACAGCAUCUGUACCUGACCUGUGAGUUGAACAAGGACAAGGAGGUGACAUGGAAGAGAAAUGGCACACCUUUUAUAACAGUUCCUGGAAAGAUCCAAGUAGCUUCCAUUGGACUGCAACGCGCUGUGACAAUCCACAACGCUCAGGAAGAGGAUGCUGGAAUGUACGUAUGCGAGUGUGAAGAUAUCCAGACAGAGUCAAAGGUCAAAAUCAUUGAAAUCAUCAAAGACUGGUUAGUGAGACCACUGAAAGACCAGCACGUGAAGCCUAAAGCUACUGCCACAUUCAAGUGUGAACUCUACAAAGACACACCAAACUGGAAGUGGUUCAAGGGGGAUGAAGAAAUCCCUAUCGAUCCAACAGAUAAAACAGAGGUUACAAAGGAUGGUAAAGAGCUUACUUUGACCAUCAAAAAUGCAGCCCCUGAGGAUGUUGCGGAGUAUGCCAUGGAAGUAGAGGGUCGCAGAUACACUGCAAAGCUGACACUUGGUGAGCGUGAAGCUGAGAUCCUGAAGCCUCUGUCUAGUGUUGAAGUUGUGGAGAAAGAGGAGGCCAACUUCGACACUGAAAUUUCAGAAGAGGACGUUCCUGGAGAAUGGAAACUUCAUGGACAACUUCUGCAGAGAUCACCAACAUGUGACAUCAGAGCAGAGGGAGCCAAGAGAUUCCUCACUCUAAAGGAUGUUCAGCUUGACCAGGCUGGUGAAGUGUCAUAUCAGGCUCUGAAUGCUAUCACCACUGCAAUGCUCACAGUCAAGGAAAUCGAAAUGGAGUUCACUGUCCCUCUGAAGGACGUUUCUGUGCCUGAAAAGAAACAGGCAAAGUUUGAGUGCACCAUCACUAAGGAUGUGUCAAAGGUGAUGUGGUUCAGAGGGUCUGACAUUGUAACCUCAGAUGCAAAAUAUGAUAUCAUUGAUGAUGGGAAAAGGCACAUGUUGGUUAUAAACCACUGUGAGUUUGAUGAUGAGGGCGAGUACACUAUUGAAGUGUUGGGCAAAAGGUCAACCGCUAAACUCACGGUAGAGGGCAUGAGGUUCAACUUCACCACACCAUUAAAGGAUCAAACUGUGAAGGAAGGUAACACAGCUCGGUUUGAGCUUGAACUCUCACAUGAGAAUGUGCCCAUUACAUGGUACAAAAACGAAACGAAACUCCAUCCGAGCCGAGUGGUGUUAAUCCAUGUUGAUGGAAAGAAACACAUAUUAGAACUAAAGGAUAUCACUCUAGAUGACACCUGCCAAAUUAAGGCAGAGGCUAAAGGAAUAUCUACAACGGCAAACUUGAUGGUCCUAGAGGGCGAAGCACGCUUCGUCGUAAAAUUACAAGAUUAUACAGCAGUUGAAAAGGACGAGGUUGUCCUGGACUGUGAGUUGAACAAAGAUGUCCCUGUGAGAUGGUUCCAUAAUGAGGAAGAAAUUAAUGCCUCAAAGAUGGUGUCAAUAAAGACUGAAGAGAAACGACGGAUUCUGAUAAUUAAGAGAGUGGGAGACAAAGAUAAAGGUCAAUACGUGUGUGACUGCGAAACUGACAAGACCUCGGCUAAUCUCAAUAUCGAAGCACGUGACAUCAAAGUGGUUAAGCCCAUGUAUGGUGUUGAUCUCUUUGAUGGAGAGACAGCCCGUUUUGAGGUUGAGCUCUCCGAGGAUGAUGUACAUGGCCAGUGGAAACUGAAUGGAGAAGUCCUUACUCCUUCAGCUGAUGUUGAAAUUAUUGAGGAUGGAGCAAAACACACCUUAAUAUUUUAUAACUGCAAAGUUCCCCAAUCCGGGGAGUUAACCUUCCAAGGAGCAAAUGCCAAAUGCACAGCAAUUCUGAAAGUGAAAGAGAUUCCGGUGACUUUCAUCACACCUCUGAGUGACGUGCAUGUGUAUGAGAAAGAUGAGGCGAGGUUUGAGUUGGAGGUGUCCAGAGAGCCCAAGACUUUCCGCUGGCUCAAAGGAACUCAGGAGCUUGAGAAUGAUGACAAGUUUGAAAUCAUUCAAGAAGGGAAAAGGCACACUUUAGUAGUUAAUGCAGCUGGCUAUAGUGAUGAGGCCAAGUAUGCCUUUGAGGCAGAGGACAAGAGAACGUCAGGCAAACUUAUCAUUGAAGGCAUUCGUCUUGAAUUUGUCAAGCCCAUUAAGGAUGUGACCGUGAAGGAGCGCGAGACUGCAGAGUUCAAAGUUGAACUUUCGCAUGACAAUGUGCAGGUCACAUGGUACAAAAACGACAAGCGACUGCACCCCAGCAAAUUGGUGCACAUGUCAGAUGAUGGCAAGGUCCACACCCUCUCCUUCAAGGAAGUGUCCAUUGAUGACACUGCCUUGAUCAAAGCAGAGGCUCUCGGAAAGACCUCAGAGGCCAUGCUCACUGUUCUGGAGGGAGAUCCUUACUUCACAACUAAGCUUCAUGACUACACAGCUGUUGAGAAGGAUGAGGUUAUCCUGCAUUGUGAAGUGAGCAAGUCCCACGCUGAGGUGAAAUGGUUCCAUGAUGGCAAGGAGCUUACCCCCUCCAAGAAUGUCCAGAUCAAAUCUGAUGGAAAGACGCGCACUCUUACAUUAAAGAUAGCUGAGAAGUCCAACACUGGUGAAUAUACCUGUGACUGUGGUUCUGACAAAACCACCGCUAAUUUGAACAUUGAAGAACGUGACAUCAAGGUUGUACGCCCCCUGUACAGUGUUGAGGUAACAGAGACAGAAACUGCCCGAUUUGAGACUGAGAUCUCUGAGGAAGAUGUUCACGGGAAAUGGAAGCUGUUGGGAGAGACCCUUCACUCAUCUCCUGACGUUGAGAUUAAGGAAGAGGGAACCAAGCACAUACUGAUCCUCUACAACGUGCGCAAGGAUAUGGCUGGAGCAAUCGACUUCCAUGCUGCAAACGCCAAGUCCAAUGCCCAGCUUAGAGUUAAAGCACGGGUGAUAGGCCUCAUGAGGCCUCUGAAGGAUGUUACAGUCACCGCUGGAGAGACUGCCACCUUUGACUGCGAACUCUCCUAUGAGGGCAUAACUGUGGAAUGGCUCCUUGGGGGUACCAAGCUGGAGCCAAGCGACAGGGUUGUCACCAGGGCAGAAGGGAGAGUGCACACGCUGAGUAUUAGGGAUGUUAAGCUGACUGAGGCCGGGGAAGUAAAACUCACUGCUAAGGACUUCGAGACACAAGCCAACCUCAAAGUGAAUGAGGCCCCAGCUGAGUUCACCAAACCUUUGGAGGACCAGACAGUGGAGGAGGAGGCCACUGCCACACUAGAGUGUGAAGUCUCCAGGGAAAACGCGGAGGUAACAUGGUACAGAGAUGGACAGGAGAUCCGCAAGUCCAAGAAAUAUGAAAUGGUUGCCGAAGGCUGUGUAAGAAAACUUAUUAUUCACGAUUGCGCAAUCGACGACUCAAGGACAUAUGCCUGUGAUGCCAAACAUUUCAAGACGUCCGCUUUCCUGAACGUUGAGCCUCCACAUGUUGAGUUCUCUUCACCACUCCAUGAUGUUGAGGUUAAGGAGAAGGAAACAGCACAGUUUGAAUGCGAAGUAUCCAGAGAAAACGCAAAGGUCCGCUGGUUGAGGGAUGGCUGUGAGAUCCGUAAAGGCAAAAAGUAUGAGAUAAUUGCUAAAGGUGUUAAGCGUAUUCUGGUCAUUCACAAGGCCGUAUUUGAUGAUGAAGCAGAAUAUGAAUGUGACGCAAAGACCUCCAAGAGCUCCGGCAUGCUGACUGUUGUCGAGGAGGAAGCUAGGUUCACAAAGCAGCUGGCCAACUUUGAAGGAACUGAAACGGACAGUGUGAAAUUGAUCUGUGAAGUAUCCAAGGCCAGUGCAGAGGUCACUUGGUACAAGGGUGACGAGGAGCUGCCUGAGGGAGCCAAAUAUGAGUUCAUCCAGGAUGGCCGGAAGAGGAUCCUUAUUAUUCAGGAUCUCCGCACGGGCGAUGCUGGAGCGUAUGAAUGCAGACUUCCGACUACAAAAACCACAGGCAACCUGAAGAUCAACGAAAUGGCUGCUGAGUUCAUUGCCAGACCUCAGAACCAGGAAGUUGUUGAAGGAAACAAGGCUGAGUUUGUGUGUUCAGUCUCCAAAGAUACUUUUGAGGUCAAAUGGCAUAAAGGUGACAAGGAGCUUACAUCUGAUGACAAAUACGAAAUUCGCGCUGAUGGCAAAAAACGUGUUCUUAUUGUGAAGAACUGUGAUAGACAUGACGAAGGUGGCUACAUUGCACACAUCGGCAGUGUCAGAGCAACCGCUGAACUGACAGUUAUCGAAAAACUUAAGAUAAUUACGCCACUCAGAGACACUGAAGCAGGAGAGGGACAGGAGACUGUUCUUAACUGUGAGGUGAAUACUGAAGAGGCCAAAGCAAAAUGGCUUAAAGAUGAGGAGACAAUGUUUGAAAGCAGCAAGUUCAUCAUGACCCAGAAAGAUAAUGUGUUCUCAUUGAGAAUCAAAGAGUCCCAGAAGUCAGAUGAUGGCAAUUACACAAUUAUGCUGACAAACAGCCGUGGGGAACAAGUCAAGUGUUCUGCCCAGAUUACAGUGCAAGAGGAGGAACUUAAAAUCAUGGUACCUAUUGAGGACUGUGAAACACAGGAGAAGAGGACGAUCGCCUUCCAGUGCAAGGUGAACAGACCAAACGCGACACUGAAGUGGAUGAAGGGUGGUCAGGAGAUCACAUUCGACAAGCGUAUUGUGUACAGAGUGGACAAAGAUAAACACACAAUGACUAUCAAAGACUGCAAGCUCAAAGACGAGGGAGAGUACACAGUCAUUGCAGGAGCCGACAAGUGCUCUGCUGAGCUGAUCAUCAGUGAAGCACCUACUGACUUUGGCGUGCAGCUCAGAGACCAAACUAUUAUGGAGUUUGAAGACGCUGAGUUUACUUGUGAACUGACCAAGGAAAAGGCUGAGGUGAAAUGGUACAGAAAUGGACGUGAAAUCAGAGAAGGACCUAGAUACCGAAUGGAGAAAGAUGGCAAGAUUUGCAAACUCCACAUCAAAGAAUGCAGACCAGAUGAUGAAUGUGAAUAUGCAUGUGGUGUUGAAGACAGGAAAUCCAGGGCUAGACUCUUUGUUGAGGAGAUCCCUGUUGAGAUUAUUAGACCUCCUCAAGAUGUAUUCGAGCCUCCUGGCUCUGAUGUCCUCUACGAGGUUGAGCUGAACAAAGACAGAGUGGACAUCAAAUGGUUGAGGAACAACAUGACCAUUGUCCAGGGUGACAAGUACCAGAUGGUGAGCGAGGGCAAAAUUCACCGACUCCAAGUCUGUGAAAUCAGACCUCGUGACCAGGGAGAGUACAGAGUCAUCGCAAAGGACAAGGAUGCCAGAGCCAAGCUGGAGCUGGCUGCUGUGCCAAAGAUCAAGACUUUGGAUCAGGACCUUGUGACAGAUGCUGGAAAGCCAUUCGUCAUGGGAAUACCCUUCAGUGCUUAUCCCAAGGCUGAUACAGAAUGGUUCUACGAGAACACCAGUUUGCCUAGAGAUAAUGUUCAUACAUCUGCUGACAAGACAGAGUACAGACUGAAGGAUCCAAAGAAGUCUGAUCAGGGCAGAUACAAGGUGACCAUCAAGAAUAAGCAUGGAGAAGGAGAGGCCUUCAUCAACCUGACAGUUAUCGAUAUCCCUGGACCUAUUAAGAACCUCAAUGUGGCUGAUACUGCUGAUGGAGAAGUCAGCCUUGUGUGGGAGGAGCCAGAGAGUGACGGUGGCAGCAAAAUCAUUGGCUACAUUGUGGAGAGACGCGACGUCAAGCGCAAGACUUGGACUCUGGCAACUGACCGCGCCGAUAGCACAGAGUACACUGUAACAGGCCUGCAGAAGGACUCCAAGUACUUCUUCCGUGUGUGUGCUCGUAACAGGCUGGGAAGUGGACCAACUGUGGAAACUGACAAGGCUGUUCAAGCCAAGAACAAAUUUGAUGUUCCUGAUCCACCACAGAAUGUAGAGGUGGGCAAUGUCACCAAGUUCAGCGCCACCCUUACUUGGGAACCCCCAGUGUCUGACGGAGGCUCUGAAAUCACUGCUUACGUCAUUGAGCUCCGUGAUCGCACCUCUGUGUCAUGGUCUGCUGUCAUGGUGACCAAGCCUCAGGAUCGCACCGCAGUCAUCAACGACGUGAUUGAGAAUAAAGAGUACAUCUUCCGCAUCAGAGCUGAGAACAAAGCUGGAACUGGCAAGCCAAGCGCUGCCACACGCCCAGUCAAGAUCAUGGAUCCUAUUGAGAGGCCAAGCCCACCCCUUAACUUGAACUAUGCUGAUCAGACCAAGCAGACUGUUCAGCUCACAUGGGAGACCCCCUUGCGUAAUGGUGGCAGCAUGAUCACUGGCUACAUCAUUGAGAGAAGCGAGGAUGGCUCAGACAAGUGGCUGAGAUGCAAUGCUAGACUUUGCCCAGACCUUGUCUACAAGAUGUCUGGCCUAAAGCAUAAAAAGCUUUACAACUACAGAGUAUUUGCUGAGAAUGCUGCUGGUGUUUCCGAUCCAUCCAACAUACUUGGACCAGUUCUGGCAGAUGACCCCCACUUUGCUCCAACACUGGACCUGAGUGGCUUCAAGGAUGGCCUGGAGGUCAUUGUUCCCUUCCCUCUUAAAAUCCGUGUGCCCAUCACUGGAUACCCUGUGCCCAAAGCAAAAUGGACUUUCGGCGAAAAGGAGCUCACUCCAGAUGAGCGUGUGUCUAUGGUCACCAAGAGCACCUUUACUGAGCUGUUGGUCAAACCAAGCACUCGUCCAGACAAAGGAACAUAUUCUCUGACUCUGGAAAACGAAGUAUCUUCUGUGUCAGGAGAGAUUGAUGUCAAUGUCAUUGCAUCUCCAAGUGCACCCAAAGACUUCAAGGUGGCAGAAGUCACCAGAAAGCAUGUGCACCUCAUGUGGGAGACCCCAGAACACGAUGGUGGAAGUCCAGUGACUGGCUACCAGGUUGAGAAGCGUGACGCUUCCAGAAAGACCUGGGUUAAGGUCAUAAGUGGUAUCCAGGAUCAAGAAUACACAGUCACUGAUGUUGUUGAGGGAAAAGAGUAUUACUUCAGGGUAAUUGCCUGCAACAAGUGUGGCCCUGGAGAGCCAGCUUACAUUGAGGAUCCAAUCAAUGUCUCUUCACCAGCAACUACUCCCGAUGCUCCUGAGAACCUCAAGUGGAGGGACAAGUCUGCUUCAACCAUCUUCCUGACCUGGGAGCCGCCGAAGUACGAUGGAGGCUCUGCCAUCAAAGGUUACAUGGUUGAUAAAUGCCAGCGUGGCACUGACAAGUGGGAGCCAUGCAGUGACACCAUCCCUGAGAUGAAGUUUAAAGUGACUGGACUAAUUGAGGGCCAGUGGUACGCAUACCGUGUGAGAGCCUUGAACAAAUUGGGUUCUGGCAAACCAUCCAGGCCUACUGAUGAAAUCUUGGCAGUAGAUCCCAAAGAGGCCCCAGAGAUUAUCCUGGAUGCUAAGCUUCUUGCUGGACUGACUGCCAAGGCUGGAACAAAGAUUGACUUGCCCGCUGAUAUUACUGGCAAACCAGAGCCAAAGGUGAAAUGGAGCAAGGCUGACCAGGUCUUGAAGGCUGAUGACAGAGUCAGCAUUGAUACCAAACCAGGCCACUCUGUGGUGUCCAUUGCCAAAACCAAAAGGGAAGACACAGCUACAUACAUUAUUGAAGCUGUCAACAGCAGUGGACGUGCAACUGCAACCGUUGAUGUUAACAUUCUAGACAAACCUGGGCCCCCUGCUGCCUUUGAUAUUUCUGAGAUCACAAACCAUUCUUGCUUCCUGGCCUGGAAUCCACCUCGUGACGAUGGUGGCUCUAAGGUGACCAAUUAUAUUGUGGAGAGACGGACACAAGAAAGUGAGAUCUGGCACAAGCUCUCCUCCACUGUUAAACAGACCACAUACAAGGCAACCGAGCUGAUCGCCUUCAAGAAUUACAUUUUCAGAGUCUUCGCUGAGAAUCAGUUUGGCAUUGGCCCUGCAGCUGAGCACGCUCCAAUUACUGCCAGAUACUCCUUUGAUCCCCCUGGUGCUCCCUACAAGUUGGAGCCUUCCGAUAUUGCAAAGGAUGCUGUGACUCUGACAUGGUAUGAGCCUGAUGAGGAUGGCGGUAGCCCCAUUACUGGAUACUGGGUAGAGAGGUUUGAGCCAGAUGCUGACAAAUGGAUCAGGUGCAACAAACUUCCCAUCAGGGAUACCACAUUCAGAGUGAAGGGCUUGCCUACAAGAAAGAAGUAUAAGUUCCGUGUCUUGGCUGAAAAUCUUGCUGGACCUGGCAAACCAAGCAAAGAGACAGACCAGAUCCUCAUUAAGGAUCCAAUUGAUCCUCCCUGGGCUCCAGGUAAACCCACCGUUAGAGACGUUGCCAAGACAUCUGCUUUCCUUCUGUGGACCAAACCCGAGCACGAUGGCGGUGCCAAAAUUGAGUCCUACAUCAUUGAGCUCCUCAAGAGUGGAACCGAUGAGUGGGUCCGUGUUGCCGAUGGCAUUGUCAUCCUGGAGCAUUUCCUGAAGGGUCUGAUGGAGAAGCAGGAGUACUCCUUCCGUGUCAGAGCUGUGAAUGCUGCAGGAGAAAGUGAUCCCAGUGAACCAAGUGAUCCCGUGCUGUGCAAGGAGAGACUUAAUCCUCCAUCACCUCCAAGAUGGCUUCAGGUGGUGAAUGUGACCAGAAACAGUGCUGAGCUGAAAUGGACACCCCCAGAGAGGGACGGUGGUUCACCCAUCAUCAACUACAUUGUGGAGAAGAGAGAUGUCAGGCGCAAGGGCUGGCAAGCAGUGGACACCACUGUGAAGGACUGCAAGUACACAGUCACUCCUCUGAACGACGGAGCCCUCUACGUGUUCCGCGUCGCUGCUGAGAACUCAGUCGGGCCCAGUGCAUACUGUGAACUUGCAGACUCUGUUCUUGCCAAGGAUACCUUCACUACUCCUGGACCUCCAUAUGCUUUGGCUGUUACUGACAUCUCCAAGCGUUUUGUUGACUUAGUAUGGGAAGCCCCCCAGAAUGAUGGUGGUAGACCAAUAACCAGAUAUCAGAUUGAGAAGAAAGAGAAACUUGGCACUCGCUGGAUGAAGUCUGGAAAGACAUCUGGCCCUGACUGCAAGUACAGAGUUACUGAUGUAAUUGAGGGAACUGAGGUUCAAUUCCAAGUGUGUGCUGAGAACGAGGCUGGUGUUGGCCACCCAAGCGAACCCACUGAGAUCCUGACCAUUGAGGACCCAACAGGCGCACCAUCUCCUCCUCAGGAACUGCAAAUCACUGAAGCCACAAGAGACCACAUCUCUUUCGCCUGGAAACCUCCAGAGAGGAGUGGAGGAUGCCCCGUCUCUGGCUAUCACAUUGAACUCUGUGAGGCCGGAACUGAGAAAUGGAUGAGAGUGAACUCUCGUCAGGUCAAGGAGCUGAAGUUCACCGCAGGACCAGAGGAGGGCAUUGUUCCCGAUAAGGCAUACAUCAUGAGAGUGCGUGCUGUGAACUCCGUCGGUGUCAGCGAGCCCUCUGACAUUUCUGAUAAAGUCUACGCCAAGGACGCUGACUGCAACCCAACAAUGGAGGUGGCAAGUCAGGACAUGGUUGUUGUGGAGGGCGAGAAGAUGCAUAUUCCAAUUAAAUUCAGAGCUGUGCCAUCGCCUAAAGUGAUCUGGCACAAAGACGGCAGUGAAAUGAAGGCUGAUGAGAGGAUCAAUUUCAGAGCUGAAUACACAGUCUGUCACCUGGAGAUUCCCAGCUGUCUUCAUGCAGAUGCUGGGCAGUACAAGGUCACCCUGGAGAAUAGCCUUGGCACCGCAAGUGGAACAAUCAAUGUUAAAGUCAUUGGUCUUCCUGGACCAUGCAAGGAGAUUGUGGCCAGUGAGAUCACUAAGAACACAUGCAAGAUAUCCUGGGAUCCUCCAAACUAUGAUGGAGGAAGCCCCGUUCUUCACUACGUCCUUCAGCGCAGAGAGGCAGGCAGGAGAACCUAUACAAAUGUCAUGUCAGGCGAAAACAAAGUCAGCUGGCCUGUUAAGGAUCUGAUCCCCCAUGGAGAGUACUAUUUCCGUGUCAAGGCAGUCAACAAGAUUGGUGGAGGAGAGUUCAUUGAGCUCAAAAACCCUGUGAUUGCUGAGGAUCAAAAGCAGCGUCCAGAUCCACCCGUUGAUGUUGAGACCCACAAUCCAACUGCUCACACUGUUACCCUGACCUGGAAGCCACCCAUGUAUGAUGGUGGCUGCAAGAUCAUGGGUUACAUUCUGGAGAAGAUGAUGAAGGGUGAAGAGAAGUUUGAGAGAUGCAAUGACUUCCUGGUGCCAGUGCUGUCCUACACAGUGAAGGGUCUGAAGGAAGGAAAGCAAUACCAGUUCCGUGUUUCCGCUGAGAAUGCUGCUGGUAUCAGCGACCCAUCACGCAGCACUCCAAUGGUGAAAGCAUCUGAUUCUGUUGAAUCACCAAAGGUCUUCCUCAGUGGAAGUCUCCAGUCUGGCCUGCAGGUCAAGAGAGGCUAUGAGAUCAGACUGGAUGCCUGCAUCUCUGGCGCACCCUACCCAACAAUCACCUGGAUGAGGAAUGAUCUGGUCAUUAGGCCUGAGGCACCACAGGUGCGCCCAGAGAAGCCAGUUGUCAAGAAGAAGAAGGAAAAGGAGGAAGCCAAGGAGGCUAAAGAAGCUAAGGAAGAUGCCCCUGAAGCCAAGGAGGGUGAAAAGAAGAAAGAGCCAGAGGCCAAGGAGAAGAAAGAAGAAGAGGCUAAAGACAAACCAGCUGCCGAGGCCAAAGAGAAGGAAGCCGGCGAGGCGAAGGAAAAAGAGGCCAAGAAGGAAGAGAAGGCCCCGGAGGAGGAAAUUGUUGAGGAGCCUGAGGAACCAGACUACCUACCCCUCCAGCAGCGUCUCACGAUCAACAGCUCCAGGAGGGGUGAAUCUUUCAUCAUCAUCAAAGACUCCGUCAGAUCAGAUUAUGGAGUAUUCUCCAUCAGAGUGGAGAAUGAUCAUGGUGUUUGCACUGCAACUUGCGAGGUCAAUGUACUUGACACACCUGGGCCUCCUGUUAACGUGAGAUAUGAGGAGGUCAGAAAGAACUCUGUCAUCUGCAGGUGGGAUCCACCUCUUGAUGACGGUGGCAGUGAAAUUCUGAACUACACGCUGGAGAAGAAAGACAACUCCAAGGUUGAAAUUGGAUUUACAACCGUCACAUCAACCUUGAGAGGAUGCAGAUACCCAGUGCCAAAACUGCUUGAAGGCAAAGAGUACAUCUUCCGUGUCAUUGCUGAAAACAAGUUUGGACCUGGAAUCCCAGCGAUCUCCAAACCUAUGAUCGCAAAGAAUCCUUUCGAUCCACCGGAGGUUCCUGAGAAGCCAGAAAUUGAUGAUGUCACAGCUCACAGUAUGCUUGUCUCUUGGGAACCACCCAAUGAUAAUGGCAGCCCCAUCCAAGGAUACUGGUUGGAGAAGAGAGAGAUCAACAGCACUCACUGGACACGUGUCAAUCGCGACAUGAUUCCUGAGCCUGAGUUGAAUGUUGAAGGCCUUUUAGAGGGUCUGACAUACAUUUUCAGAGUUGCUGCUGAGAAUCAGGCUGGACCCGGAAAGUUCAGUCCCCCAUCAGAGCCAAGAACAGCACAAGCUCCAAUAUUGCCACCUGGUCCACCAAUUCCAAGAGUCGUGGAUACAACUGACCACUCCAUUGACGUGGAGUGGGAUCCACCUCUGGAUAACGGAGGAGGAGAAAUCCAAGGCUACCAUGUUGACAAAUUGAUAGCUGGUACAAAGGACUGGUCACGUAACACAGAGAGGCCAUGGAAACAGCGUAACUUCACUGUGUUUGGUGUCAGAGAGGGUGCUAAAUACAUUAUCCGCGUGAUUGCAAUAAAUUCAGCCGGAGAGGGCACACCUGGUAUGACAGCGGGUGUCAUUGUGAGGAAUCCUGCAGAGGUUCCAGUUUGUGAGCUGGACCUCUCUAUUAAGAAUGGCGUCAUCAUUAGAGCUGGUGAGACACUAAGGCUGCCUUGCCAUGUUCUGGGAAGACCACAACCAAGCAUUAAAUGGUUAAAAGAAGACAAGGACCCUGACAAGGAACGGGUGGAAAUUGAAAAUGUUGGUCGGGAUAGCACUCUUAUCAUUAAGAAUGUACAGAGAAGUGACCAUGGCAAAUACCAGAUCACUGCUGCCAAUCCUAGUGGAAUAAAGUCAGCAUCGACCAGAGUUGAGGUUAUGGAUGUUCCUGGGCCUGUAACUGAUCUGAAGCCUGUUGUUGUGACGAGGAAGUUGAUGAUGUUGAACUGGGGUGAUCCUGAUGAUGACGGUGGUAGUGAUGUCAUUGCCUUCAUUAUUGAAAGAAAGGAACCUAAGGCACGUACUUGGAAACAGCCUAUGGAGACGCCUUCAUCCAAAUGUGAAAUUGUGGGCAUUGUGGAAGGAGCGGAAUACAUAUUCCGCGUCGUUGCAAAGAAUAAAUAUGGUUGUGGUCCUCCAGUUGACCUUGGUCCUAUUCGUGCAGUGGAUCCUCUGUCACCACCAUCGGCUCCUGAGAAGUUCCACUAUUCUGAAAGGACAAAGUCGUCCCUUAGCCUUACUUGGAGGCCACCUCGUAAUGAUGGUGGCAGCCCAAUUUCUGGCUACAUCAUUGAGAAGAAGAGACAAGAUGAACAGAACUUUGUGCCUGUCAAUAAGGAGCUCUGCACAAAUCUUUUCAUGACUGUGGAAGAUCUUACAGAGAUGUUCAUGUAUGAGUUCCGCGCCAAAGCAGUCAAUGCUUUGGGAACUAGCGAUCCAUCUAUCACAAUGACAGUUGUCAUUCAAGAUGAUGAAGUCGCCCCAAGCUUGACCAUGUUGAAACACUUCAAGGCUGACACAAUCACUAUCAGGAAGGGACAACCAGUUGAGAUUCCAGCUGAAGUGACAGGCCUUCCACUACCAAAGAUUGAAUGGUUUAAGGAUGACGUCCUGAUUCCUGAACCAACUCCCGAUGAGACUCUUGUGAUUGAAACAAAGGAAGUGAACAGACAGACAGAAAUUACAAAGCUGAAAAUUCCUGCUAUUGCCAGGAAAGAUAAGGGCUUUUAUACAGUCUCUGCAAAUAAUCGCCUUGGAACUGUCAGUCAUAAUGUCCUGAUCCAAGUUCUUGAUCGUCCUACACCACCAAGAAAUCUCACCAUUUCAAACAUCAAGGCAGAGUCCUGCCACCUCACUUGGGAGCCUCCAUUGGAUAAUGGAGGAAGUGAGCUUACAAAUUACAUUGUUGAGAAGAAGAAGAUAGUUGAAAUUGUGGAGGAAGAAACUGAAACUGAAUCUGGAGAGCCUGUUGCUGAGCCUGUUCCUAAGCCUGACUGGGUGAAGGUCACAAACACCAUUGUUGAGAAGAAAUAUGGGGUGUGGGAUUUGGAAACAGAUGGUACUUACCAGUUCAGAGUCAGGGCUGAGAACAAGUAUGGAAUCAGCGAGGCAUGUGAGUCACAGGAGGUGGUGAUCAAGGAUCCUUUUGGCCUUCCCGGUCCACCACAGAACGUCAAGAUUGCAGAACAUUCCAAGACCCACAUGCUGGUGACAUGGGAACCACCCAGAGAAAGUGGUGGCUCACUCAUCACUGGUUACUGGCUUGAGAAGAGAGAGAAGGGAUCAUCUUACUGGUCCCGUGUGAACAAAAUCCCCAUCUCAAAGAGGGGUACCAAGGGCUGGGAGUCCCAUGUAACCCGUCUCAUUGAGGGCAAUGAGUAUGAAUUCCGCUGCAUGGCCUGCAAUGUUGCUGGAAUUGGACCACCCAGUGCAAUUUCUGAAUCUGCUUGUGCUGAUGAGCCAAUCACUGCUCCUGGCAUGCCCGCUGCACCAGAAGUUGCCGACAAAACUAAGCGCAGUGUCACCCUUUCGUGGGUUCCACCAGCUAAAGAUGGCGGAAGCCCCAUUAAAGGUUACAUCAUUGAAAUUCAGGAUGAGGGCACCUCCAACUGGCUCCGUAUCAAUGAUGAAGAGAAUCUCCAUCCAACAACGGAAUUCACUGUACCAAAUCUCAGGGAGUUGAAGAGGUACAAGUUCAGAAUUGUUGCCGUGAAUGACAUUGGAGAAUCGUUGCCAAGUCCCCAAACUGCUGAUAUUCUUCUUGAGGAUGUUCAAGUGGGACCAAAGAUCUGGGUGGAUGUUAAUGCACAUGACAUGUUGUCCAUUCGUGCUGGUUCUGCGAUCAAAAUCCCUGCAAGAAUCACAGGCCGCCCAGUACCCAAGGUUACAUGGGAGUUUAUUGGACCUGCUAAGACUGUAAAGAAGGAUCGCCUCCAUACAGUGCCUGUUGAAGCCCUGGUUGAAUCCACUGACACUACUUCUGUCGUCACAAUUCCUGUGAGUUUGAGGAGCCACUCUGGCAGAUACACAAUCAGAGCUAAGAACAAGUCUGGUCAGAAGCACAUCAAUGUUAUGGUGAAUGUGCUAGAUGUGCCUGGGCCUCCCAAGGAGCUGAGAGUGACAGACAUCACUAAAUCCACAAUGAGACUCAUCUGGAAGCUGCCUGACAAUGAUGGUGGCGAGAGAAUCAAGAGCUACUUCAUUGAGAAGAAGGCCAUCAGUGGAAAGGCUUGGACUGUAGUCAAUCAGGCCUGUGCCAGCCAGGCCUUUGUUGUGGCUAACCUUGUUGAAGGAAACGACUACCUCUUCCGGUGCCGCGCUGAAAAUCGUCUCGGCAUGGGACCAUAUAUAGAGACCACUGAGCCCGCCAAGGCCAGAGAUCCUAUUUAUCCUCCCGAUCCUCCAACAAAGGUGAAGAUCAAUCUUGUCACCAAGGACACUGCGACCUUAACCUGGAUGCCCCCCAAGAACAACGGAGGUUCUCCAGUGAAGCACUACAUCAUUGAGCGCCUGAGCUGGGACACCACCGGCCCACAGAAAGAGACCUGGAAACAGUGCAACAAGCGUGAGGUUGGGGAGACCAUGUUCGUUGUUGAGGAGCUCAAAGAGGGUGGAGAGUAUGAAUUCCGUGUCAAGGCUGUGAACGACGCUGGUCCUAGCAGACCAUCUGGCACAGCAGGACCAAUUGUGAUCAAAGACCAAACAUGUGCUCCAACUAUUGAACUCAAGGAGGCCAUGGAAGGUGCUGAGGGUUAUGAUGUCAACAUCGUAGCCAGAAUUCAGGGCUGUCCAUUCCCCUCUCUUGUGUGGCAGAAGGCUGCUGUGGAUAAGCCAGAGGAAAAGGCAGUUGUGCAGUACGGUCAGCACGUCAACAAAAUUGUCACUCAAGAUAAAUGCACCCUACUGAUUCAGCAGACCAAGAGAGAUGACAGUGCUCUUUACACACUCACUGCCAGCAACAGCCUUGGCAAGGCAUCCAAGGACAUCAAACUCACUAUCCUGGGCCGACCUGGACCACCUGUUGGACCAAUCAAGUUUGGAGAAAUCUUCGCUGAGAGGAUUUCAAUGACCUGGCAGGCACCCACAGAUGAUGGUGGCUCAAAGAUCACAAACUAUGUUGUUGAGAAGCGUGAGGACAACAGGAAGACAUACGUGCACGUCUCCAGUGAUCCCAAAGAAUGCACUUACACAGUGCAGAGACUCACAGAGGGUCAUGAAUACGAGUUCCGUGUUAUGGCUCAGAACAAAUAUGGAGUUGGACCACCACUCUACAGUGAACCUGAGAAAGCAAGAAAUCUUUUCACUGUUCCUGGCCAAUGUGAGAAGCCUACUGUCUUAGAUGUAACCCUUGAGUCAAUGACGGUCGAGUGGGACGAGCCAGAAUACGAUGGCGGCUCCCCAAUCACAGGCUACUGGCUGGAACGUAAGGAGACAACAGGCAAGCGCUGGACCAAAGUCAAUCGUGACCCUCUUAGGGUUAUGCCUCUUGGAAUGGAACACAUUGUCACUGGACUCUUGGAGGGGGCUAUUUACCAGUUCCGUGUCACUGCCAUCAAUGCUGCUGGGCCUGGACUUCCAAGUGUUCCAUCAGAUCCAGUUAUGUCAAGAGACCCCAUUGCUCCCCCUGGACCACCAACACCCAAGGUUACAGACUGCACAAAGUCAACGGUUGAUCUUGAAUGGAUUCCACCACUUAUAGAUGGUGGUUCCAAAAUCACAGGAUACUUUGUUGAGUACAAAGAAGAAGGGCAAGAAAAAGAAGAAGGGCAAGAGGAAUGGGAGAAGGCUAAAGACAAGGAGAUCAGGGGUACCAAGUUUGUUGUUCCUGGACUGAAGGAACUCGGACUCUACAGAUUCAGGGUCAGAGCAGUGAAUGCUGCUGGUGUUGGUGAACCUGGUGAUGUCGCUGAAGUAAUUGAAGUCAAGGACAGAACAGUUGCCCCUGAGGUUGAUCUGGAUGCAACUGUGAAGGAGAAGAUUGUUGUCCAUGCUGGGGGAGUUAUUCGUAUCAUAGCCUACGUAUCAGGCAAACCCGCCCCAGAGAUCACCUGGAGCAGGGAUGAUGCACCUGUGCCCAAAGAGGCUGUUGUAGAGACCACUGGCAUCAGCUCAGCUUUGGUGAUCAAGGGAUGCAGGAGGCACCAUCAAGGCAUUUAUACUCUAACUGCCAAGAAUGAGGGAGGAGAGAGAAAGAAGGCUGUCAUUGUUGAAGUCUUGGAUGUCCCUGGCCCUGUGGGUGAGCCCUUCUCUGGUGAGAAUCUCACAACUGACUCCUGUAAGUUGACCUGGUACACACCUGAAGAUGAUGGUGGCUCAGCAAUCACCAACUACAUCAUUGAGAAGAGAGAGUCUGACCGCAGAGGCUGGACCUCAGUUUCAUACACUGUCACCAGAAACAAUGCUGUGGUACAGGGUCUGAUCGAUGGAAAGGGAUACUUCUUCAGAAUUGCAGCUGAAAAUAUCAUUGGCCGAGGUCCCUUCAUUGACACACCAAAACAAGUUAUGAUCAAGGAUCCAAUUUCUGUCCCAGAACGUCCAGAGGAUCUGCACAUUACAGCUGUCAAGAAAGACCGCAUCAGCGUGGCUUGGAGACCACCCAAGUAUGAUGGUGGCUCAGAAAUCACAGGUUACGUGCUUGAGGCUCGUCUGAUCGGAAAGGACCACUUCACCCGCAUCACAGAGGAUAAGCUUUUGGAUAAGAUAUUCACAUAUGAGGGUCUUAAAGAUGGCUCCUCGUAUGAAUUCCGUGUCAGUGCUAUCAAUGCUGUUGGCCAAGGCAAGCCCUCUUUCAGCACAAAACCAGUAACUUGCAAAGAUGAGCUGGAACCACCAUCACUUGACUUUGAUUUCCGUGAGAAAAUAACCGUGCGUGUUGGAGAGCCCUGCCUCAUCCAAAGCCGCUACAAAGGAAAGCCAGCACCUACAAUUAAAUGGAUGAAGGAAGAAGAGGAGCUUAAGGCAGAUGAGGACCUCGCAAUCUCACAUACCAGCAAAUCCCUAUGCAUCAACAUUGCCAAGGCCAAGCGUGAGCACAGUGGAAAAUACACAGUCAUUCUGGAGAACAGCAUUGGAACAUGCAAGGGAAUCUGUACUCUGGUUGUUGUUGAUCGCCCACAACCACCACAGGGUCCUGUCAUCUUUGACGAAAUCUGCAGGAAUCACAUGGUGAUUUCUUGGAGUCCCCCACUGGAUGAUGGCGGAUGUGCAAUCUCCAACUACAUUGUAGAAAAGAGAGACUCCAACAGAGACCUCUGGAUGCCUGUCUCAGAGUCCUGCACCAGAACACAAUGCAGAGUUCCUAAACUGAUUGAAGGACGUGACUACAUUAUCAGAAUCUGUGCUCAGAACAUUCAUGGCAUUAGUGACCCAUUGCUGACCGCUGAGACAAAAGCAACGGACGUGUUCAAGGUGCCUGACCCACCCUCACAGCCAGUGAUGAAGGAGGUUUAUAAGGACACUGCUCUCAUUGCCUGGGAACCACCAGCUGUUGAUGGAGGCAAGCCUGUCACCAACUACAUUGUGGAGAGGAAAGAGACAAUGGGCAAAAGAUGGGCACAGUGUGGAAAGGAACGGAUCUUCCCCAAAACUGAGUUCUGGGUUCGAGAGCUCCUGCCAGGCUGUGAAUAUGAGUUCCGUGUCAUGGCUGAGAAUGUUGUUGGUGUGGGUGACCCAAGUAUUCCAUCAAAGCCCAUCUUUGCCAAGGAUCCAAUUGUUAUUCCAAGCCCACCUGUUAAUUUGGAGUCUAUUGAUAAUACCAAGGACUCAGUCACUCUUGCCUGGAAGCCACCACUUGACUGUGGAAGAGGCAAGAUCUUUGGAUAUCUUCUUGAGUAUCAGAAAGCUGGAGAUGAAGAGUGGCUUCAGGUCAAUCAAACUCCUGAUUCCUGCCAGGAGACAAAUUUCAAAAUCAUCAAUCUCGAGGAUGGCUCGCUGUACAGGUUCAGAGUGAAAGCUGUAAAUGCUGCUGGUGAAUCUGAUCCUGCCACUCUCAGGGAGCCUGUGAGAGCAUUGGACAGACUUGAGGCACCAGAGCUCAUCCUAGAUGCUAAUAUGACAAGAGAGAUAAAAGCCAUGGCAGGAACUCACAUUGUACUAAAAGCUACAAUCAAGGGAAUACCCUUCCCCACAGUCACAUGGAAGAAGAAUGAGAAAGAAGUGCCCCCAAGAGCUGAAAUUACCACUGCUGGAUCACAAACCAAGUUGCAGAUGCGUUUCUGUAAUCGUGGUGACUGUGGCGAUUACACACUGACUGUGGAGAAUGCUGCUGGAUCCAAGACAGCCACAUGCACAGUGCUUGUCCUUGACAAACCUGGUCCCAUUCAGCACUUGAGGGUAUCUGAUGUCAGGUGUGACUCAGCUCAACUCUCUUGGAGAGACCCAGAAGAUAAUGGUGGAGCACGUAUUACUAAUUUUGUGGUGGAGAAAAAGGAUGCAGCAUCAGCACAGUGGGUGCCAGUGUGCUCAACCUCAAAGAAGCGCAGUAUGAUGUUAAAGCACCUCAUGGAAGGCACUUCCUACCUGUUCCGUGUUGCUGCUGAGAAUCAGUUUGGCAGAAGUGAAUAUAUUGAGACAACCAAAGCUGCCAAAGCCAUGAAUCCUCUAUUCCCACCUGGACCACCAAAAGACUUGCAUCAUGUUGAUGUAGACAAAACAGAGGUCUGGCUUAAAUGGAACUGGCCAGAUCGCACAGGAGGAAGUGAUAUCACUGGAUUCUUGGUUGAGUAUCAAGAGGAGGGAGAGAGAGACUGGAUUGUCUUCAAAACAGUCAGUAUUCCUGAGUGCCAUGUGACAGGGCUAGAGGAAGGCAAGACCUACAGGUUCCGUGUGAAGACUGAGAAUGCUAUUGGUCUUAGCCGGCCAGAUACCACAUUGCCUGUCCUGUGCCAGGAAAAACUUGUGCCUCCUAUUGUUGAGGUUGAUGUGAAACUGAUUGAAGGAAUAAUUGUCAAAGCUGGAAGCACAAUUAGGAUGCCUGCCAUUAUGAGAGGCAUACCUAUUCCCACUGCAAAAUGGGUCAUUGAUGACACAGAAAUUGUGAGCGAAGGAAAUGUCAAAGUUGACACAGACAACUUCUCCACUAAUCUCACCAUAUCAGAGUGUACAAGAAAACACACUGGAAUUUAUCUCCUCACAGUCUCAAAUGCUGCUGGAAGUAAGACUGUUGCUUUGAACAUUACUGUUCUUGAUGUCCCAGACGCACCAGUUGGCCCUGUCAAUCUCCUGGAGGUCACUCCUGAGUACAUGCUUAUUGACUGGCGUCCUCCUAAGGAUGAUGGUGGAAGCCCUGUCACGAACUACAUUGUUGAGAAGAGAGAAUCCAAGAAAGAAACUUGGGGUGGAGUUAGCUCUGGCAGCACCAGCACCAAGUUGAAGAUUAGCCGUCUCCAGAAGGGGGUUGAGUAUAUUGUGCGUAUUCGUGCAGAAAACAAGAUUGGCAUAGGUCAUGCACUUGAAAGUGCACCUACUGUUGCUCAGCACUCGUUUGAAACACCUGGUCGUCCUGGUAAACCAACUGUGUCUGACCUCUCUGAAGACUCUUUGACUGUUGGUUGGACCAUGCCCUUGUAUGAUGGUGGUAGUCCAAUCACUGGGUAUCUUAUUGAGCGUCGACAUGUUGGAGGCAAAUGGAUCAGGGUGAAUAAGAAACCCUGCAAGGAUCUUAGGUACAAGGUACUUGGACUUUAUGAGGGAACUAGCUAUGAGUUCAGAGUCUUUGCAGAAAAUAUUACUGGCUACAGUGGACCUUCUCCAACCUCAGAUCCUGCUACACCCUGCCGACCAAUCACUGUGCCUGGACCUCCAAUCAAUCCCAAAGUGAAAGACUACAGUAAGACACAUGCUGACCUGGUCUGGAUAAAACCCUCCAAGGAUGGAGGCAGCCCUAUCUUGGGAUACGCUCUGGAGAUGCAGAAGGCCGGUGGUGAAUGGGAGGGAUGCAAAAAAGAUGACCUGAUUAAACUAUGUGCCUUCCAGGUCACAGGCCUUGAGGAGGGUGUUGAGUACAGGUUCCGUGUGAGAGCCGUCAACAUGAUUGGAGAUGGUGAAACAAGAGAAGUUCCAGAAUCUAUCAUUGCUCAGGAUAUCUUGAUCCCUCCAGAGAUUGAGAUGGAUGCAACAUGCCGCACACGUUUAACUGUAAGGGUUGGACAUAACAUUAACAUCCAAGGCUAUAUUAGGGCAAGACCUGACCCAGAGAUUACAUGGUCCAAGGGAGAGAAGAUUCUGGAAAAAGACAAGCGCACCACAAUCACAACUAACCUCCCAGUUGUUCACUUCCACAUCAAAGAGGCCCAAAGAGCAGAUCAUGGUCAAUAUGUUCUCAAAGCUGUCAAUGACAGUGGUGAGGCAUCAGCAACCGUUACUGUAAAUGUCUUAGACAGACCUGGACACUGUAAAAAUCUGAUGAUAACAUAUGUGUGCAGGCAUUCUUGCAUGGUAUCCUGGGAAAAUCCUGAGGACAAUGGUGGUACCGAAAUCACUCAUUACAUUGUUGAGUUGCGUGAACCCAGUGUGAGAGCAUGGUCUGUGAUUUCAUCUGAGUGCACAAACUGUAUGAUCAAGGCUAAACUAUUGGAAGGCCAUGAAUACUUCUUCCGUGUCUCUGCAGCAAACAAAUGUGGCCCUGGGCCAACAACAGAGACAAAGGUAGCAACCCUUGCUAUUGACCGCAUUGAAAAGCCUGGCGAGCCAGAGAAAUUCCAGGUCACUGACAUUACUAAGAGUUCAGUCUCUCUUAGAUGGCGAAGACCAGACUAUGAUGGAGGAUGUCAGCAAUUAUUCUACAAUUUGGAGAGGAAAGCCAAAGAUGCUGAAGAAUGGGAGGAGCUGAACCCCGAACUGCUCAAAGACACAUUCUUCACUGAUGAGACAUGUGUUGAGAACCAAAUCUACGUUUACAGAGUUCAAACUGUAAAUGAUGGCGGAGAAAGUAACUGGGUAAAGACUGGUGAGGUUAUUGUCAAAGAUGACAUCCAGAAACCAGUCAUUGACCUGAAGUUUACUGGUACCACAGUGGUAAAGGCUGGUGAUUCUGUCAGACUGGAAGCUAGUAUCAGAGGCAAACCAAUCCCAGAGGUUAAAUGGGUCAAAGAUAAAGCCACCACUGACAAUCCCAGGAUUUCUAUUGAAAAUGGCACUGAUUACUCUAAAUUCGUCAUGACCAAAUCUAAGCGUGGGGAUACUGGUAAAUAUACAAUCACAGCCACAAAUCCUGCUGGAAGCUUCACAGCUUAUGCUAACAUUACCGUUUUGGACAUACCAGGCCCUGUAAGGGACUUGAAGAUUACUGGUCUUGCAUCUGACAAGUGUAGAGUUGUUUGGGAUCCACCAGCAGAUGAUGGUGGUUGUGAGGUUGACACCUACAUCCUGGAGAAAUGUGAGACUAGACGAAUGGUUUGGUCCACUUAUUCAGCCUCUGUGGUCACCAGCUACUGCAAUGUCACUCGUCUUGUGGAAGGAAAUGAGUACAUUUUCAGGGUCAGGGCUGAAAACAAAAUGGGGACAGGUCCUCCCAUUGAAAGCAAGGCCAUCACUGUCAAAACUCAGUUUAACAAGCCUGGACCACCUGAAAUUCCAGAGAUCACUAAGAUUGGCAAAGAGGAAAUGACUGUCGUAUGGGCUCCUCCAGAGAAUGAUGGAGGAAAGUCUAUAACUGGAUACAUCCUGGAAAGGAAAGAGAAACGUGCUGUCCGAUGGGUGCCAGUUACAAAGAGUGCAAUUUCAGAAAGACGCAUGAAGGUCACGAACUUGAUCCCCAACCAUGAAUAUCAAUUCCGUGUGAAGGCUGAAAAUGAGGUCGGUUUGGGAGAGCCCAGCAAGCCCACAAGACCUGUUGCUGCCAAAGAUCCAAUUGAACCUCCUGGUCCCCCAAGCAGCUUGAAGGUGGCUGACAGCACAAAGACAUGCAUUACUCUUGGCUGGGCCAAACCUGUAUAUGAUGGUGGUGCUCCAAUCCUGGGAUAUCUUGUGGAAAUGAAAGAAAAGCUUGAAGGCGAACCUGAAGAACCAGCGUCAGAAGAAGAAGAAGAAGAAAUUGAACCUGAAAAGCCUGCAGCUGAACCUGAAAUAGUAGAAGGGGAAAAGGCAGAGGGUGAACUGGUAGAAGGUGAAAUCCCUGAAGAAGUUGUUCCAGUUAAAAAGCCAAAGGCUCCAGAAUCUCCCUGGAAGAAGUGUAGCACUGGCGGAGCUCUGGUUCUUACAGAAUUUACCAUUCUCAAUCUGGAUGAGAGAAAGAAAUAUCAGUUCCGUGUCUCAGCUCAAAACCAGGUGGGCUGGGGUCGCCCCGCAAGACUGAAAGAGUCAGUGUCACCAAAGGAAGUUCUUGAGGCCCCAGAGAUUGAUUUGGAUGCAAGUCUCAGGAAGGGACUUUCUGUCAGAGCUGGCUGCCCUAUUAGGCUGUUUGCAACAAUCAGAGGAAGACCAGCUCCUAAAGUAACAUGGAAACGCAUUGGUGAAGAUAAUGUUAUUCGCAAGGGACAUGUGGAUCAAGUUGAUACAAUGUCCUUCCUUGUCAUCCCUGAAAGUACCCGUGAGGAUUCAGGAAAAUACUCCCUGACUCUGUCAAACUCCUGUGGGGAGAAGGCGAUAUUUGUGCGUGUGAAAGUGUUAGACACCCCUGGACCAGUUGGUGGACUGGAAGUAAAUGAUGUCACAAAGACAUCAUGCCAGCUUGCUUGGCUACCUCCUGAAAAUGAUGGUGGCAGUCCUAUAUUGAAUUACAUGGUAGAGAAGCGUGAGGUUGAUAGGAAGACUUGGACAAACUGCACCAAUGAAAUAAAGAAGACAAGCUUCAAGAUCACAAAUCUUACCCCAGGACUUGACUACUACUUCCGAGUUAUGGCAGUCAAUAAGUAUGGCAUUGGUGUAGCUAAAGAUUCUCCCAAGGCAUACCUGGCAACUGAUCCUAUGAGUGAACCUGAUCCUCCUAAGAAGAUGGAUGUUCUGGAUAUUUCAAAGAACAGUGCAACCCUGGGAUGGUUGAGACCACUGAGAGAUGGUGGAGCCAAGAUCAACGGCUACAUUGUUGAUUACCAAGAGGAUGGUGCGCCUGAGGAUAAAUGGACACCAUAUUCAGUUGUCAAAGAUUUAACCAUUGUUGUUGUUGGACUGAAAGAAAAUACAAAGUACAAAUUUAGAGUGGCUGCAAGGAAUGCAGUUGGAUGCAGUCUUGCCAGAGAGGCCGAGGGAAUCUUUGAGGUCAAGGAACAGCUAAUGGCACCAAGGCUUAUAGUGCCAGAUGUAGUCACUGUGAAGGCUGGAACCAAGCUCAAAAUUGAGGCACUUGUGGCCGGUAAACCUCCACCAUCCACUAAAUGGAAAAUUGGCAAUGAAGACGUGGUAACCUCAGAUCGUCUGUCAGUGCAAAGAACUCCAAAUUCCACCACCCUCAUCACCAAAGACGUUAGCAGGAGGGACAGUGGUUACUAUAGUCUUGCUGUUUCAAACAGUGUCUCAAAGAUCAACCAGAUCAUAAAAGUCAUUGUUAUGGACAUUCCUGGUCCACCUGAAGGUCCUCUUGAAAUCGUUGAAGUGGAUACUGACGCUUGCACUUUGGCAUGGAAUCAACCACAAGAGGAUGGUGGAAGCAGUAUCACCAAUUAUAUUGUGGAAAAAUGUGAUGUAAGCAGAGGUGACUGGGUCAUAGCUGCUUCCUCUUGCACCCAGACCGGCUACAAAGUUGGAAAGCUCACACAAGGACAAGAAUAUGGUUUCCGUGUGCGUGCAGAGAACCGCUUUGGCAUUUCAGAGCCUAUUUAUUCUCAGAAGAUGAUUGCAAGACAUCCUUUCGAUACUCCUAGUGAGCCAAGAGAUCUCACUAUCAAGAAGAUUAACAAAGACUUUGUGAUUCUCACCUGGGAAGUACCAACAUCUGAUGGUGGCAACCCAAUAACUGGAUACUGUGUUGAACGUAAAGAGAGAAACAGCAUACUCUGGACUAAGGCUAAUGAGACCUUAGUUCGUUCAACAGAAUACACUUGCUUUGGCCUAAUUGAAGGUCUUGAGUAUACCUUCAGGGUGUCUGCCCUGAACAAGGCAGGUCAGGGUAAACUUAGCAAGCAGACCGAUUUCAUCACAGCAAGGACUGCAAUUGAUCCACCUGGCAAACCAGAGGCCAUUGAUGUGACCAAGAGUUCAGUGUCUCUUGUUUGGAGCCGUCCAGAAAAUGAUGGAGGCAGUAAGCUCAUUGGAUAUUAUGUUGAAUCGCAGAAGGUACCUGAGGAGAAGUGGGUACGGCACAAUGCCAACUGUCAGAAUGUGCCAAAUGAGAAAUUCAAUGUAACUGGACUUGAGGAAGGUGCUCAAUACAAAUUCAGAAUAAUUGCAAGGUCAGCAAUAAAUCAGAGUUUGCCCUCAGAGGAAACGGACGCCAUUCCUGUUAUAGCAGAACAAGUUCCGCCAAGAGUUGAGAUUGGCCUUGAGAUGAAGAACCUGAUCAUAGUGAAGGCUGGAGCAAAUGUGUCACUUGAAGCUGAGGUCUAUGGAAAACCAUUCCCGAAGGUUUCAUGGAAGCAUAAUGGUGUACCCCUGAAGCUGACUGAAGGAAUGAAAGUGAAACAGGACAGACACCUGUUUAGUCUGGAACUUUUCGCCGUAGCCAGAAAGGAAACCGGAGAGUAUACCAUUGUUGCUGAAAAUACAAGUGGAUCCAAAUCUGGCAACAUUAGGCUGAAGGUUCUUGACAAACCUGGACCUCCAGCAUCAGUCAAGGUCAGCCACAUCUUUGCAGACCGUGUCAAAAUUAGAUGGGAACCACCUGCAGCUGAUGGUGGCUCUGAAAUAACCAACUACAUUGUAGACAAACGUGAGACAAGCAGAGCCAACUGGGCUCAGGUCACAUCCAAUAUCAAUGGGCAGAUUACAACCUGUUCAGUGGAGAAACUGAUUGAGGGUCAUGAGUAUGAGUUCCGUAUCAGUGCUGAAAACAAGUAUGGUGUUGGGGAUCCCAUUGUCACUGACAGUGUAAUUGCAAAGAAUCCAUUUGGUGUGCCUGGACCUUCUGAACCACCAAUCAUCACAAACAUCAUGUGCAAUCAGAUGACUGUGACAUGGAAGGCACCUAAAGAUGAUGGACGUGCAGCUAUCCUUGGAUACAUUGUUGAAAAACGUGAAAGUCAAGAGGUCAAUUGGGCUAAAGUGAAUCGUAAACCGGUGAUAGACAGAACCAUCAAGGCAGCCGGCCUCUCAGAGGGAACAGAAUAUGAGUUUAGAGUCACUGCCCUCAAUAAAGCAGGCCUUGGGAAACCAAGUGAUCCAUCCAAUUCUGCAUUUGCAUUGGAUCCUUUGUAUCCCCCGGGACCCCCUGCUUUCCCCAAGGUUGUUGACUCCACACAUAGCAGCAUCAGCCUUUCCUGGACAAAGCCAGCUUAUGAUGGUGGUUGUGAGAUUUUUGGCUACCAGGUGGAACACAAGAGAGUAGAUGCUGAGGACUGGAUGAGGUGCAAUGUUCCAAAGGAUCUCCAGGCCACAAAGUUUGUGGUGACUGGUCUCAUGGAUAACACAGAGUACCAGUUCCGUGUUAUUGCAGUGAAUAAGAUUGGAUUUGGCGAUCCCAGUGAUGUUCCUGGAAAUCAUAUGCCCAAAGACAUCUUAAUUGCUCCCGAGGCUGAACUUGAUGCAGAUCUUAGAAAGGCCCUUGUGCUCCGAGCUGGAGUUACAAUGAGAAUCUAUGUGCCACUGAGGGGUCGCCCUGCUCCCAAAGUGACUUGGAGCAAAGUUAAUGCCAAUCUCAAAGAGAGGGAUGGACUAAUGAUCAACACAACAGAAUGGGACACAUAUGUGUACUGUGAGAAUGUCAACCGAUAUGAUGCUGGCAAAUAUGUCCUUUCACUAGAAAACAGCAGUGGAUCAAAGUCAUACACCAUUAUUGUCAAGGUCCUAGAUACUCCUGGACCACCACUUAAUCUAAUUGUGAAGGAGACUUCAAAGACUCAUGCAUCUAUAUCUUGGGAUCCUCCACUUAUCGAUGGUGGAAGCCCUGUGAAGAGCUAUGUUGUUGAGAAACGCCUUGCAGAGAGAAAGGCAUGGACCUGUGUUGCCCCUGAAUGCCCUAAAACAUCAUUUAGAAUUCCAAACUUGGAGGAAGGACAGGCUUACUGUUUCAGAGUGUCUGCGGAGAAUGUCUAUGGUGUCGGAGAGGGAUGUGACACUCCUGCACCAGUCAAGGCUUCAGAACAACCUGGACCAGUUAUGGAGUUCAAGCCUGCUGCUAUUACUAAAGAUUCGGUCACACUUGCCUGGAAGAAACCAGUUAGUGAUGGUGGAAGCCACAUUGUUGCCUAUGUUUUGGAAAUCAGUGAGGGGGAGGAAAAAUGGAAAGAAUUAAUGAAAUCUAAGCUCACACAGUUCACUGUUGGUAGCCUUGAAGAAGGAAAGGAGUACACAUUCAGAGUCAAAGCCAUCAAUGAAUCUUCAGAAGGUCCUCCAACUGAAGUCACUGUGCUUGCCAAAGAUCAGAUAGUUCUACCGGAUGUUGACCUCAGUGGUGUGCCAGAUGGUUGUUAUGUGGCAAAAGAGGGCAGCACUGUGCGCAUCACUGUUCCUGUUAUUGGCACUCCUACCCCCAUUUCUAUCUGGAAGAAGGGUGGUAUUAGUCUGUCCGACAGUGGAAGGAUCUCAAUUGAACCUGCUUCAGGUGGCAGUACUUUGCUUAUCCGUGACAUCCACCGGGGUGAUGCUGACAAGUUCACAAUCGUUGCGAGGAACAGUGGUGGCACCAAAGAGGCGGUCAUUGAUGUGAAGGUUGUUGGCAAGCCAGGUCAGGCAACUGGUCCCAUCACGUUUGAUGAAAUCACUGCAGAGGCAAUCACAAUUGAAUGGGGUCCACCAAAGGAUGAUGGUGGCUCAGAAAUCUCCAACUACAUUGUGGAGAAGAGACACACCACAGCCAAUAAGUGGGUUACUGUUGCUUCAGCUAUACAGAAGACUACCAUGCGAGUGAUGAGACUCCAUGAUGGCACUGAGUACAUCUUCAGAGUAUUUGCAGAAAACAAAUAUGGAGUUGGCGAGUGGCUCAGAUCUGAUCCAGUUAUUGCUAAGCAUCCAUUCGAUGUGCCUGAUGCACCAGCACCACCAGAAAUCAUCAGCAUUCGUCAUGAAUCAGCUAUUCUAACCUGGUCAGACCCAAAAGAAACGGGAGGCUCUCCAAUUACAGGAUAUCAUGUUGAAUUCAAGGAAAGAAACAGUUUGAUGUGGAAGAGAGCUUGCAAGACCCCUAUUAGAGUGAAAGAGUGCAGAGUGACCGGUUUGAUUGAGGGCCUGGAGUAUGAAUUCAGAGUAAUUGCCAUGAAUAGAGCUGGUCUUGGAAAGCCAAGCAAAACUACAGAGCCUGUUGUUGCACUUGAUCCUAUAGAUCCUCCUGGUAAACCAGAUGUUAUCAAUGUUACAAGAAACUCUGUAACACUGAUUUGGACUCCACCCAAGUAUGAUGGAGGUCACAAACUGACUGGUUACAUUGUUGAGAAGCUAGAGCAUCCAGGAAAGGCAUGGAUGAAAGCCAACCAUGUGAACAUCCAGGAAUGUGCAUACACAGUGACCGAUAUGGUAGAGGGCUGCAAGUGUGAAUUCAGGAUUAGAGCAAAGAAUGCAGCAGGUGGAAUCAGCGUUCCAUCUGAGCAGACUGAUAUUCUUGUUCUUAAAGAUGAAUAUGAGCCUCCAACCAUUGAAAUUGAUCCAGAUAUGAAGGAUGGUGUCAGUGUUAGAGCUGGAGACACAAUUGUAAUUACUGCCUCAAGCAUCCUUGGAAAACCACCCCCCACUGCUGUUUGGUCCAAGGGAGGCAGGGAAUUGAAAUCGUCAGAUACCUGCCAAAUUAAGAGCACCCCAACCACCUCCACAAUUUCCAUCAAAUAUGCCAACAGGAAGAACACUGGCGAGUAUCUAAUUACUGCAAGCAAUCCAUUUGGCAUCAAAGAAGAACGUGUCAAGGUCAAGGUUCUGGAUAUCCCUGGCCCUCCAGGUCCAAUUGAGAUCAGCAACGUUUCUGCUGAGAAGUGCACACUGACUUGGCUACCUCCUGAGGAGGAAGGUGGCUGUAUCAUCAAGUCUUACACUCUGGAGAAGAGGGAAACUAGCCGCCUUCUCUGGACAAAGCUUGCAGAUGAUAUCAUGGACUGCCGAUUUGUUGCAAGCAAACUCAUUAAAGGAAAUGAGUACAUCUUCCGUGUUUCAGCAGUGAAUCAGUAUGGUACUGGUGAUUCAACAUUGUCUGGUUCGGUCAAGAUGAUGGACAGCUACAGACCACCUGGGCCACCAUCAAGGCCAGAAAUUGAUAAUGUCAGCAGAACAGCUGUCACAAUCUCCUGGAGGAGACCAGCUAUUGAUGGAGGAAGUGAUAUUCGAGGAUAUAGUGUGGAGAGGAAAGAGAGGAGAGGAAUGAGAUGGGUGAGAGCUUGCAAGAGAACUGUGCCUGACCUUCGUUACAAAGUGCAGGGCCUAACAGAGGGAGUAGAGUAUGAAUUCCGUGUCACUGCUGAGAACAGGGCUGGCUUUGGAGAGCCAAGUGAGGCCUCACCAUCUGUGGUGACCAAGGAUAUUGUUUAUCCCCCUGGACCUCCAUCCAAUCCAAGAAUUGCUGACACAACAAAAACAACAGCAACUUUCCACUGGGGCAGACCUUUCUAUGAUGGUGGGCUUGAUGUAGAAGGGUACAUUGUUGAGCACAAACGUGAAGGAGAUGAAGACUGGAUUGAGGAUGCAUCAGGCUUGAAAAUAAAUGAAUUUGUUGUUUCAAACCUUCAAUCUGGUGGAAAAUACCACUUCAGGGUGAAAGCUAUAAACUCAGAGGGAACUGGUGAAGCUGGAGAAGUUGAAGAAGUGAUUGAACUUGUAGACCGUGAAUCUGUUCCAGACUUUGAGCUUGAUGCAGAGCUCAGGAAAACACUUGUUGUUAGGUCAAGAGCCUCAAUCCGCAUAUUUGUACCAAUUAAGGGGCGUCCUACCCCUGAGGUGAUCUGGUCCAAGGACAAUAAACCCCUGAAAGGAAGAGCACACAUUGAUACCACUGAAUCAUACACUCUUGUUGUGGUCCCUGACUGCACGAGAUAUGAUGCAGGAAAGUACUUCUUGAGUUUGGAAAAUGUUGCUGGCAAGAAGACUGGAUUUGUUAAUGUCAGAGUCAUUGAUACUCCUGGACCUCCAGUAAAUCUUACACCUAGAGAAAUCACUAUACACAGCAUCACCCUUCAGUGGGAGAUUCCAAUAAUUGACGGUGGCUCCAAAAUUACUAAUUACAUAAUUGAGAAGCGUGAUGCUACAAAGAAGGCCUAUACAUUGGUCACUUCUGAAUGGCAAAAGUGUUCCUACAAGUUUGCAAAUCUUGAAGAAGGAAAUGAAUACUACUUCAGAAUAUCUGCUGAAAAUGAAUAUGGUGUUGGUGAGCCAGCAGAAACACCUGAAACUAUCAGAGCCUCUCAGGCACCAUCUGCUCCAGAAAACCUUUAUGUGACUGAUGUAUCAAGUGAUACGGCAACUCUUACCUGGACGAAGCCAAAACACGAUGGUGGGAACAUAAUAACUGGAUAUGUUAUUGAGGCUCAGAAAUCCGAUCAGAAGGAAACUGAUCAGUGGACUCAUGUGACAACAAUUAAAGCUCUUGACUAUGUUGCAACAGAUCUGCAAGAAAAUGCAGAGUAUGUAUUCAGAAUCAUGGCUGUGAACAAGUCUGGCAGAAGCGACCCACGUGAAAGUCGGCCAGUCAUAGUUAGGGAACAAACUACCGCACCUCAGUUUGACCUCAGAUCAGUCUACCAGAAGACAGUGGUCAUCAGGGCAGGAGAUAACUUAAAGGUUGAAAUUCCUGUGUUGGGCCGUCCAAAACCCUCAGUUGUAUGGAAAACAGACGACAAAGAAAUUAAACAGACACAGAGAAUCAACAUUGACAACACAGCAACCUCAACUAUUCUGAACAUUAGAGAGAUCAAGAGGAGAGAUGGUGGAGAGUACACUAUGAUUGGAAAGAACAUCAUUGGAACAGUCUCUGAGAUAAUCACAGUUGUAAUACAUGACAUCCCUGGAGCCCCAACAGGACCAAUUAGGUUGGAUGAAGUUUCUUGUGAUUAUGUUCUAUUCUCCUGGGAGGCCCCAGAACUUGAUGGUGGAGUUCCAAUCAACAAUUACAUUGUUGAGAUGAGAGAGACCACAGGAACGUCAUGGAUGGAGCUGGCAGCAACAGUUAUUCGUACGACAUUUAAGGCUGCUCGUCUGAAAACAGGAAUUCAAUAUCAAUUCCGUGUUAAAGCCCAGAACCGGUACGGUGUUGGCCCCUACAUAACAUCAGAGCCUGUUGUUGCAGCUUAUCCAUUUGAUGUCCCAGGACAGCCAGGAAUACCCCAAGUAAUUGCCUUUACUAAAGAUGCAAUGACCAUAAGUUGGAAUGAGCCUCCAUCUGAUGGUGGAAGUCCAAUUUUAGGUUAUCACAUUGAGAGGAAAGAGAAAAACAGCAUUCUUUGGCAGAGGACCAGCAAGGCUCUUGUAGCAGGAAACCUCUACAAAUCAACAGGUCUUGUGGAUGGAAUUCCUUAUGAGUUCCGUGUCAUAGCUGAGAACAUGGCUGGUUUGAGCAAGCCAAGCAAGCCAUCAGAGAUGACAUUUGCCCUGGAUCCUGUAGAUCCUCCAAGUCAACCAUUGGCUAUUAAUAUUACCAGACAUGAAGUGACUCUUCGCUGGGAUAAACCUGAAGGCGAUGGUGGAUUCUCAAUCACUGGAUAUACAGUAGAAAAGAAACAGUUACCAGAUGGUCGCUGGCUUAAAGCUAACUUUAGUAAUAUAUUGGAAACAACAUUCACUGUCAGUGGACUCAUAGAGGAUGCAUCCUAUGAAUUCCGUGUUAUGGCAAGAAAUUCUGCUGGUGCUGUUAGCAAGCCAUCUCCAUCAUCUGAGGUGGUCAUCUGCAGAGACGACAUUGAAGAGCCUAGAAUUGAUAUUGAAGCCAUGUAUAACACUAUGCUUGUUGUGAGAGCAGGAGAUGUCUUCACUCUGGCUGCCACAGUCACAGGGCGACCCAUACCAUCCUUACUCUGGACCAAAGAUGGACAAGAGUUGGAUGAUGCAGCAAAAAUAGAAAUCAAAAGCACAGACUUUGCCACAACACUGAUCACCAGAGACGCUCUGAGAAGAGAUGGUGGUACAUUCGUUCUGACAGCCAGUAACCCUGGUGGCUUUGCUAAGCAAGUGUUCAAUGUUAAAGUUCUUGAUAGGCCAGGACCUCCUGACGGGCUCAGAGUUUCUGAUGUGAAUACAGAGAAAUGUGUCUUAAACUGGCUGCCACCCUCACAUGAUGGUGGUGCAAAGAUAGAGACCUACAUAAUUGAGAAGCGUGAAACAAGCAGAAUUGCAUGGACAAAUGUGGCAUCAGAUCUGAAGGUGAACCGUUACAAGGUAACUAAACUGCUAAAAGGCAAUGAAUAUAUUUUCAGAGUGAUGGCUGUGAACAAGUAUGGAGUUGGAGAACCCAUUGAAUCAGUGCCAACACUUGCAACCAAUCCAUAUGUACCAACUGAUCCUCCACAACAACCCGAGGUGACUACCAUUACUAAAGAUUCAAUGGUUGUCUGCUGGGGACACCCCGAAAAUAAUGGUGGAAGCAGUAUCAAUACUUACGUUGUUGAAAGAAGAGACAAGACUGGACUUCGCUGGGUCAAAUGUAACAAGAGGACUGUGUCUGAUCUACGAUUUAAGGUCUCCGGACUUACUCCAGGGCAUGAAUAUGAGUUCAGGAUUCUGGCAGAAAAUGCUGCAGGCUUGAGUUUGCCAAGUCCAGAGAGUCCAUUCUAUAAAGCAUGUGACACAGUGUUCCAACCUGGACCAGUCAGCAAUCCAAGAAUUCUGGAUACAACAAAGUCUUCCAUUACACUUGCCUGGAACAGACCUGUCUAUGAUGGUGGAUCUGACAUUACAGGAUACAUGGUGGAAACUUGCUUCCCUGAGGAAGACGAAUGGACAAUUGUCUCUCCAAAGGAAGGUUUAAAAGCAACAUCAUUUACAAUUACUGGUCUUAAGGAGAAUCAGGAAUACAAAAUCAACAUUGCAGCACUUAACUGCGAAGGAGUGGGUGAGCCUACAUCUGUGCCAGGAACACCAAUAGCAGAGGACAGACUGAUUCCUCCAGAAAUUGAGCUUGGUGCAGAGCUCAGAAAGAUUGUUUGCCUUCGUGCUUGCAGCACACUUAGACUGUUUGUUCCCAUUAGAGGAAGACCCGCCCCUGAGAUCAGAUGGUCCAGAGAAAAUGGUGAACCACUGGAGAGAGCCAAUAUUGAAAACACACCAUCAUUUACAUCAGUCAUGGUUGAAAAUGUUGACCGUUUUGAUGGUGGAAAAUAUAUGUUGACAGUGGAAAACAGCACUGGAGUAAAAACAGCAUUUGUAAAUGUCAGAGUUCUUGACACACCCGAUGCCCCACAGAAUCUUAGUAUUAAGGAGAUUACAAAGGAUUCUGUUUCUCUAAUGUGGGACCCACCCAUUAUUGAUGGCGGCUCCAGGACAAGACACUACAUUGUGGAAAAACGUAUAUCUACAAGGAAAGCAUACUCUACUGUAAAUGCUGGCUGCCCUAAAACAAGUUGGCGAAUCGGAGAUCUGAAAGAGGGUCAUAUCUACUUCUUCAGAGUGUUGGCAGAGAAUGAAUUUGGUAUUGGUCUUCCAGCAGAAACAGAUUCUAUUAAGGUAUCUGAAAAACCUCUUCCACCUGGCAAAAUUACUCUUAAAGAGGUCACAGGCACCAGUGUUACCUUAUCUUGGGAGAAGCCUGAUCAUGAUGGAGGCAGUCGUAUCUCAGGAUACAUUGUGGAAAUGCAAGGAAAAGGCAGUGAAAAAUGGACACAGUGCGCAGUUGUAAAAGCUACAACAGCUGUAGUAGCUGGACUGACACAAGGGGAAGAGUACUCUUUCCGCAUUUCAGCAACCAAUGAGAAAGGAAUGAGUGAUCCCCGCCUAUUGGGUGUGCCUGUAGUGGCUAGAGAUGUUGUCAUCACACCAACAUUUAAGCUUUUGUUCAGCACAUUUAGUGUUUUGGCUGGUGAUGACCUUAAAAUUGACGUGCCAUAUGCAGCUCAACCGAAGGCAUCUGUCAUUUGGCUCAAAGAUGGUGUUGCUCUGAAAGAAACCACAAGGGUCAAUUCAGAUAUCACUGACAACAACUUACAUCUUGUAAUCAAGGAGGCAACUAGAGAUGAUGUUGGCAAUUACACCAUUAAACUUACAAACACAGCAGGUGAGGCCACAACAGACAUUUCUGUCGUCGUUUUGGACAAGCCUGGUCCUCCAACUGGUCCCAUCCAGAUUGAUGAAGUGACAGCUGAUAGCAUGACCCUGACAUGGCAACCUCCUGAAUAUGAUGGUGGCUGCGCUAUCAAUAACUACAUUGUGGAAAAGAGAGACACCUCAACAACAAACUGGCAGAUUGUGUCUGCAACUGUAGCAAGAACAACUAUUAAAGCACCGAGGCUUAAGACUGGCUUUGAGUAUCAGUUCAGAAUUGCAGCAGAAAACCGGUAUGGAAAGAGUUCUGUACUCCUCUCUGAAGCAAUGAUUGCUCAGUAUCCAUUUGAUGUCCCUAGUACCCCUGGCACUCCUUCAGUCGAGGCUGCAACUAAGGAGACCAUGCUUGUUGUGUGGGACAAACCAGGUAGCGAUGGUGGAAGCAAGAUUCUUGGUUAUCACUUGGAAAGUAAGGAAAGAAACAGCAUUCUUUGGGUGAAACAGAACAAGCAAAUCAUUCCUGAAACAAAAUACAAAGUUGUUGGCCUUGAAGAAGGCAUUGAAUAUGAAUUCAGAGUGUACGCAGAAAAUAUUGCUGGUCUGAGUAAAUCCAGCAAAUUGUCAGAAAUACAAGUUGCAAGAGAUCCUUGUGAACCUCCAGGCAAGCCUGAAGCAGUGAUUGUAACUAGAAGUGCUGUAACCCUCAGAUGGACCAAGCCAGAAUUUGAUGGCGGUAUCAAAAUCACUGGCUACUUGGUUGAGAAAAAAGAGUGUCCUGAUGGUCGCUGGAUGAAAGCUAGUUUCGCUAACAUCAUUGAAACAGAAUUUGUGGUUACUGGUCUUGUUGAGGAUCAGAAAUAUGAAUUCCGUGUUAUUGCAAGAAACGCUGCUGGAGUGUCAAGUGUGCCAUCUCCAAGCACUGGAGAAAUCACAGCUAUAGAUGAAGUUGAUCCACCUCAAAUAGAAAUUGACUCUAAAUAUGCUUCAGUCCUUGUGGUAAAUGCUGGAGAGUCAUUCAGAAUUGAUGCUGCUAUUCUAGGAAAACCAGUGCCUACAGCCCACUGGUUAAAGGGUGGUGAAGAGCUCACAAAUACAGCACGUCUUGAGAUUAAAAACACAGACUUUAUUGCUUCUCUAAGCGUAAAGGAAGCCAUUCGUGUUGAUGGAGGUCAAUACACUCUUCUUUUGAAGAAUGUUGGUGGAGAGAAAUCUGUGAAUAUCAAUGUUAAAGUUUUGGACAGACCUGGUCCACCUGACGGACCAAUUCAAAUCUAUGGAGUAACAAAUGAAAAAUGCAGCAUUUCUUGGAAAUCGCCACUACAAGAUGGAGGUGCUGAUAUAUCCCAUUAUAUUGUUGAGAGGAGAGAGACCAGCAGAUUAGUUUGGACUAGAGUGGAAUCUAAAGUUCAGACUCUUAAUCUCAAGAUCACAAAACUUCUCCCCGGUAAUGAGUACAUUUUCAGAGUGAUUCCUGUGAACAAGUAUGGAGUUGGUGAACCUUUGGAAUCAGAUUCAGUCAUUGCAACUAAUCCGUUUGUUGUACCAAGUGCGCCAACUGGUGUUGAAGUGUCCACUGUCACAAAAGAUUCUAUGGUUAUCACCUGGGAAAGACCAACAAAUGAUGGAGGCAACCCAAUUGCAGGAUUUGUUAUUGAAAAACGUGACAAAGAAGGGGUGCGCUGGACAAGAUGCAACAGGCGUGUUGUGAGUGAACUUCGCUUCAGGGUGUCAGGGCUGACUGAGAGUCGUAGCUAUGAAUUCAGAGUGUCUGCUGAAAAUGCAGCUGGAGUUGGACCACCAAGUGCCGCGACUCCUUAUGAAAAGGCUUUGGAUCCUAUUUUCAAACCAGGUCCACCAAAUAAUCCCAAAGUUAUUGACACUUCGCGAACAUCUGUAGUCCUUUCAUGGGGCAAACCUAUCUAUGACGGUGGUUGUGACGUUCAAGCAUACAUUGUUGAAGCCUGUGAAGUUAAAGCUGAUGAAUGGACAAUGUGCACUCCACCUACUGGAAUCACACAGACAAGAUUUGAAGUGAAGAAACUCCUUGAAAAGCAUGAAUACAGAUUUAGAAUCUGUGCCAUAAAUAAGAUGGGGGUAGGUGAGAGUGCCGAUCUGCCUGCACCAGUCUUCCUUGAGGAAAAACUAGAGGCACCAGAUCUUGACCUUGAUGCUGACCUCAGAAAGAUGAUUAAUGUCAGAGCUGGAAGCACCCUGCGAGUAUUCCUUCCAAUAAGAGGACGCCCUGCACCUGAAGUCAAAUGGGGUAAAGCUGAAGGGGAAAUGAAAGAAACAGCUCAAAUUGAUACGACAAGCAGUUAUACUUCCCUUGUUAUUGAAAGUGUUGAUAGAUUUGACAGUGGAAAAUACAUAGUGACUGCCGAGAAUGCAAGUGGAGUAAAAUCAGUUUUCAUCAGUGUACGAGUGCUGGACACACCUAGCCCUCCUCAGAACUUCACUAUCAAGGAGAUCACCAAGAAUUCUAUUACUCUUACCUGGGAGCCACCGGCUUUAGAUGGUGGUGCUAAGAUAAAGCAUUACCUUGUAGAGAAGAGGGAGACCACAAGGAAGGUGUACUCUCCGGUUGUGACUUGCAACAGGAUGUCAUGGAGGAUUGAUCAACUCAAAGAGGGUCAAAUGUUAUUCUUCAGAGUUCUUGCUGAAACUGAACUUGGCAUUGGGUUACCAGCAGAAACUCUUGAACCCAUCAAGAUCUCAGAGGUUCCACAACCACCUGGACGAAUGUCAGUUGUGGAUGUUACAAGAAAGACUGUUUCUCUUGCUUGGGAGAAGCCUGAUCAUGAUGGAGGCAGCAAGAUAAGCCACUAUGAAGUUGAGAUGCAAGUGAAAGACUCUGACACAUGGUCUUUGUGUACUCAAAUAAAGGCACUUGAAACUGUAGUUACUAAUUUAGCCCAGGGUCAGGUAUACACAUUUAGGGUCAUUGCUGUUAAUGACAAGGGAAAGAGUGAUCCCAGAAUCCUUGGCAGUUUUGUUGAAGCAAAGGACCUGGUCAUCCUACCUGCUGUCCGUCCAAGAUUCAGCACUUACAGUGUACAAGUUGGCUAUGAUCUCAAAAUCGAAGUUCCAGUUUCUGGACAUCCAAAGCCAACCGUUGCCUGGACUAAAGAUGGUGCAGCUCUGAAACAGACGACAAGAGUGAAUGUUGCAGACAGUGCGAACCAAACAAUGUUCACCCUUAAGGAUGCAACAAAAGAUGAUGGUGGCAUGUACAACAUUUCUGUAGCUAAUACUCAUGGACAGGCUGAAGCUAGCAUUGAAAUCAUAACACUUGACAAACCUGGUCCUCCAACAGGCCCAGUUAGACUCGAGGAUAUUAGUGCUGAAAGUAUGACCCUGUCUUGGGACCCACCUGCGUAUACUGGAGGUUGCCCAAUUUCAAAUUAUGUUGUUGAGAAGAGAGAUACAACCACCACCAACUGGAUUACAGUGUCUGCCACAGUUGCAAGAGCAACACUGAAAGUAGCAAAUCUGAAAACUGGUGCUGAAUAUCAAUUCAGAAUCUAUGCUGAAAACAGAUAUGGCAAAAGUCAUGCUAUUGAUUCUGAACCUGUUCUUGCCCAGUAUCCAUUCAAAGAGCCUGGACCUCCGGGCACUCCAUAUGUGUCUGCAUACACAAAGGAGUCCAUGACUGUGGAAUGGCAUAAACCCAUCUCAGAUGGAGGCAGUGUUAUUCUUGGCUAUCAUCUUGAAAGAAAGGAGAAGAAUAGUAUUCUGUGGACAAAGAUAAAUAAGAGCCUAAUUCAAGACCCUAGAUUCAAAACAUCCCCAUUGGAAGAGGGAAUCGAAUAUGAGUUCAGAGUUUAUGCUGAGAACAUUGUUGGUAUUGGUCAGUGCAGCAAACUUUCAGAGGGAUGUGUAGCACGUGACCCUUGUGAUCCACCUGGUACACCUGUGGCCAUCGUUGUGACUAGACACUCAGUGAGAUUGCGCUGGACUCCUCCACAGUAUGAUGGUGGCAGCAUGGUUACUGGAUAUGUUGUUGAGAAACGAGAUCUUCCAGAUGGUCGCUGGAUGAAGGCAAGUUUUGCAAAUGUCAAAGAAACAGAAUUUUCUGUUGAAGGGCUAAUAGAAGACUCUAAAUAUGACUUCAGAAUAAUUGCCAGAAAUGCAGCUGGUGCUAUAAGCAGACCAUCUGAGAGCACUGGGUCAAUCACAGCAAAGGAUGAGGUUGAACUGCCAACAUGUGAAAUUGAUUCCAAAUUCAGCCAGGUCAUAGUUGUAAAUGCAGAUGAAACAUUCACACUUGAAGCUGAUGUUCAAGGAAAGCCACUGCCCACAAUUCAGUGGUUCAAGGGUGAUGUAGAAGUUGAAAUGUCUGCCAGAUGUGAAACCAAAAAUUCAGACUUUAAAGCAGUACUUGUGGUUAAAGAUUCCAUUAGAAUUGAUGGAGGACAAUACACUGUUCAUCUUUCCAAUGUAGCAGGAACUAAAACGGCAUCUUACAAUGUGAAAGUUCUUGACAGGCCAGGGCCUCCAAAAGGACCUCUAACUGUCUCUAAUGUGACAUGUGAAAAAUGUUCCCUGUCUUGGCUUCCUCCACAACAUGAUGGUGGUAGCGGUACUUCUUACUAUAUCAUCCAAAAGAGAGAAACAAGUCGUCUUGCAUGGACUGUAGUUAACAGUGAAUGUGGAGCAACUAUGUUUAAAGUCACCAAGCUACUCCAAGGAAAUGAAUACAUUUUCCGUGUCAUGGCUGUUAACAAGUAUGGUGUUGGUGAACCUCUGGAAUCUGCACCGGUGAUUAUGAGAAAUCCAUUUGUUGCUCCUGAUCCACCUACAGACAUCGAAAUCGCCAAUAUUUCAAGAGAUUCCAUGACAGUGUGCUGGAGCCGAUCAGAGAAUAAUGGUGGCAGUGAAAUUAGUGGGUAUAUUGUGGAGAAGAGAGACAGAGCUGGAGUUAGAUGGACAAAGUGCAACAAACGCAGAGUAACAGAUCUACGUUUCAGAGUGACAGGACUCACAGAAGAUCAUGAGUAUGAGUUCAGGGUCUCGGCAGAAAAUGCAGCUGGACCUGGACAACCAAGCAAAGAAACUAUUUACUUCAAGGCAUGUGACCCCACAUUUAAUUCUGGCCCACCCACAAAUGUUCAAGUUCUUGACACCACCAAAAAUUCUGUCUCUCUGGCAUGGGGCAGACCAAUCUAUGAUGGUGGCUGUGACAUUCAGGGAUAUGCUGUGGAGAUCUGCAAAGUAGAUGAGGAGGAUUGGACCAUCUGCACACCGUCAACUGGAAUAAAAGCCACUAAAUUUACUAUCACUAAGCUCAUAGAGCACCAGGAGUAUAAGGUUCAGGUAUGUGCUAUUAACAAAGAAGGAGUUGGUGAACCAGCUGUCCUAACGGGAACCGUUAAACCUGUAGACAAUAUGUUUACCCCGGAGAUUGAGCUUGAUGGAGAUCUGAGAAAGGGUAUCGUUGUCCGUGCUGGUGGCUCUAUGAAAAUCAGGAUACCCUUCAAAGGGCGCCCUGCUCCAGAAAUUAACUGGACCAAAGAUGAAGGGGAUCUUCCUGAGAGGGCUCAAAUUGAAAAAGCCCUUGAUUACACGGUGGUAGCACUUGACAUCUGUGACAGAAAUGAUGCUGGAAAGUAUACCCUGAAUUUGGAAAACAACUGUGGAUCCAAGUCAGCAUUUGUUAAUGUUAAAGUUCUGGACACUCCAGGACCACCAUUGAAUCUCUCUGUAAAAGACAUAACAAGAAGUUAUGUCACUCUGACUUGGGAGCCCCCAGCUAUUGAUGGUGGUGCCAAAAUCAAGAGCUAUGUUGUGGACAAGCGUGAUUCAACCAAACAUGGCUAUACCAAUAUCACCACCAAAUGCACAAAGACAACUAUCCGUAUUGGAGAUCUUAUCGAGGGUGGCAUUGCUUACUUCAGAGUCAUGGCUGAGAAUGAAUUUGGAGUUGGCUUACCUGCUGAAACAGAGGAUGGAGUCAAAACAUCAGAGGUUCCUCUAUCUGUUGGUAAGGUCACCCUAACUGAUGUCACAAAAACUACAGCCUCAUUGUCAUGGGAGAAACCAGACUUCGAUGGUGGUAGUAGGAUUCUAGGAUACUAUAUUGAAAUGCUGCCUCCAGGAUCAGAGGAAUGGGUUGUAGGAACAACAAUCAAAUCUUGUGAGGGAACAAUCACUGGGCUUAGAACAGGCCAGGAAUAUCUCUUCAGAGUUUUAGCAUUCAAUGAAAAAGGAAGAAGUGAUCCAAGAUCAUUACUUGCUCCUGUAGUCAUUCAAGAUAUCACUUUGGCACCCAUUCUCAAGAUGACUGUAAACACAUUCAGUGUUCAAGCUGGUUAUGAUUUGAAAGUAGAGAUACCUGUAGCUGGUCGUCCAACACCAACUAUUACAUGGGCUAAAGGUGGACAUGCUCUCAAAGAAACCACCAGAUUGAAUGUGUCUUCCACAGCAACAUCAACUCUUCUUCGUCUCAAAGAUGCUACCAGAGAUGAUUCUGGUAAAUACACCAUCACAGCUGUUAAUACUGCAGGAACAGUAACGGAGGAAAUUGGAAUAAUAAUUCUUGAUAAGCCAGGUCCCCCAGUUGGACCAAUAAACAUUGAAGAAGUCAGUGCAAACUUUGUCUCCCUCUCUUGGGAGCCACCUGUGUAUACUGGCGGUUGUCAAAUCAACAAUUACAUUGUGGAAAAACGUGACACUACAACCACAAACUGGCAGAUUGUGUCUGCAACUAUUGCACGUACUACAAUCAAAGUAACUAAACUGAAGACUGGAACAGAAUAUCAGUUUAGAAUUUCAUCUGAAAAUAGAUACGGAAAGAGUCCAGCAAUUGAUUCAACCCCUGUUGUUGUACAAUAUCCUUUCACUGAGCCAUUGGCCCCUGGCACUCCAGAAAUCACAUCAGUGACUAGAGAUCACAUGGUUGUUGAAUGGAAGCCCCCUGCUAGCAAUGGAGGCAGCCCAAUCCUUGGCUACCAUGUGGAACGUAAAGAGAAAAACAGUAUACUUUGGACUAAGCUAAACAAACUUUUGAUCCCUGACACUAGACUGAGAACAAAUGGUCUUGAAGAGGGUAUUGAGUAUGAAUACAGAGUCUAUGCUGAAAACAUUGCUGGAAUUAGUCCAUCAAGCAAACUUUCUGAGAUCACAGUUGCACGUGACCCAUGUGAUUCACCUGGUACCCCUGAUGCUAUUGAGAUUACAAGAAACCAUGUAACACUUCAGUGGACAAAGCCACAGUAUGAUGGUGGUAGCAUAAUUACAGGAUAUGUUGUGGAGAUAAUGAAGCAUCCUGACAAUCGCUGGAUGAAAGCAAGUUUCACUAAUAUUAUUGACACUCAGUUUACAUGCACAGGUCUUACAGAAGAUUCAGUGUAUGAAUUUAGAAUCGUUGCAAGAAAUGCAGCUGGUACUUUCAGUAAACCCUCUGAAAGCACUGGAGCUAUCACAGCUAGGGAUGAAAUUGAAGCACCUACCAUUUCAAUGGAUACAACUACUAUUACUGUCUAUGCUGGUGAAAAUUUUGCUAUUGAUGCUGAAAUUGCUGGAAAACCAAUUCCUGAAGUUAUGUGGACACGAGAUGGCAAAGAAGUUGAUAAUGCCACACCAAGAGUGGAAAUAAGUACUACUCUGCAACGCAGUAUUCUCACAGUGAAGGACUGCAUUAGGGUAGAUGGUGGGCAUUUUGUUCUGAAUCUGACAAAUGUUGGAGGCACAAAAGCUGUUGCAGUUAAUGUUAAAGUCCUUGAUAGAUCUGGACCACCUCAAGGUCCUUUGAGAGUAACAGGUGUGACAUCAGAGAAAUGCUAUCUCCACUGGGACCAUCCACCACAUGAUGGUGGUGCAAGCAUUUCCCAUUAUAUUAUUGAGAAGAGAGAGACGAGCCGCCUGUCUUGGACUGUUGUGGAGCCCAGAGUCGAAGCAAUUAGUUACAAAGUGACCAAACUCCUGCCAGGAAAUGAGUACAUCUUUAGAGUUAUGGCAGUGAAUAAAUAUGGACUUGGUGAGCCUCUGGAGUCUGAGCCUGUCAUUGCACGCAAUCCAUUCAAGCCACCUGGUCCACCUACAACACCUGAGGCAGGUGCCAUAACAAGGGAUUCAAUUGUUUUGACAUGGGAACGUCCUGAAGAUGAUGGAGGUUCAAUGAUCGAUGGUUACAUCCUGGAAAAGCGUGACAAGGAAGGUAUCCGCUGGACAAAGUGCAACCGCAAACGUCUCACAGAUUGUCGCUUCAGGGCUGCUGGAUUACAUAAUGGACAUUCUUAUGAGUUCAGAGUAUCUGCUGAGAAUGCAGGCGGAAUUGGAAAGCCAAGUAAGCCAUCCGAAUAUUACAGAGCCUGUGACGCCACAUACCCCCCUGGUCCUCCAAAUAAUCCCAAAGUAAUUGACCACUCUAGCACCACUGUAUCCCUUGCAUGGAGUAGACCUAUUUAUGAUGGUGGUGCAACAGUCUCUGGAUACAUGGUUGAAGUGAAAGAAAUUGCAGAAGAUGAAUGGACUAUUGCCACCCCACAUUGCGGUGUGCAAGCUACCCAUUAUACAGUGAAGAAGUUGAGGGAGAACGCAGAGUACAACUUCCGUAUCUCUGCCAUGAAUAUCGAAGGAGUUGGGGAGGCUAUUGAUCUUCCAGAUGCUGUGACUGCUGCAGAAAAGCUUGAGAUUCCUGAGAUUGAACUAGAUGCAGACCUUAGAAAGAUGGUCAAUGUCCGUGCAAGUGCAUCACUGAGGCUCUUUGUCACCAUCAGAGGAAAACCUGAACCUGAGGUCAAGUGGAGCAAGGCUGAUGGUAUUUUGACAGAGCGUGCACAAAUUGAAGUUACCAGCUCCUACACCAUGCUGGUCAUUGAAAAUGUUGACAGAUUUGAUACGGGUAAAUAUGUUUUGACUCUUGAAAACAACAGUGGCACUAAAUCAGCCUUUAUCAAUGUGAGAGUACUGGAUUCACCAAGUGCACCUGAAAACUUUGAAGUCAAGGAUAUCAAGAGAGAUUCUGUGCAACUCUCCUGGGAACCCCCUCUUAUUGAUGGUGGAGCUAAGAUAACCCAUUACAUUGUGGAGAAGAGAGACGCUAAGAGAAUGGGAUUUACAAGUGUAACAAAUAAUUGUGUGAGGAAUUCUGUAAUCGUUUCUGACCUCCAAGAAGGAGGUGUUUACAACUUCCGCGUGUUGGCUGUCAAUGAACUUGGUGUUGGUUUGCCGGCAGUAACUGAGGCAAUAAAAGUCUCCCAAGCACCUUUACCUCCAGGGAAAGUUACACUUGUUGAUGUAACUCGCCACACUGUAAGUCUUGCAUGGGAAAAACCAGACCAUGAUGGAGGUAGUAAAAUUACAGGCUACACUGUGGAAAUGCUCCCCAAAGGAGCUGAUAAAUGGAUUGCCUGUGCCACAGUGAAAGCACUGGAAGUACUCAUUGAAGGACUCACUGCUGGAGAAGAGUACUCAUUUAGAAUCACAGCUUUGAAUGACAAAGGCAAGAGUGAUCCUAAACCACUUGGUGCACCUGUGAUUGCACAAGACAUCACAGCUGAACCUACCAUAAACCUACUUUUCAACACUUACAGUGUAAAGGCUGGCGAUGACCUCAAAAUUGAUAUUCCAUUCAGAGGCAGACCUCCACCAGAAGUCUCCUGGAAAAAAGAUGGGCAUGUACUCAAGCAGACAACUAGAGUAAAUGUUAUAUCAUCUGCUACAUCAUCAAAAAUUACAAUCAAGGAGGCCACAAGGGAGGACAAGGGCAAAUAUGAAAUCACAUUGACAAACUCAAUUGGUAAAAAUUCAGCUGAAAUUACAGUAGUUAUUCUGGAUAAACCAGGCCCACCUGGACCAAUUAAAGUUGAUGAAAUCAGUGCUGACAGUGUCUUAUUGUCAUGGGACCCACCAGUGUAUGAUGGAGGUUGCCAGAUCAAUAAUUAUGUUGUUGAGAAGAGAGAUACCACCACUACAAACUGGCAAAUAGUGUCAGCCACUGUUGCCAGAACAUCAAUUAAGGUUUCCCGUUUGACACAAGGAAAUGAAUAUCAGUUCCGUGUUGCAGCAGAAAACCGUUAUGGCAAGAGUCAUGUUGUGGAUUCUGCUCCUAUUAUUGCACAAUACGCCUUCGAACCUCCUGGUCCUCCAACCAGUCUCCAAGUUGCUAGUGCAACCAAGUCAGGUAUGCUGGUCACAUGGGGUACACCUGCAAGUGAUGGUGGAAAUGCAGUAAUGGGAUAUCACCUGGAAGGAAAAGAACACAGUAGUAUUUUGUGGACAAAACUGAACAGAGGUCUUAUCACUGAAACUCAGUUCAAGGUAACGGGCAUUGAGGAGGGUUUGACAUAUGAGUAUCGUGUCUAUGCUGAGAAUAUGGCUGGCAUUGGACCUUGCACCAAGGCCUGUGAGCCUGUUGCUGCUAGAGACCCAUGUGAUCCACCCAGUCAGCCUGAGGUCAUCAACAUUACACGAACAUCUGUUUCUCUGACAUGGACCCCACCUGAGUACAACGGUGGAGCUAUGGUGACUGGUUACAUUGUUGAGCGCAGGGAACUACCUGAUGGUCGCUGGCUCAAGUGCAAUUUCGCAAAUCUCCAGGAAACCUUCUUUGAUGUAACAGGCCUCACAGAGGAUGUAAGCUAUGACUUCCAUAUUGUUGCCAAGAAUGCUGCUGGACUGCUCAGUGAGCCAUCAAAGGGCACAGGAUCUAUCACUGUCAAAGAUGAUGUUGAUGCACCAUGCAUCAACCUGGAUGACAAAUACAGACAGCUGGUGGUUGUUAAAGCUGGAGAUAUUCUAAGCAUUGAAGCCAGUUUCACUGGACGUCCCAUUCCAGUAAUAUCUUGGGCAAAGGAUGGAAAGGAAAUAGAAGCGAAGGCUAGAUUUGAGAUUUCAUCAACGCAUGCUGUAACAACUUUAGUUGUCAGAGACAGCAUCAGAAGGGACUCUGGCCAAUAUGUCCUAACUCUACAAAAUGUAGCUGGCACAAGAUCAAUAGCAAUAAACUGUAAAGUACUUGAUCGCCCGGGGCCAUCUCAAGGGCCACUGACAGUCUCUAACAUGACAGCAGAAAAAUGCACAUUGACAUGGGGACUUCCUCAAGAAACUGGUGGUGCAGAAAUCCAAUAUUUCAUUGUGGAGAAACGUGAAACAAGUCGCCUGGCCUGGACAUUGGUUUAUGGGGACAUGAAGGCUACAACAUGCAAAGUAACUAAACUGCUUAAGUUCAAUGAGUACAUCUUCAGAGUGAGAGGAGUAAAUAAGUAUGGAACUGGUGAGCCAUUGGAAAGUGAUCCUGCCAAGGCAAUGGAUCCAUUUACAGUGGCUGAAGCACCAACAAAUGUGGAAGUAACCAGUGUCACAAGUGAAGCAAUGACUAUUUGCUGGGAGAGGCCAGAGUCUGAUGGAGGAAGCACUAUUUCUGGCUAUGUGAUUGAGAAACGUGAGAAGACUGGUCUACGCUGGUGUCGUGUGAACAAAAAACCAGUGUAUGACUUGAGAGUCAAAGCAUCCAAUCUCCGCGAAGGAUGUGAAUAUGAAUACCGUGUCUAUGCGGAGAAUGCGGCAGGCUUGAGUCCCCCAAGCAUACCUUGCCCCUUGAUAAAGGCAGCAGAUCCAUUAUUCCUGCCAUCUCCACCGGCUAAACCCAAAAUUGUUGACUCAACCAAAACUUCCAUUACUCUUGCCUGGAAUAAGCCAUUGUUUGAUGGUGGAUCUCCAAUCACAGGCUACCGUGUAGAAUACCAGAAAUCAGAUGAUUAUGGUGAUGAAUGGAUGGUUGGAGUUUCAAACACAAAGAACACUGAGUUCACUGUAGUGGGACUUACCUUUGGAGUGGAAUAUGUCUUUGUAGUCAGAUCCAUUAACAAGAUUGGCCUGAGUGAACAAAGCCAACCAACAGAUCCUCAAGUGGCUAGAGAGAAAGAGGAUGAACCUAUUUUCCUUAUUGGUAAUGAAAUGAGGAAGACAUUGGUUGUGAAAGAUGGUAGCUCCUUUACUCUGAGAGUACCCUUCAAAGGCAAACCUGUCCCACAUGUUAUGUGGACCAAGGCUGAUGUUGACCUUAGAGUAAGGGCAACAAUUGAUACCACAGACACUUGCACAGCUAUAACAGUUGAACAAGCAACAAGAUACGACUCAGGAAAAUAUGUUGUGACCCUACAAAACGUGGCUGGAACGGCAGUACUGAACUUAAAUGUCAAGGUACUUGAUUCCCCUGGACCACCAAAACAUAUUGAAAUUAAGGAGGUCACCAAAAGCUCUGCAACAAUUACCUGGGACACACCUGACAAUGAAGGUGGCGGUCCUGUGAAGAACUAUCUUGUUGAUAUUAGAGAAGCCAGCAAAAAAGGAUGGACUAGGCUCACAGACAAUUGCCCACGGAUGACAUACAAAGUGGCUGAUCUGAAAGAGGGAAAUGUAUACUAUUUCAGAAUCACCGGUGAAAAUGAAUAUGGAGUCGGUGUGCCAUCUGAGACCAAGGAAGGAACAAAGAUGUCAGAAAAACCAAGCCCACCACCAAAACUUGGAGUUACUGAGGUCACUAAGGACAGUGUUGCUCUUGCAUGGAGCAAACCAGAACAUGAUGGAGGAAGUCGAAUCACUGGAUAUCUUGUAGAAGCACUUGAAAAAGGAGAGCAGAAAUGGGUGAAGUGCGGUGUUACCAAACACACCCACUUUGUUGUCAGUGGUCUAAGAGAAGGUGUGGAAUACUUCUUCAGAAUUCGUGCACAAAACCAUGCAGGCCUGAGCGAUGUCAAGGAUAUGUUCCACCCUAUCCUUGUUAAAGAUCAACAGGAACCCCCAGAGAUCAACAUGAAGGACAUCCCUCGCAAUACUGUCUAUGUUAGAGCUAGAUCAAACCUAAAGGUAGAAAUCCCACUUACUGGCAAACCAACACCUAAGGUGACUCUUACCAAGGAUGGUAAUAUGCUGAAAUCAACUUUGAGAUUCAAUUCUGAAGUGACUCCAGAUAGCCUCAUCAUCACCCUGCGGGAGAGUGCUGCUGUUGAUGCAGGAAGAUACGACAUCACUGCUUCAAAUGCAAGUGGAACCACCAAGUCCUUUGUCAAUAUUGUGGUCCUUGAUAGACCAAGUCGUCCAGUUGGACCAGUUGAGUUCUAUGACACCACCGAAGACAGCGCCAGCCUGAAAUGGCUUCCACCUGCAUAUGAUGGUGGCAGCCCAAUCACCAACUACAUUGUUCAGAAACGUGAAACAACCACUGCUAACUGGGUUGAUGUGUCAUCAGCAGUUGCAAGAUGUACAAUUAAGAUAAUGAAAAUGCACUCUGGAGUUGAGUAUCAGUUCAGAAUCCGUGCUGAAAAUCGACUUGGCAUCAGUGAACAGCUUGACUCUCCACCUAUCACAGUAAAUCUCCCCUACACUCUUCCGGCAGCACCAUCUGCUCCAUUUGUGUCAAAUGUCACAAGAGAGAGCAUCACUGUUAACUGGAAAGAGCCCUCAUCUGAUGGUGGAAGCCAUGUAUUUGGAUACCAUCUCGAGAUUAAAGACAAAAACAGCAUUCUUUGGCAGAAGGUUAACAACACUGUUAUCCGUGCCAAUCACUUCAAAGUGAUUAAUAUUUAUCCUGGCCUCAUCUACGAGUUCAAGGUUGCUGCUGAAAAUGCAGCUGGCAUUGGUGAAGUCAGCAAAACAUCUGAUGCUGUCCUGGCAAUUGACGCCUGUGAGCCACCCACUAAUGUUCGUGUCACUGAUAUUACAAAGAACUCAAUCACAGUGGCCUGGCAGAAGCCAUCCUACGAUGGUGGAAGUAAAAUCACAGGGUAUAUUAUUGAGAAGAGAGAUGGACCAGAUUGUAGAUGGACUAAAGCUAACUUGGCAAAUGUGUCUAGCUGCAAGUUCACUGUGCAAGGUCUGACUCAGGAUGAGUCCUACGAAUUCAGAGUGAUGGCUAAGAAUGCAGUUGGUUCAAUCAGCAACCCUUCAAGUGCUAUUGGACCAGUUACAUGUGUUGACACAUUCGGUGCUCCUGAGAUUAUAAUGCCUCAAGAAUAUAUGGAGACUGUGAAACAUAAGGCAGGAGCCACAGUUGAGCUUAAGGUUGGACUUAUUGCCAAGCCACAGCCAACAAUUGAAUGGUUCAAAGACGGCAAGGAGAUGGAACCUAGUGCCCAGAUAACUUUCAAGCACACCUUCGAGUCUACAAGCCUCAUUAUGAGGGAUGUCACUCGUCUCAACUCUGGAACGUAUGAGAUCAAGAUCAAGAAUUCCUUGGGAUCUGCAUAUGGUUCCAUCCGAGUGCAAAUUCAAGACAAACCUGGACCUCCAGCUGGUGAAAUCCAGUUCAAGAAAAUCACUGCUGACAAUGUAACCAUAAUGUGGGAUCCUCCAGAGGAUGAAGGUGGUGCAAUGGUCACCCACUACAUUGUGGAGAAACGGGAGUCAAGCAGAAUUAUGUGGUCAAUUAUAUCUGAAAAAAUGGAGGACUGCAUUGUGUCUGUGCAGAGACUAAUCAAGGGUAAUGAGUACAUAUUCCGUGUCAGAGGUGUAAACAAAUUUGGAGUUGGAGAUGCAUUGGAAUCUGAGCCUGUUGUUGCACGCAACUCAUUUGUUCCUCCAAGUCAACCAUCUAAACCUCAAGUCACUAUGAUUACUAAAUCCACAAUGACUGUGGUAUGGGAAAGACCAGCUCUUGACGGCGGAAGUGAUAUUGAUGGCUAUUACCUGGAAAAACGGGAGAAGAAGAGUCUGCAGUGGUUUAAGGUCAUCAAAGAUCAGAUCCGUGACACCAGACAAAAGGUCAGCAAUCUCACCGAGAAUAAUGAAUACCAGUACCGCGUCUGUGCAAUCAACAAAGCUGGAGCUGGUGCCUACUCAGAAGUAUCCACUUUCUACAAAGCUUACGAUCCAAUUGACCCACCAAGUGAGCCCACCAAGCUUACUAUCGUUGACUCCACUAAGACGUCUAUUACUCUAGGAUGGGUAAAGCCUGUGUAUGAUGGUGGCAGUGAAAUCACCAGCUAUGUCGUUGAACAAAUGAACACUGAAGAGAGGGAAUGGGUUGUGAUUAGCUCCAAGGGUGAAGUGAGGACAACAGAAUUUGUUGCGUCUCACCUGAAGCCUGGAGUCUAUUACUUCUUCCGUGUCUCUGCUGUGAACUGUAUUGGAGCUGGACGUCCCAUUGAGCUUGUUCAACCAGUCCAGUCAAAGGAUAUCCUUGAGGAAGCUGAUGUCAACCUUGAUAUCUCUAUGACCACUCAGUAUGUAGCAAAAGCAGGCAGAGAUGUGGAAAUCAUGAUUCCUCUCAAGGGCAGACCUGCACCAAAUGUCAUCUGGAGGAAAGGAGACAAAAAUAUUGCUGGCGAUGCAAGAUAUACCAUUAGAAACACUGAAUAUUCAACAACUCUGCUGAUACAAAGAGUGACCCGAGAUGAUUGUGGAAAAUAUCUUCUUGAAAUUGAAAAUGGUGUUGGUGAGCCAAAAAUAAUAACUGUCUCAGUUAAAGUACUAGACUCUCCAUCAGCUUGCCAUAAGCUCAUUUAUAAGAAUGUCAGCCGAGGCAAGCUCACACUCAGCUGGGAGCCCCCUCACAUAGAUGGUGGCUCUCCAAUUACCAAUUACAUUGUGGAGAAGAAAGAUGCCAUGAUGAAAGCGUUCACCAUUAUGACCACUGAGUGUCCCAACAGCACAUACAAGGUUGAAGGUCUUGAAGAGGACAUAGCCUAUUUCUUCCGCGUUUCAGCAGAAAAUGAGUUUGGAGUCGGGGAUACAUGUGAAACAGCAGAGCCAGUUAGAGCAACCGAAACACCAGGACCUGUCAAAAACCUAGUGAUGAAGGAUUCUAACAAGACAUCUGUAACUCUGGCAUGGAACAAGCCUGAUCAUGAUGGUGGUAGUCAUAUUUCAGAGUACAUAAUUGAGAAGAGAGCCAAAGAAGAAGCUUGGUCACCUGCUGCAAUAAGCAGGCGUUGCCAUUGUGAAGUUAAACAGUUGAAAGAGCUUUCAGUGUUGGAGUUUAGAGUGUUUGCUAAGAAUGAAAAGGGUCGUAGUGACUUCUCACUAAUUGGGCCCAUCACUGUCAAGGACUUGAUCCUUGACCCUGUGGCCAACCUCAUUGACUAUCCAGGAGGUGAGUUAUUUGUUCGUCUGGGACAAAACAUUGUCCUUGAUUUGCCAUUCAAAGGAAAACCCAAACCAGCUAUUUCAUGGAUGAAGGAAGACGUUCCUCUCAAAGAAAGUGAACAAAUUCGCUUUAGGGAGUCAGAGAGCAAAGCUACCCUGACAGUGAGAGGUGCAAGAAAGGAACAUGCAGGAAAAUAUACACUUGUUCUGGACAACAAACAAGUCAAGAACUUCUUUGAUAUCAAAGUAUCGACCCUUGGACCACCUAGUGCACCAGUUGGACCCAUACGCUUUGAUGAAGUCAAAGCACAAAGUGUAAUCAUAUCUUGGAAUGAACCAGAGGAAGAUGGAGGUGGAGAAGUUACUUGCUACAGUGUUGAGAAACGUGAAACAUCGCAAGCAGCGUGGAAGAUGGUUUGCUCUAGUGUGGUAAGGACCUCAUUUAAAAUAUCAAACCUGGUCAAAGGCACACAGUACCAGUUCAGAGUCCGUGCAGAAAAUAAGUAUGGUGUGAGUGAGCCACUGAAUUCUGAGGAUGUGGUUGCCCAGCACCAGUACAGUCCACCAGGUGCACCACCCAAACCAAUUGUUCUCAAUGUGACAAGUGAUGGUAUGACCGUACAGUGGGAUGCACCAAGCUUUGAUGGAGGCUCUCCAAUCACUGGCUACCACCUUGAGAAGAAGGACAGAAAUAGUCUUUUGUGGAUGAAGGUUAACUCUUCAGUCAUUUCAAAGAGAGAAUACAGAGCCAUUGGUCUGAUUGAGGGUCUGGAGUACUCAUUCAGAGUUUAUGCUGAGAACAAUGCUGGCCUCAGUCCUGUCAGUGAGCCAAGCAAACACAAACUGGCCAUCUCCCCUGUUGAUCCACCUGGCACACCCAACUGCAUUGAUGUCACAAGAGAAUCUGUCACAAUUCAGUGGGAACCACCCAAGCGUGAUGGUGGCAGUAGGAUUGUGGCUUAUAGUGUUGAAAGGCGCCAAGGAAGAAACAAAUGGCUGAGAUGUAACUUUACUGACAUCAGCGAAUGCCAGUUCACUGUCACAGGGCUUCCAGCUGGUGAUCGCUUUGAAUUCAGAGUGAUUGCACGAAAUGCCAUCGGCACAGUCAGUCCACCUUCACAAUCUUCUGGCUACGUCAUGACAAGGGAUGAAAGUGUGGUACCGGAAAUCAUCUUCAGUGCAGAGAAGACCCUUACUAUCAAAGCUGGAGAAAACAUUAAACUUCAAUGCAACAUUAGUGGAAGACCCUUGCCCCAAGUUACAUGGCACAAAGAUGGAAAGGAACUUGACAAGAUGCUGGUUGAUAUUACAACCGUUGUUGGAUCAAGCAGCCUCUUUAUCAGAGAUGCCGAUCGCAAUGACCGUGGUAUUUACACUGUUGAGGCUAGGAAUAGUUCUGGCUCGGCGAAGGAGGAUGUUCUUGUUAGAGUGCAAGACACCCCUGGAGCUCCUGAAGGGCCUCUAAGAUUCACCAGUAUUACAGCUGAGAAGGCUACACUCUGGUGGAGCCCACCAGAAAAUGAUGGCUGUGCAGUUAUCACACACUAUGUUAUUGAGAAGAGAGAAACCUCAAGGAUCUCUUGGGCUCUUGUCACAUCCAAGUGUGAAGCUUGCUCAUUCAGUGCCACAAAGUUGAUCAAGGGAAAUGAGUAUCAGUUCCGUGUGUCUGCUGUCAACAAAUUUGGUGUGGGCAAACCUCUUGAAUCUGAACCUGUUGUUGCAAAAAUGCAAUUCACUGUUCCUGAAGCUCCUGGAACACCUGACUGUACUCAUAUCACAGGAGAAAGCAUCACACUGGUCUGGACAAGACCCAGAUCAGAUGGAGGAAAUGAAAUCCAGCGUUAUAUACUUGAAAGACGUGAGAAGAAGAGCUUGCAGUGGGUGAAGGUGUCAGCCAAGAGGCCAAUCACAGAACUCAGGCACAGAGUAAUCCGUCUGAUAGAAGGAUAUGAAUAUGAAUUCCGUGUGAUGGCUGAAAAUGGUGCUGGUGUUGGACCACCAAGCAGCACCUCAAGACUCUUCAAGUGCAGAGAGCCAACGACUUCACCAAGUGCACCAUCUGUGGUCAAGGUAUCAGAUUCCACAAAGUCAUCUGUCACUUUGGAUUGGUUGAAACCUGUCUUUGAUGGUGGAAUGGAAAUCAUUGGUUAUGUCAUUGAGAUGUGCAAGGCAAGUCUUGGGGAGUGGCACAGGGUGAACAAUGAAGCCUGUAUCAAGAAUACAUACACUGCAAAGGAUCUCGAGCCAGGCGAAGAAUACAAAUUCCGCGUGUGUGCUCUUAAUGGAGCAGGAAAGGGAGAACCUUGCGAGAUACCCAACCCUGUAAGAGCAGUGGACAGACUUACAUCACCAGAGAUGGACAUUGGUGCAGACUUCAAGCAGACACACAUUGUGAAAAAUGGAGGCACAGUUAGUCUUCACGUUGCUUUCCGUGGAAAACCCGCACCACUUGCUACUUGGACAAAGGUUGAUGGUGAAAUUGGUGUGAUGGUUGACAUCAAUACAUCUGAACAUUUCAGCACCCUGACCAUGGAGAACUGCACUCGGGAUGAUGCUGGCAAAUACACAUUAUCUCUAGAGAACAAUAGUGGCAGCAAGUCUGUUACAUUCACUGUCAAGGUACUGGACUCUCCAGGACCACCUGGACCUGUUUCAUUCAAGGAUGUUACAAGGGGAGCCCUCACUAUCAUGUGGGAUGCUCCAAGCAAUGAUGGAGGUGCACGUAUCAAUCAUUACAUUCUAGAGAAGCGUGAAGCUAGUCGUCUGAGCUGGCAAGAGUGCAGCCGCAAGUGCAAUCGCCAGAUGUUUAGAGUGACCAACCUUGGAGUGGGUAUAGCAUACGUUUUCAGAAUUAUUGCUGUAAACCACUAUGGUGCCGGUGAACCUUAUGAGAUGACCGAACCGGUUAUUGCCACUGAAGAGCCUGCUGCACCCCAGAGGCUUGACGUCAUUGACACUACUAGCUCAUCUGCCUACUUGGUCUGGCUGAAACCCGAGCAUGAUGGUGGAAGCCGCAUCACCGGUUACAUCGUUGAGAUGAGAAUCAAGGGCACUGCCAACUGGCUGGUUGCUGGUGAAACCAAAUCUCUGAAAAUGGUGGUUGAAGGUUUGACAGAGAACUCUGAAUACCAGUUCCGCGUCAAAGCCCAGAAUGAUUCUGGCAUCAGCUACCCACGUGAUGCUCUAACCUCUGUUGUUAUUAAAGAGCCUCGUAUUGAGCCCACUGCAGAUCUCAGUGGAAUCACCAAACAGCUCAUCACUUGCAAGGCUGGAAAUUCAUUUACUAUUGAUAUUCCAAUCAGUGGUAGACCAUCUCCUAAAGUAACAUGGAAACUUGAAGAGAUGAAGCUCAAAGAAACAGACAGAAUUUCAAUCAGGACUUCUCUGGAAAGGACCACCCUUGUAGUAAGAGAUAGCAGGAGAGGAGACAGUGGCAGGUACUAUCUCAUCCUGGACAAUGCUGCUGGAACCAAGACCUUCACUGUAAAUGUCAUUGUCACUGGCAGACCAACUCCACCUACUGGACCUCUUGAAAUCUCAGACAUCACAUCAGAGUCUUGUGCGCUGGCAUGGGCAGAACCCUCAGAUGAUGGUGGAACCGAAAUCACUAAUUACAUUGUUGAGAAACGUGAAUCCGGCAAUACUUCUUGGCAGGUGGUGAAUUCCAGCGUUAAACGCACCACAAUCAAAGUCUCUCACCUGACUAAGUACAUGGAGUACACCUUCCGUGUCUCUGCUGAGAACAAAUAUGGAGUGAGCAAGUCUGUUGAGUCCACACCUAUGAUUGCUGAGCAUCCAUUUGUUCCCCCAAGUCCACCUGGUCGUCCUGAUGUGGUGUCAGUGUGUGCUGCUGCCAUCAGCAUUAAGUGGGAUCUUCCUUACCAUGAUGGUGGUAGUCAAGUCACUGGAUACUGGAUUGAGAAGAAAGAGAGGAACACCAUCUUGUGGGUCAGGGAGAACAAGCUUCCUUGCCUUGACUGUCAAUACAAGAUCUCCACACUCAUUGAAGGCCUUGAGUACCAGUUCAGAGUGUACGCAAUGAACAUCGCUGGUCUCAGUAAAGCCAGUGAGGCAUCUAGACCCGUGCUGGCUCUAAAUCCAGUUGAUCCUCCUGGUAAACCAGAAGUUUAUGACGUUACACGAUCCUCCGUUUCCAUCCAAUGGUCCACUCCCUUCAAUGAUGGUGGCAGCAAAAUUGUGGGAUAUGUUGUUGAGCGCAAGAUCUUCACUGAUGAUGAAGAUAUUCGUUGGUUGAAGUGUAACUACACCACUAUCACAGAAAACUGCUUCACCAUCUCAUCACUCAGUGAGGGAGAGGUGUAUGAGUUCCGUGUGAUUGCCAAAAAUGGUGCUGGUGUCCACAGCGUUCCAUCUGAGACAACAGGACCAGUCACAUGCAAGGAUGAAUACACACCUCCCAAGGCUGAGCUUGACAGCAAACUCCUUGGAGAAACUGUCACAGUUCGGGCAGGAUCUGAUGUUGUACUGGAUGCAGCUGUUGGUGGCAAACCUGAACCCAAAGUGUUCUGGAGUAAGGGCGAUCAGCAACUGGAGCUUGGUGAAAAGCAUUCUUUGACAUAUACAACCACCAGGGCCAUGGCCGUCAUCAAAAACUGUGACAGAUACGACACAGGAAAAUAUGUGCUAACAGUGAAGAAUGCUAGCGGUACCAAGACAGCUGCAGUGCUUGUCAAAGUACUUGAUACUCCUGGAGCUCCUGAUGGCUCCAUCACAAUCAGCAGGGUGACUGAAGAGAAGUGUACAGUUUCUUGGAAGAUACCGCUGGAAGAUGGUGGUGACCCAGUCACCCACUACAUUAUUGAGAGGCGAGAAACUAGCAGACUAAACUGGGUGAUGAUGGAGACAGAGUGUAAGACACUGUCAUGUGUCAGCUCUAAACUGAUUAAGAACAAUGAGUACAUCUUCAGAGUCAGAGGUGUGAAUAAAUAUGGAUCUGGUGUAGCACUGGAGUCUGAGCCUAUCAUUGCAAGAAACGCUUACACUAUUACAUCACCACCUGGAACACCAGAGGUUACUGCUGUUGCAAAGGAGCAUGUGAUCAUUGAAUGGAUGAAGCCAGAGAGUGAUGGUGGUAGCGAGAUCAAGAACUACCUUGUGGAUAAGAGAGAGAAGAGCAGUGUUAGAUGGACAAGAGUAAACAGAACAUUCACCGUCUAUGACACAAGACUCAAGAUUUCUGGUCUUCUGGAAGGCAGCGAGUACCAGUUCCGCGUAACUGCUGAAAACGCUGCUGGACCCAGUCUCCCUAGUGAUGCAUCUCCUUAUAUCCUUUGUAAAGACCCAACAUAUACCCCUGCUCCUCCAUCCACUCCACGCAUCACUGAUACAACCAAGCACAGUAUCAGCAUGAAAUGGACAAGGCCCAUGUAUGACGGUGGCUCUGAUGUCACUGGUUACAUGGUUGAGAUCCUUGAGGAAGGAACAGAGCAAUGGUAUAGAGCUACACUAAAGACCCUGAGCACAACAACAUUCACUGCAGGCGGCCUGGCAAGUAACAAGAAGUACAGCUUCAGAGUGGCAGGAGUGAAUGCCUUAGGUGUUGGCGAAUUCAGUGAAGGUAGUGCGGAAACAUCACCCUCAGAGAGAGUUGAAAUGCCUGACUUUGAGCUUCCUGAUGACCUCAAGAAGACUAUCUGCCUGAGAGCUGGAAGUACUCUCAGGCUGUUUGUGAAGAUACUUGGAAGACCAGCACCAGUGGUCACCUGGAGGAAAACCGGUGUGGAACUUUCAAGUCGUGGAUACAUUGAGACAACUGAGUCUUUCACUAGUCUAACUGUUGAAAAAGUGCAUCGUUAUGAUGCUGGCAAAUACUUAGUGGAGGCUGAGAAUCCAUCUGGCAAGAAGAUAUCAACCAUUAUAGUCAAAGUCUAUGAUACUCCUGGACCUCCUGGUGCAGUAAAUGUCAAGGAUUACACUAAAGAAUCUGUUGUUAUCACAUGGGACGUGCCAACUGUUGAUGGUGGUGCACACAUAAACAAUUACAUAAUUGAGAAACGAGAAGCUUCCAUGAAAUCAUACAAAACUGUUACAACUGAGUGCAGGAAGACUUUAUACAGAAUCACAGGUCUUACUGAAGGAACAUAUUACUACUUCAGAGUAUUGCCAGAGAAUAUGUAUGGCAUUGGAGAACCUUGUGAAAUCAGUGAACCAGUUUUGGUGUGUGAAGUUCCUUCAAUUCCAGUUGAUCUUCAAGUUGUUGGCAUUAACAAAUCUUCUGCUGCCCUUCGAUGGGAGAAGCCACUAUAUGAUGGCGGCAGCAGAAUCACUGGUUUUGUCAUUGAAGCCUGCAAGGUGGGAACAGACCGCUGGUUGUCAUGUGCCACUGUCAAAUCUUCAGCUCAACAAUACACUGUGGAUUCUCUGACUGAGAAAGAUGAGUAUCUCUUCAGGGUGAGAGCCUUGAAUAGCAGGGGUGCUAGUGAGCCAAGAGAAAUCACAACUCCUGUUACAAUUGAAGAUCAGAAAGCUGUGCCCAAGAUUGAUCUUACCAGCAUUCCCUCAAGGAUUGUCAAUGUACAUGCUGGCAAACCAAUUGUGCUCAAAAUUCCCAUCAAGGGAAAACCUGCUCCAGUUUGUUCUUGGUUCUUCGGUGGUGUCCAGAUGAAGGAUAAGCUUGAUUGCAUCAAGAUUGAAACAACCGCCACAUCCACCACACUCAAUGUGCGUGAAACAACAAUUCAUGACACUGGUGAUUACACACUCCAGGUGAAGAAUGAGUCAGGUGUGGCAACAGAGAUCAUCAAAAUCAUUAUUCUUGACAAGCCUGGAAUACCCAUUGGUCCUCUCAGAAUUGAUGAGACUGAUGGAGUAUCAGUCACUGUCAGCUGGGAACCACCAGAGAAAGAUGGAGGUGCUAAUAUCAGUGGUUAUAUUGUUGAACAGCGUGAGGCGCACCGACCAGGAUGGACAACAGUAUCUGAAUCAGUGACAAGAACCACAUAUAAAUUUACUAAACUAACUGAGGAAACAGAGUAUGUGUUCCGUGUUGCUGCAUCCAAUCGCUUUGGCAUGGGACGUUUCUUGCAAUCAGAUGUUGUUGAGUGCAAGAGUCCCAAGUCCAUAUCUUCACCACCAGGCACACCAGAAAUACUUGAUGUAUCUCAUGAAGGUAUGACUUUGUCCUGGACACCACCAGAAGAUAAUGGAGGUUCCACAAUUGCUGGCUACAAUAUUGAGCGCAAGGAGACCAGAUCUGACAGAUGGAUGCGCAUCAAUAAGAACCCUGUGACAAUGACCAGAUACAGAUCUACUGGUCUGGUGGAAUUCCUUGAGUAUGAGUACAGAAUAAUUGCCAUCAACUCCCGAGGCAAUAGCAAACCCAGCGCAUGUUCUAAACCUGUUGUUGCAAUGGAUCCAAUUGAACCACCUGGUCCACCAGUAAGUCCAAAGGUUACUGAUACCACCAGAACAUCUGUUUCCCUUGCUUGGCUUCCUCCUGAGGAAGAGGGAGGCUCUGUGGUGACUGGAUAUCUGGUUGAGAUGCAGAAGGUUGACCAAGUUGAAUGGACAAAGUGCAACACCACACCAACAAAGAUCUGCGAGUAUACUCUGACACACAUGCCACAAGGCGCUGAAUACAAAUUCCGUGUGAUGGCAUGCAAUGCUGGUGGAGCUGGAGAACCUGUCGAGGUUCCAGGAAUUGUCAAGGUCACAGAAAUGCUUGACUAUCCUGAUUAUGAACUCGACAAGAUGUAUGAAGAGGGAUACAUUGUCAGACAGGGUGGAGUUGUCAGUUUGUCUGUGCCAAUUAAGGGCAAACCUCUCCCAACUUGCAAGUGGACAAAAGAAGGCCGUGAUAUUUCUCACAGAGCCAUGAUUGCCACUGGUGAAGAGCGCACUGAGCUUAUUAUUAAGGAUGCUCACAGAGAUGACACCGGCACUUAUGACCUCGUCCUGGAGAACAAAUGUGGCAAGAAGGCUGUUUACAUUAACGUUAAAGUCAUCGGACAUCCCGACACACCUGAAGGUCCUCUUGAAUUUGAUGAUAUCCAGGCACGCUCUGUGAGGGUGAGCUGGAGACCUCCCUCCAAUGAUGGUGGAUCUGAUAUUCUUGGCUACAUUGUGGAGAGACGUGAAGUUCCAAAAGCAGCCUGGUAUACUGUGGAUUCAAGAGUGGUUGACACAUCUCUUGUAGUUAAAGGACUCAAGGAAAAUGUUGAGUAUCACUUCAGAAUAUACGCAGAAAAUCAAUUUGGUGUCAGCAGAUCCCUGAAAUCAGAUGAAUCAGUUACACCCAAAACACCUCUCAGUCCUCCAGAGCCUCCCUACAAUCCUCCAGAGAUCAUGGAUGUCACUAAGACUACCAUUGGUCUUUCUUGGUCAAAGCCCAAAGACGACGGUGGCUCUCGUGUCACUGGAUACUAUGUUGAGAGAAGGGAGGUGUCUACAGAGAAGUGGGUCCGUCACAACAAGACUCACAUCACCACAACAAUGUACACCCUCACUGGACUUAUCCCUGAUGCAGAGUAUGUUUUCCGUGUGGUUGCCCAAAAUGAUAUUGGUCAGAGUGAACCUGGAGCUGUUUCUGAAUCGGUUGUAUGCAAAGAUCCAUUUGACAAACCAAGCCAGCCAGGAGAAAUCGACAUUGUCUCCAUUACCAAAGACAGCAUCACCAUCCACUGGGCUCGUCCAGAAUCUGAUGGUGGUAAAGAGAUCCUGGGAUACUGGGUUGAAUACAGACAGGCAGGUGAAAGUGCCUGGAAGAAAUGCGCAAAGGAACGCUCUAAAGACCGUCAGUUUACUAUGGGUGGUCUUGAGGAGGCAACUGAGUAUGAAUUCAGAGUGAUUGCUCAAAAUGAAACUGGUUUGAGCAGACCUCGAAGAACUGCCAUGGGAAUAAAGACCAAAUUGAGUGUUGGAGAGGCUCCAGCACUCAAGGAAGAGAUUAAAGAUGUCACCACUAAGCUUGGAGAACCAGGAACAUUGACCUGCCAGAUUGUUGCCAGACCUCUUCCUGAAAUUAAAUGGUACAGAUUUGGAAAGGAAUUGAUCCAGAGCCGCAAAUAUAAGAUGAGCUCUGAUGGCCGUAACCACUCUAUAACAGUGGUCACAGAUGAGCAAGAAGAUGAGGGCCUGUACACUUGCAGAGCCAUAAAUGAGGCUGGAGAAAUUGAAACCAGUGGCAAGCUCCGUUUGCAGGCAGCACCUCAGUUCCAUCCUGGAUUCCCUCUGAAAGAUAAGUACUAUGCUGGAUCAGGAACAAGCCUUCGCCUUCACGUUGUCUACAUUGGACGACCAAUCCCGUCAAUCAUGUGGUUCUAUGGCAAGAAGCCUCUGAAUCCAUCCGAGAAUGUCAUCAUUGAAAACACAGAGAGUUACUCUCACCUUGUGGUCAGAAAUGUCCAGCGUAAGACAAAUGCUGGAAGAUACAAAGUGCAGUUGACUAACAAAUUUGGCACAGUUGACACAACUCUACGUGUUGAAAUCCAAGAUAAACCAGUCAUCCCUGAAGGACCAAUGGUCGUUGAUUCUAUUCUGAAGAGUGCUGUCGUUAUCAGCUGGAAGCCACCAAAGGAUGAUGGCGGUGCAAUGAUUACCAAUUACGUUGUGGAGAAGCGCGAAGCUAAAGAGGGAGAGAAGUGGCAUCUUGUGUCAUCCUCAAUUUCAGGAACAACUUGCCGUGUUCCAAAUCUGACUGAGAAUGCUGGAUACUACUUCCGUGUCUCCGCACAGAACCAGUAUGGCAUCAGUGAGGCACUCGAAAUUCCAGCUGUCCUCAUCCUCAAGAGUCCAUAUGAAAAACCUGGAAUUCCUCAACAGCCUGUUGUUACAGAGGUCACAAAGGAUUCUUGUCUUGUAUCUUGGAAGGGUCCAACCCAUGAUGGUGGUGCCAAGGUCAAGGCUUACUACCUUGAAAAGAGGGAGAAGAAGCAGAAUAAAUGGAUCGCCGUUACAACUAAAGAAAUCCAAGAGACCCAUUAUGAGGUUACAGGACUCCUUGAGGGCUUUGAAUAUGAAUUCCGUGUCAAAUGCGAGAACAUUGGCGGUGAGAGUGACUGGAGUGAGAAAUCAGAGCCCAUCAUUCCAAAGUCGGACCAGAAACCUCGUGCUCCAAUGUUCAAGGAAGAAUUGAGAGAUAUGAUUGUGAAAUAUAAAGCACAUGCUACCUUUGUGACAAAGGUUGUUGGUAAUCCCAAACCUGUCAUUAAAUGGUACAAGGGUGGCAAAGAAAUUCUACCAGAUGGAGUGAAGAUCAAGGGUCAAGAAUUCAAAGGAGGAUACUACCAACUUGUUGUCUCUGAUGCUGAUGAGAGUGAUGCUACCACUUACCAGAUUAGAGCAACAAAUUCAAAGGGAUCCAUUUCAACAACUGUGAAUUUGGAUGUUGAAAUUCCAGCAAAGAUUUACCUGCCCCAGCAUCUGCAAGGCUUUGGAGCUGUCCAUGCUUUUUGUGGCGAAGUGGUCACAAUCAAGAUUCCAAUCAGUGGAAAACCUGAGCCUGCAGUUGUAUGGCAGAAAGGAAAAGAAAUAAUUGACAACACUGCAUAUCAUCAAGUGAUAUGCACAAGAUCCUUUACUUCCCUUGUAUUCCCUAAGGGAGUCCAAAGGAAGAGCGCAGGUUACUACAUCUUAACAGCAAAGAACAGAUUUGGAACUGACAAACAAACCAUUGAAUUGGAUGUUGCUGAUGUACCCAGUCCACCUAAAGACAUGAUUGUCAGUGAUGUAUCAAGAGAUUCUCUCACUUUCACAUGGAGUCCUCCAGCAGAUGACGGUGGCACACCAAUAAUUAAUUACAUUGUGGAGAAGUGCCCCACUACUGGUGAAAGAUGGAUCCGUGUUGGAACAACAAAUGAAACUACAAUAACUGUAAUCAGUCUCUUUGGCAAGACCAAGUACCAGUUCCGUGUCAUUGCUGAAAAUAAAUUUGGUGUGAGCGAACCAUCUAAGCCUACAGAGCCUGUGACCACAAAGGAAGACAAAACAGUCAUCAGAAAUUAUGAUGAUGAAGUGGAUGAGACUAGGGAAGUGACCAAGGAUGAAGUCCCUAAUUCGAGGGUUAAGCAUGUGCCUACUCGUUACAACAUUGCUGAGGAGUUUGCCCGCUCUGGACAUUUUGGUACAGUUCAUCGCUGUAUUGAAAAGAGUUCAAAGAAGACUUUCUUGGCCAAAUUCAUUAAAGUGAAAGGUGCAGAUCGUGAGCAGGUGGUUAGAGAGGUUGAGACCCUUAACCUGGCCAGACACAAGAAUAUUAUAUAUCUGCAUGAGACCUUUGAUAGCCUGGAGGAAUAUAUCUUGAUCUACGAAUUUUUGUCUGGCGAUGACAUAUUAGACCGUCUUGGCACCUCUACCUUUGACCUGACAGAACAGGAAAUUGUACGCUACAUGAGACAGGUCUGUUCCGCUCUUGAGUUCUUGCAUAGUCACAACUACGGUCACUUUGACAUUAGACCUGAAAACAUCAUAUAUACCACAAAAAAGAGCUCAACCAUCAAGAUUAUUGAAAUGGGCCAGGCAAGACUUCUGACCCCUGGAGAAAAUCUUAGGAUCCAGUUCAGUGCACCUGAGUACUAUGCACCUGAAAUCCACAAGCAUGAUUUGGUUUCUACAGCAACAGACAUGUGGUCAGUGGGUGUUCUGGCAUAUGUGCUUCUCAGUGGCCUUAAUCCAUUCGCCGCUGAGUCUCAGCACAAGAUGGUUGAAAAUAUUACAAAUGUGGAGUACAUAUUUGACAAUGAUGCAUUCAGAGACAUUAGCAUUGAAGCUAUGGACUUUGUGGACAGACUGAUUGUUAAGGAUAGGAAGAACCGUAUGACUGCCUAUGAGGCACUUGAACAUCCCUGGCUGAAAAUGAAGAUUGAAAAUGUCAGCAAAAAGGUGAUCAAAACCUUGAGACACAGAAGGUACUACCAGACAUUGAUUAAGAAGGAAUGGAGCACUGUGAUCUCAGAAGCACGUAUUGCCUAUGGUGGUGGUUACAGAAACCAAAAGGGUCUUACAUUUGAAAGAGUGAAGGUUGGAAUUCCUGAGGAAGGCCUGAGACCAGGACCUGUUAUGCAUGGUUCUGCUGAGGAAGGUGGACAUGUGAGAUUCAUGUGCAACAUCGCAAACUAUGACAGAAACACAGAGGUGACAUGGUACCAUGGUUCUCGCAAACUAGUUGCUAGUCAUAAGUAUGAAAUCAGCUAUGCUAAUGGAUUUGCCAGCAUCUAUGUGAAGGACAUUGAGGACUCAGAUGAUGGCUUGUACAGAUGCAAAGUUGUUAAUGAGGAGAGGGAGGAAAAUUCCUAUGCAGAGAUCUUUGUGGAAAAUGUUAGAUCUCUUCGUGAGUACUACGUGGGACGCACAGUUAAGAAACUGAGGAAGAAGAUUGAUCAAGCUAAACUUCUUUACAGGCCUCCUGAGUUUACACUGCCUUUGUUCAACCGCACAGCAUACAUUGGUGAAGAUGUACGGUUUGGAGUUACAAUUACAAUCCAUCCAGAGCCACAAGUCACUUGGUUGAAGGCUGGACACAGAAUCAAACCUGAUGACAGCAAGUACACCUUUAUAAGUGACAAGGGUCUCUAUCAGUUGCUUAUUCACAAUGUUGGACUUGAUGAUGAUGCUGAGUACACGGUCAUGGCUCAUAACAAGUUUGGUGAGGACAGCUGCAAAGCCCGCCUCACAGUAACCCAUCACCCAGUUGUUGAAGAGACAAUGAGGCCCAUGUUCAAGCGGCUUUUGGCAAAUAUGGAAUGUACUGAGGGAGAAAGUGUCCGCUUUGACUUGAGGGUGUCUGGAAUUCCUUCACCUACCCUGAAGUGGGAGAAGGACGGCAAACCUCUGGAAUUCAGACCACAAGUUGCAGUUGUUCAAGAAAGUGCGGACUACCAUGUUCUCCACAUUCGAGAAACUCUAAUUGAGGACUCUGGUACAUAUAGAGUCACUGCAACAAAUUCAUCAGGAUCAACAACUUGCCAGGCCACACUUAAGGUUGAUCGUCUUACCUAUACCAGGAGAGAAUUUAAGAGUGAGGAAGACAGACAGAAAUAUGUUCAGAACCAAAUUGAAAAGACACUGAAGAUGGCAAAGCACUUCUCAAGCACAGAGGUUGACACAACAUUCAAUCUAGCUGCACAAGAAGCUAUGAAAGAAGUUGCAGAACUAUAUAAACCAGCAUUCAGCACAAAGAAUGUCCAGGGUGAAUUUGACAUUACAGUGGAUAAGACAGCAAAGAAAAUAAAGGUAGAGGAGAAGACAAUUCGUAUGCCCUAUGAAAUUCCAGAACCUCAGGCUCAUGAUCCAACUGUUCUUGAGGAGGACAUGGGUAUCAAACACUUUGUUCCCUUGUCUGAAAUGAAGUGGUACAAGAAGCUUCGUGAUGAGUACGAGGUACCUGAACGCAUGGAGAGAAUUGUGCAGAAGAGACAACGGCGCAUUCGACUUUCCAGAUGGGAGCAAUUCUAUGUUAUGCCACUCCCAAGAAUUACAGACCAGUAUAGGCCAAGGUUCCGUAUUCCUCAUCUCACACAAGACGAUCUUGAAACUGUAAGACCUGCAAGGAGAUCACCUUCUCCUGAAUCAGUGGCAUCCUUCAAACAGAGAAGAAGGUCUCUUGGAGAUUUGUCUGAGGAUGAACUUCUGCAGCCUGAGGCUGAAUAUAUGAAAUCAAAGAGAACUGAAGAGGAGCAGCAGAUGCUUGAAGAGGAGCUUGAACUAGGCUUCUCUGCCUCCCCACCAAGUGGCAGUCCAGUACGCUUUGAACUGUCUUCACUGCGCCGUGCAUCAUCAAAGGCUGUUGCAAUGGCUGAGAUGAAGCAUGAGGAAAAGAAACAGCGCACCACUGUUGCUCAGUUCCUUAGGAGAAGAAGGUCUUUGUCACCAACAUACAUUGAGCUGAUGCGCCCAGUGUCUGAAUUGAUAAGACCUCCUCGAGCUCGUCCCGCAGUGGAAGUUGAGGGAGAGGCUAUCGAGAGAAGAUCACCAACCCCUGAAAGAACACGUCCUCGCUCUCCUAGCCCAGUUUCCUCAGAGAGGUCAUCCAGGUCAUCCUCAAGGUUUGAGAGAUCUGCCAGAUUUGACAUCAUGUCAAGAUAUGAAUCAAGGAAAGCAGCUCUUAAAUCUGAGAGAAAAUACCAGGUUGUUACCCAGACACCAUUCAGCCUUGAUCAUACUCCGCGCAUUACUGUGAGAAUGCGUUCUCAUCGUGUGCCAUGUGGUCAGAACACAAAGUUCACAUUGAAUGUCCAAGCCAAGCCAGACGCAGAAAUCAAAUGGUAUCAUAAUGGACAGGAAAUUCAAGAGAGCAGCAAGUACCAGUUCACAGAUAUGAGUGGAGUUUUGUCUCUAAAAGUCCUUGAUUGCAUUGCAGAGGACAGUGGAACAUAUCGUGUUGUCGCCACAAAUUCAAAGGGAGAAGCAUCCGACUAUGCCACUCUUGAUGUUUCAGGUGGAGAAUUUUCCACAUAUUCCUCUCGCCGUAAAGAUGAGGAGACCCCUGCGACAUUUGUCCCAGACAUCACAAAAACUGACCACUACCAUGUAUCAUCAGUUAGAGCUUCUUCCUCUUCAAGAACUCACCUUGAGAUCAAAGAAACCUCAACAAAGUUCAUGGAAAGACGUGAGGUAUCAGCUUCAGAGUAUGCUGCAGCAGAGAGAUUGGCAUCAUCACCUAUAAGAUAUGCUUCAACUGAGUACUUGUCUUCUGCAUCUUAUUCAUCAUCUGAAAAGUUUGCUGCUACAAAAACAAAGAAAAAAGUUGUUGAAGAGAUUAAGAAGGUGAAGGCCACGUUGUCUGCAAGAAUCCUCACAAAGCCCCAGUCAACUACAGUUUCUGUUGGGGAGACAGCAAGAUUCACAUGUGAUAUUGAUGGUGAACCAGCACCAAGAGUGACAUGGUUGCAUGAAGGAACCACCAUUGUGUCCUCUCACCGUUAUCAGGUGACUACAACACAGUACAAGUCUACAUUUGAAAUCACCUCGGUUGAGAUUUCUGAUGAGGGCAACUACACAGUGAUAGUGGAGAACUCAGAGGGCACUCAAGAAGCAAUAUUUACUUUGACCAUCCGUAAACCACCACCUAAAGAGGAGGUUGUUGCCCCACCUCCAAGUGUGAAGUCCCCUGAGCCUGAGGUAAAAUCCCCAGAACCUGCUCAGGUUACCUCACCAGAGCCCCGAGUCAAAUCACCCGAGGCUGUGAAGUCACCAGAACCAAUUGCUUCACCACCAACAGUAAAGUCACCAACCCCAAUCAAGUCUCCUGAGCCAGUGACUUCGCCCCAGAGGGUGGCAUCCCCACCAACGGUUAAAUCUCCAGAGCCCAUCACAUCACCUGCAAGGCUCAAAUCUCCAACACCAAUCAAAUCCCCUGAGCCAGUGACCUCACCACCAAGGGUGAAAUCUCCAACGACUGUCAAAUCUCCUGAACCAAUUGCUUCACCUGCAAGGGUGAAAUCUCCAGUGACUGUCAAAUCUCCUGAACCAAUUACUUCACCUCCAAGGGUGAAAUCUCCAACAACAGUGAAAUCACCUGAGCCAAUCACCUCACCUCAAAGGGUAAAAUCUCCACCAACUGUAAAAUCUCCAGAGCCAAUCACUUCACCAGCGAGGGUGAAAUCUCCAACAACAGUAAAAUCUCCAGAGCCAAUCACCUCACCGCAGAGAGUGAAAUCUCCUCCUACUGUAAAAUCUCCAGAGCCAGUUGCUGCACCUCCAAGAAUCAAAUCUCCAGUGCCAAUUGCUUCACCUCCAAGAAUCAAAUCUCCAGUGCCAAUUGCUUCACCACCAAGAGUGAAGUCCCCAACUACAGUCAAAUCACCAGAACCAAUUACCUCACCAAUGAGGGUGAAAUCCCCACCCACAGUCAAAUCACCAGAGCCUAUCAUGUCACCUAAACGGGUAAAGUCCCCAACACCAGUUAAACCAAAGAUUGUUCAGCAGCUUAAAGCAGAGGCUUCAGAGGACAAAGUGAAAAUGUACUGUGUUGCUGAAAGCAUGGUGAAGGAAGUUGUGUGGUACAAAGGCAGCAAGAAAUUGACACAAGGCAGUCACUAUCAAAUUCAAACCUCUGCUGAUGGAACCUGCUGUAUGUAUAUCUACGACGUCUCUGAGAGUGACCAAGGUGAAUACACCUGUGAGAUUACUACAGAAGGAGGAAUGUCCAAAACAUCAUUCUCCUUCACUGGCCAAGUGUUCCAGAGCAUAUACUCAAAGGUUACAGCUUUUGUAGCAACGCACAUGGCAAUUCAACAAUCCGUAAAGACCUCUGAGGUCAUGGGUCAUGGAUUCCAAGAGUCAUCUGAAAUGAUGGUCAUGAAAGAAAGUUCCGCUUUUUCAUCCAAAUCUGUCCACAUGGAGAGCUCUGUUCAAGAGUCCUCAUUCAGCAGUUCCAGCAUGGCUGAAAUGAAGUUGGCUGAAAUGAAGUUCGAAACAAUGUCUCAAUCCAGCAUGUCCUCAAUGACAUCUGAGUCUGUUUACGCCAUGAGUUCAAGUAUGUCAAUGUCAAGUCACUCACAUGUAGAGGGGUCCUCCAUGAGAGCCAUGCUGCACAGUGGGCAAGGUUCAGCACCCAGAAUCGAAGCCCUCCCUGAGGAUAUCAGCAGUGAAACAGGGAAAGUCCUUACCGUUGCCUGUGCUUUCUCUGGAGAGCCCAUUCCUCACAUUGAGUGGUCCCGCUCAGGAAAGAAACUGCCUGGUGAGGAAAGUGGUAGAUUCCAUGUUGAGACCACAGAGGACCUCACCACACUCAUCAUCACUGGUGUCAAAGAGAGUGAUGCUGGCGCAUACACCCUCAAACUUUCCAAUGAGCAUGGAUCUGACACAGCAACUGUCACCAUUAGUAUUCGAUCAGUGUAAAAGCAAUAUGAUUAUUUCUAAUCCCCCUCCCUCUUUAAGUGCCUUUUUAUUUAUUAAAUGAGCAAAAAAUCUUUACUUGAUAAAUACCUGGAUUACUGUUCCUGUAAAUAUGAACUAUUUUUAUACCAAACUUGACAUUAAUUUAUGCCAAACUAGACUAAAGUCUAAAGUUGUUAUAAAAUGUGCCAUAUUGGAUAAUUAUGACUUAGGAUUUUUGGAUCCAUUUUUCUGUGACAUGUACAUAAUGUAUAUAGCCGAAUUUAACGGUUAUGGGAAAUGUAUGAAUUGUUAUUUAUGACAAUAUUAACUGAAACAAAAGGAACUAAAUGUUUAAUAGGAGAAAGUUUCGCAUGAAACGAAUACCCUGUUAAACCUGAAACUAAACUCUGUGCCUCAACAAAAAGUUGAAGUCUUAAGAUUGCCUCAACAGGUAGAGAGGCUCCCUGUUGAUGUUUUACUAAAUCUGAGAGACAAUAUAAUAUUCACUGUAUGCUCAUACAUGCAGCGAUAUUACCGUACUCUUAUGAAAUGUUACUUGACCAUAAGACCUUGAGUGCUGUUUGCAUAUUACCCUCAUGUAAGCAGGACAACUAGGCCUUGUGUUCAGACUGACUGUGUCAUACCACCAUUUAAAUGACAUGCUCAUAGUGCGAGCGGCCUGCACUUCUUGAGCAAAAGUUUUGAUGUGCUCUGUGUCUGGCAAAGGACUGCUUGAAUAUACUUUCAAAAACAACAUCACCUGGCCAUAAAAUAUAAAAAGUAUAUCUUGUACUUCUUUGCAGAAGCAGAGCCUCCUCUUGGAGGAUUGCUUUGUGCAUCAUGUGUGUUUGUGUGUUAGCUUUAGAAUUUCACCCUGUCAGUCGUUGGGGCAAAUAUCAAGAAAUUGUACCACAGUAACAACACCUGCUGUGCAAAGAUGACUUAACAAAAGUAACUCUAUGCCCUACACUUUGGUUUGAUUAACUUUAGUAUUGUAGUAUUACUUAUAUAUGCAACCUCCUUGAGUUUUAUUAUUAUUGAUUCAAUAAAGCAUGAUUUCAGCACAUACA